GCUGGUGGGCAGCUCUGAGCAGACUCGGCGUUCCCGGCCCGGACGCCUCGGCUGGAGGGACUGCUGUCAGGAGGAAAACCAGAACUACUCGCCGUUGGCUUGUAGUUUUGUUUUUUUCUGAGGGCUUCCAGCUCCACUCAGCUGCUCUUCUGGAACUCCUGACCCGUUUUCUGGAUAAAGAUUCUCAGCUUCCUGCAAACCGCCCAAAUCUGGGCCCCCCAGGCAUCCUUGUAAAGACAAGGUGCCAACCAACAUGUCAACACAGGCGCCGACGUUCACUCAGCCGCUGCAGAGCGUCGUAGCACUAGAGGGUAGUGCUGCGACGUUCGAGGCUCAAGUUAGUGGUUCUCCAGUUCCUGAGGUGAGCUGGUUUCGUGAGGGCCAGGUUCUUUCCACCACCGCUCUGCCCGGCGUUCAGAUCUCGUUCAGCGAUGGCCGCGCUGUUCUGAGGAUCCCCGCUGUGACCGCCGCACACAGUGGACGCUUUUCUGUCAGAGCCACCAAUGGUGCCGGACAAGCCACGAGCACUGCUGAGCUCCUCGUUACAGCAGAGACAGCGCCCCCUACCUUCCUUCAGAGACUGCAAAGCUCCACAGUGAGACAGGGCAGCCAGGUGAGGCUGAGCGCCAGAGUCACAGGAAUCCCCACACCUGUAGUGAAGUUCUACAGGGAGGGAGCUGAGAUCCAGAGCUCUACCGACUUCAGGAUCCUGCAGGACGGAGACCUGUACAGUCUGCUGAUUGCCGAGGCGUUCCCAGAGGAUUCUGGGACAUAUUCUGUGACGGCCUCCAACAGCAGCGGGCGGGCCACGUCCACAGCUGAACUGCAGGUUCAAGGUGAAGAAAUUGUUCCCAUUAAGAAAUCCAAGACUACUAUGUCCACAACCCAGAUGGAGACUUCUGAAACCAGAAUGGAGAGGAAGGUGGAGACCAGUUUCCAGACCACAGCCAUGAUGGAGAUGCAGGUUGAAGGAGGAAUGAUGACUCAGCAUGUUGCUCACAAAACCCCGCCACGUGUCCCCCCAAAACCCUUGUCCAGGUCUCCACCGUCCUUUGUUUCCAAGGUAACCGGGGGCCGUCAACAGUCACUGUCCCCUGUGAGACACGUGAAGGGCCCAACGCCCACACCUGUCAGAUCUGUCUCUCCCUCCAGCAAAGUGUCCAUGUUUCCAAUAAAACCCGUCAGGUCUCCUGUGAUGACCAGGAAGCAGGUGUCUGCCUCUCCUGAGGUUCUGCCUCCCUGGAAGCAGGAGGACUAUGUGGCUGAAGGCUACACCAGUCUGACAAGUAUGAGCAGCAUUUCUGCUCAGAUCCACCUGGAGCAGCAGUGGGAGCACCAGGUGGCCUCCAGCAGAGAGGAGACGGUUUCUGUCCCAACAAAAGCCUGUGAGCCUGCCGUUCCCCCUGCCAUCAUUGCUGGUCUGAAGAACGUGACGGUAACUGAGGGUGAUUCGGUGACCAUGGAGUGUCAGAUCAGUGCUCAUCCUGCCCCCGUCAUCAUGUGGUUCAGAGAGGACUACAAGAUUGAGAAUUCCAUCGACUUCCAGAUCAGCUAUGAGGGCGGUUAUGCCCGGAUGACAAUCCGUGAGGCGUUUGCCGAAGACAGCGGCCGCUUCACCUGCACCGCUACCAAUGAGGCGGGAACCAUCAGCACCUCCUGUUACCUGCUGGUUAAAGUGUCGGAGGACAUAGAGAGCAGAGAGGAGGUGAUGGUUGUCGUGGAUGCCGGACUCACACAAGCAAAAACUGUUGCUAUGGAGAUGAAGGACCAGGUGGAGAUGAGUUCUGGAGAAUCUGUUGCUCCGUUCUUCAUCAAGAAACCCAUCCCCCAGCAACUGGUGGAGGGGGGGAGCAUCAUCUUUGAGUGCCAGGUGGGAGGAAACCCCAAGCCCCACAUCAUCUGGAAGAAGAGUGGCGUGCCACUCACCACUGGCUACAGAUAUAAAGUUGCCUACAAGAAAGAAACUGGAGAAUGCAGACUGGAGAUCUCCAUGACCUUCGCGGAUGAUGCUGGAGAUUACACCGUCUUCGCUAAGAACCCUUUGGGAGAAGCCUCAGCGACUGCCAGCCUGCUGGAUGAAGACCAGUACCAGGCCUACAUGAAGCAGCAGGAUGUGACAUAUAAAACUGAAGUGACUGCGACGUUGGUCCCUGAGCCUGCUCCGGUCCUGAGUCAGUCCGAUCUUGAUCAGAGGAGGAUCACCACCCCCAUGAGCUUUGUCUCAGAGACGGUACUCUUUCUGUUGAUCUGGGAGCUGAAGGGUGAUGCAAUCCUCUCUUCACUUUACAUUUUGUUCUUUGUCCAGGAAUUCCUUGUUUCAUCCUUUGAGGAGCGGAUCAUCCAGGAGAUUGAACUCCGUAUCCGGAGGAUCACCUACAGAGAGCUGGUGAUGGAGGAUGAAGAGCUGAUGGUGACUGUUGCUGAGGAAGAUGCGGUGCUGCCAAGCUUUGACACUCCAGUUAAAAACUACCGGAUUGUAGAGGGAAUGGGUGUAACGUUUCACUGCAGGAUGUCUGGAAUCCCGCUGCCAAAGAUUGUUUGGUAUAAAGAUGGGCAGCGCAUCAGGCUUGGAGGUAGGUACCAGAUGGAGGUUCUUCAGGAUGGACGGGCCAGCCUCCGUCUGCCUGUGGUCCAACCAGAAGAUGAAGGUGUGUACACAGCCUUCGCCUCCAACAUGAAGGGAAACGCCGUGAGCUCAGGGAAGCUCUACGUUGAGCCUUCUGGAACUAUGACACCUCCCAGAUACACCCCAUAUUCCUCCAUGCAAAGGAUCAGAUCUGCAUCUCCUCGUUCUCUGAGCCGCUCUCCUGGCCGCUCACCCAGCCGCUCACCUGGACGCUCCCCCGCCCGCCGCCUUGAUGACACUGAUGAGAUUCACCUGGAGAGACUUUAUAAACCUGUGUUUGUCAUGAAGCCGUCCUCCAUUAAAUGCUCAGAGGGACAAACUGCCAGGUUUGACCUGAAGGUUGUUGGCAGACCGAUGCCUGAUACCUACUGGUUUCAUGAUGGAAAACAAGUGGUCAAUGACUUCACUCACAAGAUUGUGAUAAAAGAGGAUGGGACUCAGUCUCUGAUCAUCGUCCCUGCUGUGCCGAAGGACUCUGGAGAGUGGACUGUUGUUGCUCAGAACAGAGCUGGGCGGACAUCUGUAUCUGUUGCUCUCUCCGUUGAAGCUCGAGAAAGCAUCACCAGACCUCAGUUUGUGGAGAAACUGAAGAACAUCACAGUGAAGCAGGGAACUUUGGUGGAGUUGGCUGUCAGAGCCAUUGGAAACCCCCUACCAGACAUAGUCUGGCUGAAGAACAGUGACAUUAUAACCCCACAGAAACAUCCACAAAUCAAAAUCGAAGGAACCAAAGGAGAGACCAAGUUUCAGAUCCCCUCUGCUGCAGGCUCAGAUAGCGCCUGGUACACUGCUACAGCCAUCAACAAAGCUGGCAGAGACACCACCCGCUGCAGAGUCAACGUGGAGAUGGACCAUGCUGCUCCUCAGACUGAGAGGAAGCUGAUUAUUCCCAAAGGAACUUACAAAGCCAAAGAGAUUGCAGCUCCUGAGCUGGAGCCCUUACACCUGCGAUACGGCCAGGAGCAGUGGGAGGAGGGAGACCUCUACGACAAAGAGAAGCAGCAGAAACCUCUUUUCAAGAAGAAACUUACUUCUGUCCGCAUGAAAUGUUUUGGUCCGGCUCAUUUUGAAUGCAGACUGACUCCGAUCGGGGACCCCACCAUGACGGUGGAGUGGCUGCAUGACGGCAAACCUCUGGCAGCCGCCAACAGGCUGCGUAUGGUCAACGAGUUUGGCUACUGCAGCCUUGACUAUGAAGUAGCUUACGCCAGAGACAGCGGCGUCAUCACCUGCAGAGCUACCAACAAGUUUGGAGUGGACCAGACCUCGGCCACCCUGAUUGUCAAGGAUGAGAAGGGCCUGGUUGAGGAAACGCAGCUUCCUGAAGGCAGGAAGGGAGUGUAUCGAAUGGAUGAGAUUGAGCGCAUGGCUCAUGAAGGUGGACCGUAUGGAGUCAGCGGUGAUGAAGAGUCUGAAAAGACCAAACCCGAAAUCGUCCUGGUUCCAGAACCAUCCAGAGUUCUAGAAGGGGACAUUGCUCGAUUUCGCUGCAGAGUGACUGGUUAUCCGGCUCCAAAGGUUAACUGGUACCUGAACGGACAACUCAUCCGUAAAAGCAAGAGAUACAGACUUCGUUACGAUGGUAUUUACUAUCUGGAGAUUGUUGACAUCAAGUCAUAUGACUCUGGAGAAGUCAGGGUGGUCGCUGACAAUCCGUUAGGGACUGCUGAGCACACUGUAAAGCUGGAGAUCCAACAGAGAGAGGACUUUAGGUCAGUCUUGCGUCGUGCUCCAGAACCCAGAGCUGCAGAGGCCUCUCAUGAGUCCGGCAGAAUUGGGUUUGAUAUCGUCAAGAUGGACAAACCUGGUGAGGUCCCACAGGACAGGGAGGUUGUCAAACUACGUAAAGCACAAAGAAUAGUUCAUGAGAAAACAUCAGAAGAGUCAGAGGAGCUUAGGAGCAAGUUCAAACGCAGAACAGAGGAGGGUUUCUAUGAGUCCAUCUCUGCUGUGGAAUUCAAGUCUCAUAAAAGGGAUGACUCUUAUGAAGAUCUCCUGAAGAAAACAAAAGAAGACCUGCUUCAUCACCUCAAAGAAAAAGAAGAAGCUGAAAGGAGGAAACUGGAGGAGCAGGGUGAAGUGACCAUUCCCACUAUCAAACCAGAGAGGAUCCAGCUGUCUCCCAGCAUGGAAGCACCACACAUCCUCGAACGCAUCCAAAGCAAGACCAUAGCUCCGAUGGAAGAGGUUCACUUCAGAGUCAGGGUUGUUGGUAGACCAGAACCUGAGUGCCAGUGGUUCAAGAAUGGUAUUCAGCUAGAAAAGUCUGACCGUGUUUACUGGUACUGGCCAGAGGAUCACGUGUGUGAGCUGGUGAUCAGAGAUGUGACAGUAGAAGAUUCUGCCAGCAUCAUGGUCAAAGCCAUGAACGUUGCUGGAGAAGCCUCAAGCCAUGCUUUCCUUUUGGUGCAAGCAAAAGCAGCAGUUAGCUUUACCGAAAACCUGGCGGAUGCCAGUGCCAAGGAACACGACACCAUGGUGACGUUUGAAUGUGAACUCAAUGAACCGUUUGUCAAGGUCAAAUGGCUGAAAAACAACAUGGAGAUCUUCUCAGGCGAUAAAUACAGAAUGCACUCUGACAGAAAGGUCCACUUCUUAUCUGUGUUGAUGAUUGAAAUGAGUGAUGAUGCAGAGUACAGCUGUAUGGUAGUAGAUGACGAGAACAUAAUUACAAGGGCCAGGCUCCACGUAGAAGGUGCUGCCCUGGAGCUCAUCAAGCAGAUGGAGAACAUUGAGAUACCAGAAAGUUACUCUGGGGAGUUUGAGGUUGAACUGUCUCGUGAAGAUGCUGAGGGCACCUGGUUCUUUGGAGAAAAGGAACUCUCUCCCAGCAGUAAAUAUGUCAUGUCCUCCCGCCGAGGAAGACACUCCCUCUUCGUUAAGGAUGUCAGGAGAGAAGACCAGGGGAAGUACUUCUUUGUCUGUGGAGACCUGAGGACCAGUGCUUCACUCAAGAUGAAAUUGCGUCCCGUGACUCUGAUGCAGCCCCUAACCGACCUGACCAUAUGUGAGGGUGACAUUGCUCAGCUGGAGGUCAGGUUCUCCCAGGAGAAUGUCGAGGGAACAUGGAUGAAGAGUGGCCAGGCCAUCUCUGUCUCGGACCGAGUCCACAUCAUCAUUGAUAAGCAAGUUCACAAACUCCUGGUGGAGAAUGUCAGCAGUGAAGAUGCUGCUUCCUACUCAUUUAUUGUUCCAACUCAUGAUAUCUCCACCUCAUGUAAACUCAACGUUCAGACUAUCGACAUUGUGGUCCCUCUGAAGGAUGUGUCCUCCAUUGAAGGGACAAAGGCGGUUCUUGAGUCCAAGAUUUCUGCUCAAGAUAUCAGCUCUGUCAAAUGGUACCACAACGACAAACUGCUGGUGUCCAGCGAGCGAGUCCAGGUGGUUCCAAAGGGAGCCAAGCAGCGUCUGGUCUUCAGCAGGACAUUUGCUUCAGAUGAAGGAUGUUACAAACUGGUGGUUGGAAAGGUGGAAAGCAGCUGCACUCUGACAGUGGAAUCGGUAAACAUCGUGAAGCACAUGGUGGACAACGAGUGCUCAGAGUCUCAGAAAGUCACCUUUAAUGUUGAAGUGUCUCACCCUGGAAUCGAUCCUGUCUGGACCUUCAGGAACCAGCAGCUCAAAGCUGGAGCCAAGUACAAAAUGGAGUCCAAGGGAACAUCUCACUCUCUGACGGUUAUGGACACCAUGAAGGAUGAGGAGGGCCAGUACGUGUUCCACGCUGGUGAGAAGACCUCCAGUGCCAAACUCACCGUCUCUGGUGGUGCCAUUACUCAGCCGCUGCAGGAUGUGACUGUAGCUGAGUCUCAGACUGCCGAGUUUGAGUGUGAAGUCGCCAAUGCUGAUGCUGAAGGCAAGUGGCUGAAGGACGGUCAGCCAGUGGACUUCAAUGAGAAUGUGGUGAGCGAGGUGAACGGGGCAGUCCGCCGCCUUGUCACCAUCAUCACCAGACCCCAGGACGCUGGAGAGUAUACCUACCAGGUUGCCAACUCCAAAACCAGCGCCAUCCUGAAAGUGGAGGCUGUGAAGAUCAAGAAGACCCUGAGGAACCAGACUGUGACUGAGACUCAGGAGGCCGUGUUCUCCCUGGAACUCACCCACCCAGAUGUAAAAGGAUCCCAGUGGAUCAAGAACGGAUUCGAGCUGCAGAACAGUGACAAGUAUGAAAUUACCUCUGAAGGAACGGUCCAGACUCUGAAGGUGAAGGACUGCGACACACAGGACGAAACGGUUUACUCCUACAAACUGGGGAAGCUGUCGGCCAGUGCCAGACUGAACGUAGAGACUAUCAAGAUUGUGAAGAAGAUUAAGGAUGUGACAUCACUGAUGGAUGGCACAGCCUCCUUUGAGAUGAGCCUGUCACAUGACAACAUCCCCGUCAAGUGGUUGUUCAAUGGUGUGGAGCUGAAGUCCAGUGACAAGUGUAAGAUUCUGUCCGAGAGGAAAGCUCACAAGCUGCUGCUGCAGAAGGUGGAUGAGAGCGCUGCUGGAGAGUACACGGCCAUGGUGGGACACCUGCAGUGCAGCGCCGUGCUCACUGUGGAGGCUCUGAGAGUCACCAAACCCAUGAAGAGCGUGGAGGUUCCUGAGACUCAGGUGGCCUCUUUUGAGUGUGAAGUUUCUCACUUCAACGUGCCGUCCACCUGGCUGAAGAACGGCGUGGAGAUCGAGAUGAGUGAGAAGUUCCGGAUCGUGGUGCAGGGGAAAGUCCACCAGCUGAAGAUCAUGAACACCAGCAGGGACGACUCUGCAGAGUACACCUUCAUCUGUGGGAAUGACCGCGUGUCGGCCACACUCACUGUCAACGCUGUCCUCAUCACCUCCAUGCUGAACAAUCUGAACGCUCAGGAGAGGGACACCGUCACCUUUGAGGUCACUGUCAAUUAUGAGGGCAUAACUUAUAAGUGGCUGAAGAACGGCGUGGAGGUGAAGUCCUCAGAUAGGUGCCAGGUCCGCAGCCGGCAGCUCACGCACUCACUUUCCAUCCGGAACGUUCACUUCGGAGACGGAGGAGAAUACCAGUUUGUUGCUGGUUCUGCCGCUUCAGCGGCUAACCUGUUUGUUGAAGCUCGUGUGAUCGAGUUCACCAAGAAGAUCAAAGACAUAAAAAUCACAGAGAAGAAGAAGGCCAUCUUUGAGUGUGAAGUCUCUGAGCCAAACAUCCAGGUAAUGUGGAUGAAGGACGACCAGGAGCUGGACCUAUCUGAAGAGAGGUACAUAGUGACAGCAGAGAAGUAUGUUCACCGUCUGAUGAUCCAGACAGUCCGCAUGCACGAUGCUGGAGAAUAUUCUGUAGUUGCUGGGUCGAAUGUUUCCAAGGCCCAGCUGACCGUGGAGGGUCGGGACAUCCAGAUCUCAGAACCUGCUGAGAAGGAGAUCACAGUUUUGGAGAAACACAGAGCGACCUUUGAGUUUGAGGUGAAUGAAGAUGAUGUUGAAGGUCGCUGGCUGAAGAAUGGUGUGGAGAUCCAGUUCUCCAUGGAGGAGGAGCGGUUCAGCUACGUGGCCAUCAGGAGGCUGCACCGUCUUACCAUCUCUGAGACCUACAGGAGUGACACCGGGGAGUACACCUUCAUUGCCGGCAAAAACCGAAGCACCGUGAACCUCCGGGUCAACAUCCCAGAACCUCCUCAGAUCCUCCGUCACAUGGAACCUCAGUCUGUGGAGUCUGGAAAGCCAGCUCGCUUCUCAGUCCAGGUGAGUGGCGUUCCUCAGCCACAGGUCUACUGGUACAAGAACUCCCAGGCUCUGUCACCUGGCUUCAAGUGCAAGUUCCUCCUUGAUGGAAGUGAGCACACGCUGCUGCUGAUUGAGGUCUUUCCUGAGGAUGCCGCCAUCUACAACUGCGAGGCCAAGAAUGACUACGGCACCGCCACCAGCACUGCUACGCUUAAUGUGGAAGUGUCUGAGGUGGUAUCUCCAGACACGGCUGCUCCCAUUGCUCCACCAGUUAUCAUCACGCCCAUCGCUGAUACCUCGGCCCGUGAGGGGGAACCAGCCCGUUUCCAGUGCCGAAUCCGAGGAGAUGAUGUGAAGAUCAGCUGGUUCCACAAGGAGAAUGAGAUCAAGCAGUCAGACUUUUUCAGAAUGUCCCAGUUUGACGACAGCUGCCAGCUGGAGAUCUCCCGGGUCUACCCGGAGGACGAAGGAGAGUACACCUGCAUGGCCACCAACCACACUGGGAGGGUGUCCUGCUCUGCCACACUCAGUCUGGAUGUGACUCACGUGAGACAGCAGAUUGAAGCUGCAAUCGAACAGGAAGUUAAAGAGCAUUCUAGCACCACCAUCACCACUGUGGAAGAACAAGAGGAAACCCACUACACUGGUGUCCAGUUACAACAGAAAACUAAAACACUUGAACUCAAGCCAGAGGCCAAACGUUACUCCUCCACCUUAGAGAAGAAGAAAGAAAAGCCAGUUUUCCUUAGCCAGAUGUCCCCAGCAGCAGUAAGCCCAGGAGAAAUGGCCAGGUUCACUGUUAGAGUCUCUGGGCUUCCAAAGCCAACAGUUCAAUGGUGUCAUAAUGGUAGGGCCAUCACAACCUCCUCUGUGUUCAAGCUGAUUGAAGAGAAGGAGGAGUACACGCUGGUGAUCACCAAGGUCACAUCUGAAUACAAGGGCGAGUAUUCAUGCACAGCCACCAAUAGGUUUGGCCAGACAACGUGCACCACGUACCUGGAGGUGAAAACGCCUGACAUCAGCCAGGCAGAGAAGUGGGUGGAAAAGAUGUUUAAAGUCACAGGUCAGCCGCCCACCUUCAUGGUUCAGAUCCAACCUGUGAAGUGCUCAGAGAGAGGAGAAGUUUCAUUCAGCUAUGAGGCCAGAGGUGAUCCAGUUCCUGAUGUCAAAUGGUUCAAGGGGGCUUUCCAAAUCCAGCCCAGUAGAAACUGUAGCAUCAUAGCCAAUCCUGAUGGGUCAGGUCAGAUUAGAAUUAGGAGUGUUAAACAGGAGGACACUGGGCUGUACACCUGUAAAGCUUCCAACCCAUUUGGAGAGGCCACCUGUAGUGCUGAGCUUGUUGUUUUUAGAGACCCGAUGUUUGUUUCCCACAAAGAACAGCUAACGAUGGCUCAGAAGAAGGUGUCAGUGUCAGAACAGGCAACAGAGUCCCGACUAUACCAGGUCAGCCUCCCAGGCCAGGACAGAGCCAGGUCAGACCAGAUGGUUUACACAAUUGGCACAGAAGACCGGAAAAUCAUUCAGAGCGAGCAGGUGGGUUCUCUCCAGGAAGUCAACAUAUCUGCUGCUAUUGUCCACUGUGAGAAGAUGACCCACCAGGCAGCAGUUCUUCAGACUCAUGAGGUGGAGGAGAGGGUAUCUGAAGUUCCCACUCACCCACCUCAGGCGUCAGCUGUUCCUGGGAAACAGAUUCACACGGCAGCAUUUACUUCAUCUGUGGAGGAGAGUCAGGGUCUAACAGAGCAGCACUGUGAUCGGAUUAAGAGUCCUGAGGUCAUUCAAUUGCAGGCGUUGAAAGAGAAAAGGUCAAAGGUCAUGUCUGCCAUUGGUGAGGAGCUCAUCCCUAUUUCUACUGUCAGUACAGAGCUUCUGACUGAAAGGGAGUGUUCCACCAUCAAACCCACCUCUGAGCCCAAACACCUUGUCAGUGGACACCAGGUUGAGUGUCAGCUACCCAUCAUGAAGGAGCAGUUUGAGGAUAUUUCCACAUCACAAGAAAAGGGCUACAAGGUUAAGGAGGGUGUUAAGAUUUUAUAUUCAGCCCAGUCUGCUGAGAAUUGCGUGCUAGAAGAAGGCCACACAGACAGACUAGCAACAGCAGAGUCUGCUGUUAAGUCUACCAUUAGUAAGGAACAGCAGCUUGUAGUAGCCUCAGUCAGUGAGUCCAAACAAACUCUCUCCAAGGAAAUCAGGUUCUCCAUAGAAAGGCCUGCAGAAAAAGCAGCCCAGCUCUGUAUGGAUGACAUGAAAAAGGCAGCUUUAACUGCUGAAGAGAAAUUGAUGCUCCAGGCUGAAUCAGUGCAGCAGCUGCCAACCCUGGACAGUGCUGUGUCUAUCAAGUCACAUGCAGAAGGAGAGCAGGUGCUGCACCUGCAGGUCAUCACAGACCAGGACCUCCUUCCAUCUGAGAAGAGCUUCACCUGUGAGAAACCAGCACCAGAGAACGCCAGCACCAGGAAGAUUCACACUCUGCUGCACUCUGUCAGUCAGGAUGAGCAGAGGACCAUCGUUUGUGAGGACACUUCAGAGUUUGAGGCCAAAGCCAGCUCAAUGGUCAUUCAGCCCCAGAAGGUGUCUCCGACCAUGUUACACCUUCAGGCAACCCAGUCUUUAGAGGUUCUGCCCAAAGAGGGAAUUCUUGCUGUGGAAACACCUGAUCAGCAGGUGGCAUUACAGAAAAAGGAGAAAUCAAGGAGUCAUGCAGCUGUUUCAGAAGAGAGGAAACAGCUAACAGCAGAUUACCAUGAAGAUUUGGAUCUGUCUGUGACUGGACUUCAGUCUAACCUUCGGAUUGAGCCCAAACCUCAAAACAUCCUUCAACUUUCCUACCAGCCCAUGCAGCUGCCUAAAGAGACUCCCAUUACCGAUGAUUUUAAGCAGCAGCGAGCUUUAGUUCAGAAGGAGGACCACUGGAAUGUGCUGCAUGUCACUAGUGUAGCUGAAAGUCAGAGCUUGGAAGAAGGUCACACAGAGAGUUUGCCAAGUGUGGACACAUUCAGCUGUGUGGCAGCUUUAGAGCAAAAAGUUCCCAUUAAACCAGUCCACAUAGAGGAGAAGGAAAUCUCUACUGAGAGCAGUAUCUCUCUGGAAGCAGCUGAGCAAGACUUUGCUGUUCAGAUCCAGGAGGGUCAGACAGUCAGACAGUCAAUAGUAAUGGACGAGAAGCAAGUUAUGACAGGGGAACUCUCUCAAGAGAUUUCUAAGUCUGAGUCUACCCGAGUAACAGUCAGGACUCAGCCAAAACUGUCCUUCAUGGCAUCAGAGGCCAAAGAGAGCACAGCGUUUCCCAAAGAGAUGGCCUUUGUGAUUCAGAUCCCUAAAUUAUCCAGUUUGAACAUCCGGCAUCAGCUCAGAGAGGCUCUUCAAUUGGCUGUGGCCACUGACCAGCCCGUUCUACUGGCCGAUGUUGUUGGACAGCUACGGGCUGUAGGGGUUCAAGAAACCAAAGUUCUACGAGAACCCAAACGGCUCAUGUUCACAUACUUGAUCACAACAACAAGCUCCCCGAUUGAGAUCACUCUGACUUUUGAAGGGGAAUACCCUCAAACAGCUGACCUCAGAACUGAACUAAGAGCAGCUUUUCACUCCAUGGUGUACCAGGAAGCCCACGUUCUUACCUUGGAGCAGCCUGGCACUGUUCAGUUAGACCAACCUCAGCGAGCCCAAGUCACCUCAGCGAGGUCCAAACAGGUGCUGUCCUCCAUGGUUGAGACCGUGGGCAUGGCAGAGACUGCUGCAGACAUUACAGCCUUGAAAUCUCAGGCUGCUGCACUGAAGACAGAGUCUGAGAUCACAGUUGAGUGUGCUGCUGCAGAGAAACCAAUGAUGGUGCAAGAACGCAAGGAUGCAACGAUGGAUUGGUCAAUCUCCACCCAAACUAAAGAGGCUCAGUCGCUGCAGGUAUCAAAGUCUGUAGUCAUAGAAAGCAGAGAGAAACAUGAAGCAGCAGCUUCGGUUACAACUGUUUCUAGCAAACUAACAGAAGCUGUUAGCAUCCAGCAGAAGCACAGGGAUGAAAUCUUCAAAGAGGAGAUACAUGUAGCCAGGCCUGAGCAAAGAGAAUGUCCUGAAAUUGUCACCUCCUUAAAGGAUGUAUCUGUUGAAGAAGGUAGUGAGGUAACCUUUAGCACCACCAUUAGGUAUGUCACUAAGGUCAACUGGUUUUUCAACGGACAGAUAGUGAAAACUGGCAAUGAGUUCAAGUGUUCCAGAGACAGUGACACAUACUCACUGAUUAUCACCAACGUUGUGAAGGAGAGGCACCAAGGAGAGUAUGUUUGUGAAGCUGAGAACAAAGCUGGCAGGACAACAACAUCAUCAAGACUCAGUGUGGUCUCAAGAGUUCCGCCUGUUUUCAAGCAAAAAAUCAACCCAGUGGACAUCAACGCUGGUGACCAGGCAAAGUUCGUGUGCGAGACAGAAGAGGCACCCAAUGUGACCUUCAAAUGGUACAAGUCUGGUAUUGAAAUCCGACAGAGUGACAAGCAUCGCAUCAGCAGCCACUACACCGGUUCCACUCUGGAGCUGCUGAAGCCAGGAAAGGAUGACAGUGGUGAAUACACCUGCAAGGCUUCAAACCAGCAUGGCACGGACAGUUGCUCCGCGUCUCUUAACGUAACUGAGAUGUACCCGCCAGUAUUUGUUUCUAAACCAGAUCCAGUGACUGUAUUUGUGGGCAAACAAGCAGUUCUCCAAUGUUCAUUCACUGGAUCUUCUCCCAUGGAGGUUGUCUGGCACAAGGACAACAUCGCCAUCUCCUCUGAAGGAAACUGUGUUAUAAAGUGUGAAAAGAACAAGUGUUCACUUCACAUAAAGAAUAUUGAAUUGAAUCAUCAGGGAGUGUACCUGUGCAAGGCCUCCAACAGCGUUGGCAUGGCUACUUUCACCACACGGAUCAGAGUCAUUAAAAAGCCCAACUUUGUUAAGAGCGUUGAGUCAGUUUCAGCUGCUGUCAAUGACCUACUAAGGCUGGAGUGUCAGGUGGACGAGGACACUGGUGUGACCGUCACCUGGACCAGGGAUGGCAAAAAGGUCCACCAGAGCAUGGACUGUAGGCUUUCUUUUGAGGACAAGAUGGCUGUUCUUGAGAUUCCAAAGUCCAAGCAGAAAGACUCUGGAACAUAUUUGUGCACAGCCACUAAUGAGGCUGGAAGCUCAUCCUGUCAGGCUGUGGUAACAGUUCAAGAGCCUCCUGCUUUUGUGAGGAAAAUGGAGCCUCAGAUUACCUGGAAACAAGGUGCGGCUGCACGCUUACAGUGCACCAUUAAAGGAUCGCCCGAGCUUCACAUCCACUGGUACUGGAACGAGCAAGAGCUUAGCAACGGAGUCAAAUAUAAAAUCACCUUUAAAAAUGGAGCAGCCUCUUUGGAGAUCCUGGACCUUCUGGUUACAGACAGUGGCACCUACACAUGUGAGGUGUCUAAUAAUGCUGGUAGUGAUAGCUGCAGCACCAUUGUAGCUGUUAAAGAGCCUCCAUCCAUUAGAAAGGAUCUACAGACUGUAGAAGCUGUGAAGGGAUCUGUAGCUCAGCUGGAGUGUGAAGUUGCAGGAACAGCUCCUUUUGAAAUCAGCUGGCUAAAAAACAAAAAACCCAUCACAAGUGAUCAGAAGUAUAAAGUGAUCUUCCAGGAUUCCCUAUCAAGGCUGGAGGUCCAGACCUUUGAGAGUGCAGAUGUCGGAGAUUAUCAGUGUGUUAUAUCCAACGAUGUGGGGAAAGUCAGCACCAAAGCCUCCGCUAAGCUGAAAGAACCACCAACCUUCUCAAAGAGAGUUGAAAGUGUCACCGCAGUGUUGGGAAACUCUGUCAAACUACAAGGAACCAUAAAGGGUUCAGCUCCCAUUGCUGUGCAGUGGAAGAAGGACUCUGAAAUUCUCAGAGAUGAUGAUCCAAACAUCAAGAUAGUGUUUGAGAACAAUGUUGCCAGCCUGUCCAUAAUGGCAGUGGCCAUCAGCCACGGAGGGAAGUAUUCCUGCCUGGCAGAAAAUCAGGCUGGGCAACAAAAAUGUGAAGCCACCCUGACUGUUCAAGAACCUGCCAAGAUUGUAGAACCUGCAGAGUCCAUAAGUGUGACUGCAGGGGACUCGGCCUCAUUGGAGUGCGUGAUUUCAGGAAGCCCGGACCUGAAAGUCAAGUGGUUUAAAGAUGGGAAGGAGAUGAUCAGUGGGCGCAAAUACAAGAUGACCCUAAAGGAUAACUUGGCUGCUAUGAAGAUCCUGACUGCAGAGAAAGGAGACACCUCAGAGUACAAGAUGGAGGUGUCCAAUAAAGUUGGGAAGGACCAGUGCACAUGCUCAGUAACAGUCCUAGAUCGAAUCAUGCCCCCAACUUUCACCAAGUCUUUGAAACGAGUCGACGGAGCCAUUGGGACUGACGCAUCCAUGGACUGCAGGGUGUCUGGGUCCCAACCCAUGACGAUAUCUUGGUUUAAAGAUGACCAGGAAGUAGAAUCUGGAGCUAAGUUCAAGCCUGGGUUCAAGGACGGCUCUGCUACACUGAGAAUCUGUCAGCUGGAGAAACCCGACUCGGGAGUUUACAAAUGCAAAGCCUCCAACUCGGCCGGCUUUAAAGAAACCAGCAGCACGCUCUAUGUCAAAGAGCCCCCCACGCUUACAGAGAAAGCAGACAACCAGGAAGUGAUACCAGGAGCCAAAGUUUCCUUCCGAGUAGCCUUCACUGGCACUGCUCCUCUGGUUGUUAAGUGGUUCAAAGAGGAGAAGGAGAUCCUAACUGGAGGCCUUUACUUCAUAAAGAAAGAUGCCUCUUCCAGCUCGUUAGAGCUUCACUCAGUAAAACCCAGCGACUCCUCCAAAUACACAUGCCAGGUGUCCAACGAUGCUGGGAAGGUGGACUGCACCGCAGUCCUCUUUGUGAAAGAGCCCCCCGUGUUUGUGAGGAAGCUGAACGCAACCAGGCUCAUCACUAGAGGCAACUCCACCCGUCUGGAGUGCAAAGUGACGGGCAGCCCCGUCAUCAGCUUCAGAUGGUUUAAGAAUGAGACGGAGAUCAGCUGUAGUCCUAAAUACACCAUCAGAACGACUGAUGUAGAGUCGGUUCUAGAGAUAGCCGAGUGUUUGGUGGAGGAUUGUGGAGAUUAUGUAUGUGUGGCAUCGAGUGAAGCAGGAAGUGAUCGCUGCAGCUGCACAGUCACUGUGAAAGAACCUCCAGAGUUUGUACGAAGCUUGGAGCCCAGAGAUGUGGUGAAGGGUUCGGAGAUGAUUUUGGAGUGUCAGUUGACUGGCUCCGCCCCUUUCACUGUGUUCUUCUAUAAAAACUCUAAAGUGAUAAGAAAUGACAAAAGGCACCGUAUCACAGUGAAGGAGGGCCUGGUGGCCCUGCAGGUUUUGGGGGUGGAGGCAGCAGAUGUUGGCUUAUAUCAGAUCACCGUGGAGAAUGAAGUGGGCCGCUCAUCCUGUGAAUGUCACGUAACGCUGAAAGAACCACCAUCGUUUGUCAGGAAGCUGGAGAACCUUAGUUCUCUGGUGGGUAGCGACAUUUCUCUGCAGUGUCUUCUGAAGGGAUCUGAGCCCAUUACUGUGACCUGGCUCAAAGACAACCAUGAGCUCAGAGAGACUGAACAUGUUCAGAUCUCAUACAAGAACAGGACUGCUGGGCUGUUCAUCAGCAGCUUACAGAGUCAGCAUGGAGGCAAAUACUCGUGUCAGGUUGUGAACCAGGCCGGCAGCCAGAUCUGCUCAGCUGUGCUGACGGUCAAAGAACCAGCUAAGGUCACCGAGGAGGCCAAGACCAUCAGUGUGACUCAAGGGGACCCGGCCACACUGGAGGUCCAUUUCUCUGGCACUAAACCGCUGAAGGCCAGGUGGCUUAAGGCUGGCAAGGAGGUGACCUCUGGCCAGAGGUUAAAAAUACAGAGCUCAGACAGCAGCUCUGUGCUGAAGCUGAUCAAAACAGAGAAAAGCGACAGCGGCCAAUUCACCUUUGAGGUUUCAAAUGAUGUUGGUCAAAGUUCUUGUGAAGCUACGCUCACGGUUCUUGAUCAAGUGUUUCCUCCCUCCUUUACGAGAAAGCUGAAGCCAACAGAAGGUAUCCGAGGAUCAUUUGCUCACCUGGACUGCCUCGUGUCCGGCUCGCUGCCCAUAAAUGUCUUCUGGUACAAAGACGAGAUGGAGAUCCAGCCUGGUGACAAACACAAACCCACGUUCUUUGAGAAUGUUGCUUGUCUGGAAGUCUUUGAUCUUACCAUCAAAGAUGGUGGCAGCUACACCUGCAUCGCUAAAAACAAGGCGGGAAUAGCGCAGUGCUCUGGGAUCCUGCUGGUUAAAGAGCCACCGUGCAUUCUAGAAAAACCUGAAUCCCUGAAUGUUCUGCCGGGCUCAAAGGUCCAGUUUAACGUUCUGGUUUCUGGCACACCUCCGCUGACCAUUCGGUGGUUCAAAGACAAGAGGGAGAUAUUGUCCAGUGCCGACUGCUCUGUAGCAAAAGACCAGACCUCCAGCUCGCUGGAGCUCUUCUUCUGUAAAACAUCAGAUUCUGGAGAAUAUGUGUGUGAGGUCCAGAACGAUGUGGGCUCCACUUCCUGUCAGGCAGCGCUCUUCGUCAAAGAACCUCCCAAGUUCACACGGAUCCCGGCCCGCGUGUCUGUUGUACGCCCAGGUCAGAGUAAAGCUUUUGAGUGUCAGGUGACCGGCACGCCUGAGAUAGACAUCUACUGGUUCAAGGAUGGUUCUGAACUUGGUGCCAGCGACCGCUACAGGAUGUCCUUCCUGAACUCAGUAGCUUCUCUGGAGGUCUGUGGGGCCGAGCUCAAAGACGGAGGCCUUUACUACUGCGAGGCGCGGAAUGAGGCCGGCAGCGAGAGCUGCAGCAUGGAGCUGAAGGUCGAAGAGCCGCCAUUUUUCCUCACUAAGCUAUCUCCAGCUGACGUGGUCAAAGGCUCCAGCGCCUUUUUACAGUGCCAAGUUGUCGGUACGAGUCCGUUUGAGGUAACGUGGCUCAAAGAUGGGAAGGAGCUGAAAGCCAGUUCUAAACAUGGCUUCUCCCGCACCAACAAUGCUUUGGGCCUGGAGGUGCACAGGUGUGAUUCUGCAGAUGUUGGUGAAUACCAGGUGACUGUAGCAGGCAGGGUGGGAAGCUGCACCUGCAGGGCAGCACUUACCCUUAAAGAACCGCCCACGUUCACCAGACGAUUAGAGAACAGCGUCACAGUUCUGGGUCAAACGGCGGAGUUUCAGUGUGCAGUGACGGGCUCGGCCACCCUGUCCGUCCAGUGGCAGAAGGACCAGAACUGGAUCUUGGAAGAUCCAAAAUUUGAGAGAACAUUUGAGAACAACGUGGCGACUCUGAGGAUCCCUGCCUGUGAAGUGACUCACGGUGGUAGAUACACCUGUCAGGUGAUGAACGAGGCUGGACAGGAGAAAAGUUCUGCUAUUCUGACGGUGCAAGAGCCUCCUCAGAUUGUAGAGAAACCCGAGGAGAUGAAAGUCACUAUUGGAGAUCCGGUUAGUCUGGACUGUAAGGUGAAAGGCUCACCUGAGCUGAAGGUGAGGUGGAUGAAAGAUGGUAAGGAGCUUCAGUCCAUGCGGCAGUACAAGCUGCUGUUUGAGAAGAACAUCAGCAGCCUGAAGAUCCAGGCUGCUCAGGCUGCAGAUGAAGGAGAGUACCUGUUUGAGGUGUGGAACCACAUCAGCAGCUGUUCUUGCAGUGUCAGGGUGGUGGUCUUAGAACAAGUGAUCGCCCCGAGCUUCACCAGACCUCUGGUAGACCUGCAGGAGGUUCUGGGCUCCUUCGUUCAGCUAUGCUGUAAAAUAUCAGGUUCGCUCCCCAUUUCUGUGGAGUGGCAGAAGGACGGGAGGAGAAUUUCCAGUGGAGUCAAACACAAACUCCUCCAGCAGGACAACUCCGUGUCCCUGGAGAUGGAACAGCUGGAGUUAUCUGAUGCAGGUUCCUAUUCCUGCAGACUGACCAAUGAAGCGGGAAGCUGUGAGUGUAGAGGAUCCCUCAGGGUCAAAGAACCUCCCAGCUUUGUGGCACUGCCAGAGUCUCAGGUGGCACUGCCCAAUGCCGCCGUCCGCUUCAGGAGCUCCUUCAAGGGCACGCCCCCCUUCACCGUGCGCUGGUUCAAGGAGAACUCGGAGCUCAUGACCGGACCCGGCUGCUUCACGGGGGAGGACGGAACCUCCUGCUUCUUAGAACUGCACUCAGUGUCCGUGUCUCAGAGCGGAGUUUACUCCUGCCAAGUCAGCAACGAAGCUGGCUCUGUCCGCUGUAGCGCCAAUCUCAGGGUCAAAGAACCUCCAGAGUUUGUGACGAAACUCCCCUUCACUAAGUGUGUGAGGCGGGGUGAGGCGCUCCGUCUGGAGUGCAAAGUCAGCGGCUCCACCCCUCUGAAGACCACCUGGUACAAGCAGGACACCAGGGUCUCAGAGGGGCCCACCUGCAGGACUGGGUUUGUUGACUCGGUGGCGUUUCUAGAGCUGCUGUCCAGCAGCCUGGAUGAAGAUGGAGUUUACACCUGUGAAGCUCAGAACGAUGCCGGUUGCGUGAGCUGCAGCACCACCCUUACGGUCAAAGAGCCCCCAUCGUUUGUCCGAGUGCCCCCGCCUGUGGAGGGGCUGAAGGGUAAGGACGUUAGCUUGUACUGCGAGAUGAGCGGUUCCACUCCGUUCCAGGUCACCUGGUUGAAAGACAGGAAGCCACUGAUGGAGAGCAGGAAGUAUAAGAUGCUGAGCGAAGGCAGCUCAGCCACGCUGCAUGUCAUUGGGAUAGAGUCAUCAGACGUCGGAGAGUACGAAUGCAAAGUGUCAAACGGUGUAGGAAGUGACAGCUGCUGCGCGGUGGUUAAACUCAGAGAGCCGCCAGCGUUUGUGGAGAAACUGUCCAACAUGACAGUGGUACUGGGAGAGGAGGUGACCCUUAAGGCCACGGUUACAGGCUCUGAACCCAUUAGUGUGUCCUGGGUUCAGGACAAGGACCACAUACUCAGGGACAGUGACAACAGGAAAAUAACCUUUCAGAACAACCAGGUGUCUCUUAAAGUCUUGAGAGCUGAUGAGACGUCAGCGGGCAGAUACACCUGCCAGCUCAGGAAUGAUGCUGGGAGUGUGGAGUGUUUCUCUAACCUAACGGUUCUAGAACCGGCUAAGAUCGUGGACAAACCCGAUGCUCUGAGUGUGACGGCGGGUGACAUCGCUGCCCUCGAGGUCAAAGUCUGUGGAACCCCAGAACUCGUCCCCAAGUGGUUCAAAGACGGCGUUGAGCUGGCAUCAGGGAGGAAGUACAAAAUCUCCUUUUCCAGAAUGAUCUCCAGCCUAAACGUGGUCUCCACUGAGAAGUUAGACUCUGGAGAGUACACCUUCCAGGUCAUGAACAAAGUCGGAGAGGACCUGAGUAAAAUCAACCUGACUGUUUUAGAUAAGACCGUUCCUCCCACCUUCACCAGGAAGCUGAAGGACUGUAAGAUGGUUGUGGGUGAAGCUGCAGAGAUGGAGUGUAAAGUGUCUGGUUCUCCACCCUUUAUCAUCAGCUGGUAUCACGAUGGAGAGGAGAUCCAGAGCGGGCCCAACCACGAGCUCUCGUUCAGUGACAACACCUGUUUUAUCAGGAUUCCCACGCUGAAGCUGCUGGACUCUGGAGUUUAUAGAUGUACCGCCGUCAACAAGGCUGGGUCCAGUGAGACGUCAGCCUCUUUGGAUGUUAAAGAACCUCCCUCCAUCGUGGUGCCACCACAGCCAGUGGAGGCCAUGCCCGGCUCUAACGUGACUUUUUCAGCCAUAGUAAAGGGCAGCACUCCCCUCAGGCUGAAGUGGUUCAAAGGAACCAAGGAGAUCCUCCCGGGAAAGGACUGCAGCUUCUCACUGAAGGAGAACCAAGUCACCCUGGAGCUCCUAAGAGUGAACCGAUCUCACGUUGGAGAAUACACCUGUCAGGUUAUCAAUGAUGCUGGAAAGGAGAGCUGUGCUGUGAACCUCUCCAUCAAAGAGCCGGCGGUCUUCUCUAAGAAGCUGAAGGAUGUGUCGGUGGAGAAGGGCAAGCCUCUGACUCUGGAGUGUUCCUACUCUGGAACGCCAAAGAUCACCGUAAGCUGGUUCAAAGACGGCCAGGAGAUCUUUGCCUCCUACAGAUACAACAUCACCACGACAGAGAGCUCCUGCAUCCUGGAGUGUCUCAGCACCGACGACAAGGAGGCUGCAGGGACUUACUGCUGCCAGGUGUCUAAUGACGCUGGAAAAGACACGAGUGAGGCCCUUGUGUCCAUCCUGGAACCUCCAUACUUCAUAGAGUCUCUGGAGUCUAUGGAGGUGACAGCAGGAGACGCUGUGUGUCUAAAGUGUCAGGUGGCUGGAACACCUGAGAUCAAGGUGUCCUGGUUCAAGGCUGAUGGUAAGGUCCGGUCCAGCCCCACCUGUAAGCUGGAGUACUCUAAGGGCACGGCCUGCCUGAAGCUCAGUAAGGUCACCAAAGUGGACAUUGGAGAGUACACCUGCAAAGCUGAGAACCUGAUUGGUUCGAACUCGUCCACCUGCAGACUCAUCGUGCUGGAUGCCAAAACACCGCCAUCCUUCCCCAAGAAGAUCACCAGCCUUCAGGCGACCGAGGGCCAGCUGGUCCGGUUUGAGUGCCGCGUUGCUGGCUCUUCGCCCAUGGAGGUGUCAUGGCUAAAAGAUGGCAAGCCACUUACCCAGGGAGGAGACUUCUCCAUGCUGUAUGACGACAACACGGCUGUGCUGCAGAUCAGCCGCGGGGAAAUGAAGCAUUCAGGAGAAUACUCCUGCGUGGCCUCCAACAGCGUGGGCUCAGCCUCCUGCAGAGCCAAGCUCACAAUGCAAGAACCCAGGCACCCCCCAGUGUUCGACAGGAAGUUGUCUCCUUUGGAGGUCACUGUAGGGGACAGCAUUGAGCUGGAGUGUCACAUGACUGGUUCCGUCCCCAUGAAGGUCACAUGGUCCAAAGAUCAUAAAGAUAUUCGCUCAGGGGGGAAUUAUAAGCUGAGCUGUGUGGACAGCACCCCCCACCUCACCAUCCUGAAGGCUGACAGAGCUGACACAGGAAGAUACUUUUGUCACGCCUCCAACGACGUGGGGAAGGACUCGUGUUCCGCUGAAAUCACCGUCAGAGAGCGUAAAAACCCUCCAGUGUUCACCAAAAAGCCGUCGGAGCACAUCGAGGACUCGGAGGGCAAACUGGUGAAGAUCGAGAGCCGACUCACUGGAUCCCAGCCCAUGUCGGUCAGCUGGUUCAAAGACUGCGAAGAAAUCCAAACUUCAGACAAAUACGACAUCAGCUUUAAAAGUAAUGUGGCAGUGCUGUGCAUCAAGUGCAGCCAUGCAUCUGACAGUGGCAGGUACUCCUGCCAGGCCUCGAAUGAAGCUGGACAAGCCUCCUGUGAGGUCACUGUAGGAAUUCUGGAAGCCAAGAAGCCUCCUGUGUUUGAUGUUCCUCUCAAGCCGCUGAGCAUAGAGGAAGGUGACAAGAUGAGCCUCAGCUGUCACGUCUGUGGGUCUUCUCCUCUGAAGAUCCAGUGGAUGAAAGACAGGAGGGAGUUAACAUCAGCUGGCAGCACUAGGAUCAGCUUCUCCGAUGGAAUAGCGUGUGUGGAAAUCAGUCCAGUUUCCAAACACGAUGCUGGGGAUUAUCUGUGCAAGGCCACCAACGAGGCCGGCAGUGAGUUCUGCAAGGCCAAAGUCAGCGUGAAAGAGAAACCAGGAGCAGCUCUGGCUCUUGCUGAAGUCCCAGCAACAACUCCAACCAAAAAACUGGACCAGCUGUUCUUUAUUGAGGAACCCAAAUCAGCAUACGUCACAGAGAAGGGAACUGCCAUCUUUAUCGCUAAGGUGGGUGGAGACCCCAUACCCAGUGUCAAGUGGAUGAAGGGAAAAUGGAGGCAGCUGACACACGGUGGACGCAUCUCCAUCGAGCAGAAGGGUCAGGAGGCCAAGCUGGAGAUCAGAGAAGUGACCAAGUCUGACUCGGGUCAGUACAGAUGUGUGGCCUCCAACCGGCAUGGAGAGAUUGAGGUCAGCGCUGAGGCGCACGUAGACGAAAGGAAGGCGGCAGCGCAGCUGGACGGAGACCUCCGAGCGAAACUCAAAAAAACGCCAUCAAAGCAAAGGAGUCCACAGGAAGAGAAGGACAUCAAUAUUGUGGAGCUACUGAGGAACGUAGACCCCAAAGAAUACGAGAAAUAUGCCCGAAUGUACGGCAUCACCGAUUACAGAGGUCUGCUGCAGGCCAUCGAGCAGCUGAAGAAGGAACGGGUGGAGGAAGGUGGACGAUCGGAAGUGGAACGUGGAGACAGAGAGACUGAUGAGGACAUGACUCGUCUGGUAGCCGACCUGCAGAAGAGGAUGGAGAGGACAGAGCCUGUCACCGUGGUGAAGGACAUCUCCAACCAGUCGGUCUUCACCAACAAGGAGGCUGUGUUCGAGUGCCAGAUCAAGAUCAACUACCCAGAGAUCACCUUGUCCUGGUACAAGGGCACGCAGAAGCUGGACACCGGAGACAAGUAUGACAUCAGCAUCGUCGGCGACCGCCACCUGCUCCGGAUCAGGGCGUGUCAACAGACCGACCAGGGGAACUACCGGGUAGUGUGUGGUCCACACAUCUCCAGCGCCAAGCUCACCGUCACAGAGUUGGAGGUGGAGAAGCACCUGCAGGACACGUCGGGUAAGGAGGGCCAGUCGUGCACGCUGUCCUGUCAGUUAUCUGUUCCCAACGUAGAGGCUCAGUGGUUUAGAAACGGCCUGCAGUUAGAGAUGAAGGGCAGGUACUCGUCUGAGGUUAAGCACAAGGUUCAGAAGCUUCUAAUCCGAGACCUGAAGCCUGAAGACCAUGGCAGAUACUCCUGCAAGUACCAGCACCUGGAGUCGUCAGCGGACCUUCGGGUGGAAGCUGAACAAAUUCAUUUCACCAAACGCAUCCACAACAUCGAGGUGAACGAGCGUCAGUCAGCCACCUUCGAGUGUGAGGUUUCUUUUGACAACGCCAUCGUUUCUUGGUACAAAGACACCUGGGAACUGAAGGAAAGCACUAAGUACAACUUCACAAGCGAAGGCCGAAGACACUUCAUGGUGAUCAGAAACGUGUCCAUCGAAGAUGAAGGCGUGUACUCGGUCAUGGUGAGGCUGGUGCCCCGAGGAGAGGCUAAGAGCACAGCUGAGCUUUAUUUAUCUGCUAAAGAGAUCCAGCUGGCCAUGGUCCCAUCGGAUUUCCCAGACUCCUCUGUUCCGAGGCCUGAAGUUCCUUCAUCAGUGGCAGUGCAAGAAUCUGCUGAAUAUUCCCGUCAGUAUGAAGAAGAAGAGCAGAAAGUCGAGUAUCAGAGCUGGACGGAGGAGACGACAACGUGGCAGGUCACGGAGAGCCGAGCUACCUGCGUCGCUGUGGAGGAGGAGGUAGAGAACGUGGUGGCAGAAAUGAGGGAGGAGAUCCCAGCUCCAGCAGAGAAAACUCCUAAAGAGAAGCCAGCAGCAGCUGUGGUGGAACCAACACCACAGAAAGAACUGGAGCUCAGUAAGCCGGUGGAAGAGCAGGUUCACGUAGUUUCAGUCCCAGAGAAGAAGAAAGCUGCAGCUGUCAAAGAACCAGAGAUGGAGAAGCCACCCAUCGGUUCCUCACUGUUUGCUGAGAAGUUCGAUCUGCCAAGCAAAGUUGAACCAAAACCUCAGGUUCCAGUAGAACCAGAACCAAAGUCUAAACCUGCUGCACCUCCCAAAGUAGAAGCUGAAGUCACUCCAGUGGUGCCUCCAUCCAAAGCUCCUAAAGAGCCCGCAAAGACCAAACCAGAACCACCAGCCCCAAAACCAGAAGCUCCAAAACCAGAAGCUCCAAAACCAGAAGCUCCAAAACCAGAAGCUCCAAAACCAGAAGCUCCAAAACCAGAAGCUCUAAAACCAGAAGCUCUAAAACCAGAAGCUCUAAAACCAGAAGCUCUAAAACCAGAAGCUCUAAAACCAGAAGCUCCAAAACCAGAAGCUCCAAAACCAGAAGCUCCAAAACCAGAAGCUCUAAAACCAGAAGCUCCUAAACUAAAGCCAGAAAUAGAGAAACCAAAACUAGAAGUCUGUAAAUCUGUCUCGAAGCCCGAACCUCUCAUCUCUAAACCAGAACCAGCACCAGUGCCAAAGAAGUCUGAGAUAAAAGCUCCAGACGACCUGAAGAAGGGGACUGCUCCACCUCCUUCAGUCCCUCACAAAGAAGCAGAAGAAGCACAGAAGAAACCUGUUAAAGUUCUUGUGGAAGAAAACAUCCCAGAAGCUCUACAAGCAGAACUUCUUCCCGUUCCUUCCAAAGCAGACCCAAGUCAGAGAGAAAAAGUUCCUGCGAAGAAAGUAUCAGCACCGGUGGCUGCUCUUCCACAAGCUGCUGGCAGAGUCUCAGAAGAUACCCAAAGUCCUGAAGAAAAGAGGGUGGCUCAGCCAGAAGAAACAAAGCCAGUGACAAAGACACAGCCAGUUGUGAAGCCUGAAGAACCAACCAAAGAGCUUCCAGAAGAGAAAAAAGCAGCUGUGAUAGAAAAAGUGUCUCCAGUGUCAGAUAAAAGCAAAGGACCUGUUCAGGCACCUGGUGGAGUUCAGAAAGAACCAGUUCUGCACAAAAAGGGUAAAAUUCGUAUAGAAGAGGAAGGCACAUUUGAAAUUCCUACCUUAAGAAAAGCAACUAGAUUCAUGAAGGAGGAGGAAGAGGAGCAUGAAAUGAUAACACUGAAGAAGAUUCCACCAGUUCCACCAAAAGAGCCUGAAGAGGAGGAAAAACCUCAGAAAGUGAUUCACACCACCGUUUUUGAUGCUGAGGGUAUGGUACGUGAAGAAGAGGCUGUUGAGAUGUCAGCGAUCACGAGAACUGUAGAAGAGAGGAAGCCUCGAGAGAAAGCUGAUGUGUUGAAAAAGCCACACGUCAUCCAACCUAAACUGGAGGAACAAAAGGAGGCUCCUAAAGGUGCAUGGACCCACCAGAAACUUGCUCCAAAAGAUGGAAAACCAGAAGACAAGAUUCCUCUAAAGAAAACUCCCAAAGAACCAAAGGAGGAAGAACCAUGCCAACCUGACGCAGCCUUAAAGAAAGUUAAAAAGUUGCCUUUUACUGAUGCUGAACCAGAAGUAGUCAAGCUCAAACCUUUUGAGAAGCCUCCUGAACCAUCAGAGGAACCAGAGAAAGAAAAGACAGAAAGGACAGCUAGGGACGCUGUUCCUUUCAAGAAGGGAGAGAGGAUUCCCAAAGAGGUGGAACCCAAGGCAACCACAAAGCAACCCGUGGAGGCACCUGCUGAAAAACAGGAGCCCCCAUCUAAGGUGCCUAAACCAGUAGCUAAGAAGGAAACUCCAGAGAAGUAUCCUGAAGAGGUCAAAGCACCCACCAAAGUGAGGAAAAUGCUAACAGCAGACCAGGGGAUGGACAGCGUCAAGCUGAAAUCAAUUUCCAAAUCCGCCAAAGAAGCUGCAGAGCCUGAAAAGAAAGCAGCAGAUGAGAUAAAGAGGAAACAAUCUGAUCACCUUGAACGUCAUCGCAGAAUUCCAGAUGAAAAACAAAAAUCUAGAGAGCCAGAAGCAAAGCCAAUUAAACCUGAUACACCUGAGGCUCCAAAGAAAAAGCCAGAGGGACCAAAGGAGGUAGAAGUCGUUCCAGUAAUGAAGACAGCUCCUACUCCAGCACCUGAAAAGAAACUUUUCCCUGAAAAGGUUCCCAAUGAGGGCAAACCUCUGGAAUUGAAGAAAGGAUCCAUACCCGAAGAAAAGGAAGAGAAAGAAGAAGUUUGUCUGAAGCCCUUGGGACAACUGAAGAAGGUGGAGUUGAAAAAGACACCAUCUCCUAAAGUUGAGAAGCUUAAAGAAGCAGAGACAGUUCUACCAGAAAGGAGGCCAAGCAGUGAAAAACUCAAAAAGGUUCCAAAAACCCUUUCACCUAAAGACUCACCUGAAGUGGUACCUCUGAAAACAGCCCCAAGGAAACCGUCUCCAGAAGAGACCAAGGCCGUCAGACCAACAGAACCCACUAAAGGCAAAGUUCCUCUGGUGAAGGAGGUCUCUCCUAGAGCUAUCCAAAUAAAAAAGGUGGCCACUCAGUCAGAGGAGGAGGUCUAUGAAGAGUUUGAAGCAGAGGAGAAAGCCCAUCUGGAAGAAGAGGAGGCCUGGGGCUGGGAACUGGUUCCACGGGACAGUCGUGGCUCAGAGGACUGGGAAGAUGAAGAAGGAGAUGGUGCUCUGGAGGUUCCAGGGGUGACCAGGAGAGAGGGACAACCGGCAGAGGAAGCAGGAAGAGGCAGAGGCAGGGGACUGAAACCCAAACAGACUCCUUCCCCUGGAGAGGGCCGGGGCCGUGGAAUGAAGCCAGGCGGCAGGGGCCCAACCCCACCAGAGGAACCAUUUGCAGGAUUCAAACUCAAAGCUGUCCCUCUGAAGUUCAUCAAGAAGCUUCAGGACAUUGUUCUACAGGAGGCCGAGUCCAUUGGAUCCUCUGCUGUGUUUGAGUGCGAGGUAUCGCCCUCUACUGCUGUCACUUCCUGGAUGAAGGACGGUGGUAAUCUCCGUGAGAGUCCCAAACACAAGUUCACCUCUGAUGGUAAAGACCGUAAGCUGCACAUCAUUGAUGUCCAGCUGUCUGACACGGGUGAAUACACCUGUGUGGCUAAGAAUGCUGGCAAGGAGAUUACAUGCACCGCCAAGCUGAUCGUGGAAGAGCUUCCUGUAAAAUGGAUCAAAGAGCUUGAAUUGGAGACAUCUGCUAUAAAAGGCCAGCCUAUCUACAUGACCUGUGAGCUGAACAAAGAGAGAGACGUGGUCUGGAAGAAAGAUGGCGAAGUCCUGAAGACAAAGGAAGGCAAGAUUCAGAUUAAUGUCAUCGGCAUGCAACAUGCUGUGACCAUCCAGAACUCCACCGAGGAGGACGCUGGUGCUUAUUCAUGUGAAGUUUCUGGCCAGGAAGAUGUCAAGACCACUACAAACGUCAAAAUCAUCGAAAUCAUCAAAGACUGGAUAGUGAGACCACUUAGAGACCAGCACGUGAAACCAAAGGCCGCUGCUACAUUUAAAUGUGAGCUCUUUAAAGACACCCCCAACUGGAAAUGGCUCAAAGGAGAGAAUGACAUCACUCCAUCGGACAAAGUUGAGAUCAAGAAGGAUGGAAAGGAGCUGACUCUGACCAUCAAGAACUGCCAGCCGGACGAUGUAGCUGAAUAUGCCAUGGAAGUAGAAGGACGUGUCUACACCGCCAAACUUACACUUGGAGAGCGGGAGGCUCAGAUCCUGAAGCCCCUGACUAGUGUCGAGGUGAUAGAGAGGGAAGACGCUAUGUUUGAAACGGAGAUAUCUGAGGAUGAUGUUCCAGGGGAAUGGAAACUCAAAGGAGAAGCUCUAACCAGAUCUCCAACGUGUGACAUCCAAAUGGACGGUGCAGUGCGUAGGCUCACUCUGAAAAACUGCCAGCUGGAUCAGGCUGGAGAAGUGUCCUACCAGGCUCUGAAUGCUGCCACAACUGCAAUGCUGACUGUCAAAGAAAUCGAAAUGGAUUUUAUCGUCCCGCUGAAGGACGUUUCAGUGCUUGAAAAGAAACAGGCUAAGUUUGAAUGCACCAUCACGAAGGAUGUCACUAAGGUCAUGUGGUAUAAAGGGGCUGACAUCAUCACCCCAGACCAAAAGUAUGACAUCAUCUAUGAUGGAAAGAAGCACAUGCUGGUCAUAAACAGCUGUGAGUUUGAAGAUGAGGACGAAUAUACGAUUGAAGUUCUUGGAAAAACAUCAACAGCGAGACUGACGGUGGAGGGUGUCAGGCUCAAAUUUAUCUCACCAUUAAAGGACCAAACGGUAAAAGAGGGCCAAACGGCUCGCUUUGAGCUGGAGCUCUCCCACGAGAACAUUCCUGUCACCUGGUUCAAGAACGAUGUAAAACUUCACCCGAGUCGCACCGUUGUCACCCACGUGGACGGAAAGAAGCACCUUCUAGAAAUAAAAGAUGUGACCUUAGAUGAUAUCUGUCAAAUUAAGGCUGAGGCCAAAGGAUUUCCCUGCAUGGCCAACCUGACAGUUAUAGAGGGAGAUCCUUAUUUCACAGUGAAACUGCAGGACUACACAGCAGUGGAGAAAGACAACGUAGUUCUAGAUUGUGAGCUCAGCAAGGAUGUUGAUGUCAUGUGGUAUCACAACGAGUCCGAGAUCAAGUGCUCUAAGGUGGUGGCCAUCAAAGCAGAGGGCAACCGCAGAACCCUGGUCCUCAGGAAGGUUGGGGACAAAGACAAAGGACAGUAUGUUUGUGACUGUGGAACAGACAAGACCACAGCAGAGCUUCACAUCGAAGCUCGUCACAUCAAGGUGGUUCGGCCCAUGUAUGGUGCUGAGGUGUUGGAGGGAGAAACGGCUCGGUUUGAGGUGGAGCUCAGCGAGGACGACGUUCACGGCCAGUGGAAACUAAACGGAGAUGUUCUCAGUCCUUCUGCUGACGUAGAGAUUGUGGAGGAUGGUGCCAAGCACACUCUGGUGUUGUACAACUGCAAAGUGCCUCAGACAGGCGAGCUGGUGUUCGCUGCCGCUAACGCCAGGUGUUCCGCCAACCUGAAAGUAAAGGAACUUCAUGUCUCGUUUAUCACGCCACUCACUGACGUGCACGUCUACGAAAAGGACGAGGCAAAGUUUGAGCUGGAAAUUUCUCGAGAACCUAAAAGUUACCGUUGGCUGAAGGGAACACAGGAGCUGUCAAACAACGAGAAGUUUGAAAUCCUGGUUGACGGCAAACGACACGCUCUUGUUGUGAAAUCGGCCAGGUAUGAAGAUGAAGCCAAGUACAUGUUUGAGGCUGAAGAUAAGAGGACCUCUGGAAAACUGGUUGUCAAAGGUAUUCGCCUAGAGUUUCUCAAGCCAAUUAAAGACGUGACUGUGAAGGAACGUGAAACUGCACAGUUCAGUGUCGAGCUGUCUCAUGAAAAGAUCCCAGUAGUUUGGUACAAAAAUGACGUCCGGCUGCAUCCCAGUAAAGUGGUGCACAUGUCCGAGAGAGGACAGGUCCACACGCUGGCCUUCAAGGAGGUAACACUCGAUGACACCUCCAUCAUCAAGGUGGAAGCCUUGGGGAAAACAUCGGAGGCCAUGCUCACUGUUCUGGAGGGCGACCUCUACUUCACAGCAAAGCUCCAGAACUACUCAGCUGUGGAGAAGGAUGAGGUGAUCUUGUCUUGUGAACUGAGCAAGACCACUGCCGAGGUCAAAUGGUUCAAAGAUGGAAAAGAAUUGUUUCCAUCUAAGAAUAUAUUCUUCCAGUCUGAUGGGAAGAAGCGCAUCCUUGCCAUUAAGAGAGCAUCAAAGACAGACCUGGGAGCGUACACCUGUGACUGUGGUACCGACAGAACCACCGCAGAACUGAACAUCGAAGAGCGAGACAUUAAAGUUGUCCGUCCGCUGUACAGCGUGGAGGUCACCGAGACAGAGACCGCCACGUUUCAGAUCGAGAUUUCUGAGGCAGACCUCCACGCGACGUGGAAACUGAAGGGAGAGAUGCUUCACCCCUCCGCUGAUGUUGAAAUUAAAGAGGAAGGAGCUCGGCACACGCUGACCCUCUUCAACUGCAGGAAGAACAUGGCUGGAAGCAUCAACUUCUCUGCAGCCAACGCCAAAUCCACUGCUCAGCUCAGGGUCAAAGGCCGGGUGAUCAGCCUGACCAGGCCUUUGAAGGAUGUCACCGUGACCGUUGGAGAGACCGCCACCUUUGAGUGUGAGCUGUCGUACGGAGACAUCCCUGUUGAGUGGUUCCUGGGGGGUUCAAAGCUGGAACCAAGUGACAGAGUGGUGUUGAAAGCCAGUGGGUCGGUCCACAGCGUUACUGUUCGAGACGUUCAACUGAGUGAAGCUGGACCGGUCCAGUUGACCGCAAAAGACUUCCAGACUGAGGCCAGCCUCUUUGUUACAGAAGCUCCAGUAGAGUUCACCAAACUUCUGGAGGAUCAAACAGUGGAGGAGGAAACCACUGCCACACUUGAGUGUGAAGUUUCCAGAGAGAACGCAGAGGUGCAAUGGUUCAAGGACGACCAAGAGAUCAGAAAGUCCAAGAAAUAUGAGAUCAACGUCGACGGCCGCAAGAGGACACUGCUCAUCCAUGAGUGCACCCUGGACGACUCGAGAACUUACACUUGUGAUGCCAAACACUUCAAAACCUCCUGCUUCCUAAAUGUAGAACCUCCUCGUGUGGAUUUCUCCAAGCCGCUCCAUGACGUUGAGGUCAAAGAGAAGGAAUCUGCCAGGUUUGAGUGUGAAGUCUCCAGAGAGGACGCCAAAGUUCGCUGGUUUAAGGACGGAAGUGAAAUCAGAAAAGGAAAGAAAUAUGAAAUCGUUGCUCAAGGCCGCCAGCACAUCCUCAUCAUUCACAAGGCUGCAUUUGACGAUGAAGCUGAAUAUGAAUGUGAUUCAAAGACUUCCAAAUCCUCCGGCAUGCUGACUGUCGUCGAGGAGGAGGCCCGGUUCACUAAAAACCUGUCUAAUGUGGAGGGGACAGAGACGGACAGCGUGAAGCUGAUUUGUGAAGUCUCCAAGCCCAGCGUCGAUGUUACAUGGUACAAGGGCGAGGAGGAGCUGCCAGAGGGCGGCCGCUAUGACCAGAUUGUUGAUGGCAAGAAGAGGAUCCUUGUCAUUCAUGAUCUGAAGAUGGGUGAUGCUGGAGAGUACCACUGCAGACUGAGCGCCACCAUCAGAACAUCUGGAAACCUCAAGAUUAACGAGCUGGCUGCUGAGUUCAUCUCCAGACCUCAAAACCAGGAAGUGGUGGAGGGCCAGAAGGUGGAGUUCACCUGCUCCGUCUCCAAGGAAACCUUUGAUGUCAAGUGGAUGAAGGGCGACAAGGAACUGGAGGCAGGAGAUAAGUACCAGAUGGUGAGUGACGGCAAGAGACGGAGUUUAGUCGUCAAGGACUGCGAGCUCAAGGACGAGGGUGGAUACGUAGUGAUGAUUGGAGCCACGAGAGCCAGCGCUGACCUGACUGUGCAUGAGAGACUGAAGAUCGUCACCCCUCUGAAGGACACGGAGGGUAAAGAAGGUCAGGAGGUUGUCCUGAACUGUGAGGUGAACUCAGAUGGCGCCAAGGCCAAAUGGCUGAAAAAUGAAGAGACGCUGUUUGAAAGUGGAAAGUACUUGAUGGUCCAAAGGGACAAUGUCUUCUCCCUAAGGAUCAAAGAUGCUCAGAAGGGAGAUGAAGCUAACUACACUGUCAACCUGACCAAUCAAAGGGGAGAGCAGGCCAAGAGCUCCUGCAGCUUCACCGUCAAAGAGGAGAGUCUGAGGAUCGUAGUUCCUCUGGAGGACAUUGACACUCAGGAGAAGAAGACCGUCAGCUUCUCCUGUAAAGUCAACAGGCCCAAUGCCACCCUGAAGUGGAUGAAGGCUGGACAGGAGAUCACACUCAGCAAACGCAUCGUGUACCGAGUCGAUAAGGAGAAACACACGCUGACCAUCAAAGACUGCACGCUGGCUGACGAGGGCGAGUACACCGCCGUGGCCGGAGACGACAAGUCCACCGCCGAGUUGAUCAUCAGCGAGGCGCCAACUGACUUCAACGUGCACUUGAAAGAUCAGACCGUCAUUGAGUUUGAAGAAGCAGAAUUCACCUGCAAACUAACCAAGGAGAAGGCUGAAGUAAAGUGGUACCGGAACGGCAGAGAGAUCAGAGAAGGACCCAAAUACACAUUUGUGAGAGACGGGAAGUUUUGCACUUUGCACAUCAAAGAGUGCCGACCUGAUGACGAGUGUGAAUACGCCUGUGGGGUGGACGAGAAGAGGUCCAGGGCAAGGCUCUUUGUGGAAGAGACUCCGGUGGAGAUCGUCCGACCUCCUCAGGACGCCUUUGAACCUCCAGGCUCUGAUGUGGUUUUUGAAGUGGAGCUCAACAAGGACCGGGUGGAGGUGAAGUGGCUGAGGAACAACAUGACCGUCGUCCAGGGAGACAAGUUCCAGAUGAUGAGUGAGGGGAAGCUUCACCGGCUGCAGGUGUGUGAGAUCAGGCCCAGAGACCAGGGGGAGUACAGAGUCAUCGUCAAGGACAAAGAUGCCAAGGCCAAGCUGGAGCUGGCAGCUGUCCCUCAGAUAAAGACCACAGACCAGAACUACGUCACUGACGUGGGGAAGCCCAUUGUCAUGGCCGUGCCCUACAGCGCCUACCCUCAGGCUGAGGCCGACUGGCUCUACAACAGCCUGAGUCUGCCCAGAGACAACAUCCACACCUCCGCCGACCGCACAGAGUACCGCCUCAAGGACCCCAACAAGGCUGAUGAAGGCCGCUACAGGAUCGAAAUCAAGAACAAACAUGGAGGAGGAGAGGCGUUCAUCAACCUGGAUGUGAUCGAUGUACCUGGACCUGUGAAAAACCUACAGGUAGUAGACACCGCUGACGGAGAGGUCAGCUUGGCAUGGGAAGAACCAGAGAGCGAUGGUGGUAGUAAAGUCAUCGAGUAUGUGGUGGAGAGACGCGACAUCAAACGUAAGACCUGGACACUGGCUACCGACCAUGCAGAGAGCCCAGAGUAUACGGUGACUGGGCUGCAGAAGGACUCCUUUUACCUGUUCAGAGUUGCUGCACGAAACCGGGUCGGCAGUGGACUCAACGUUGAGACAGACAAAGCUGUGCAAGCCAAGAACAAGUUUGAUGUUCCUGAUGCUCCUCUCAACAUCAUCGUGGGAAAUGUCACCAAGUUUGGCUGCACUGUCUCCUGGGAGCCUCCUGAGUCAGAUGGGGGCUCUCCAAUAACCUCUUACAUCGUUGAGCUUCGUGACAGGACAUCUGUGAAGUGGUCACCUGUCCAGGUCACAAAAGCCAACGAGCUCAGCGCCAUCAUCAAUGAUGUCAUCGAGAACAAAGAAUACAUCUUCAGAGUUAAAGCUGAGAACAAAGCUGGUGUUGGCAAACCCAGUGCUGCCUCGCAGCCUGUCAAGAUCAUGGAUCCGAUUGAGCGUCCGAGCCCUCCACUGAACCUGUCCUGGCAGGACCAGAACAAGAGCUCGGUGCAGCUCGCAUGGGAAACUCCUCUGAAAAAUGGGGGCAGCAUGAUCACUGGAUACAUCAUUGAACGCUGCGAGGAAGAUUUGGACAAGUGGCUGCGCUGUAACGCCCGUCUUUGCUCUGACCUGUUCUACAAGGUCUCUGGACUGAAAUAUGGUGCCAAGUACAACUACAGAGUGCUAGCUGAAAAUGCUGCUGGAGUGUCUGACCCUUCAAAUGUCAUAGGACCUCUGCUGGCCGACGACCCACACGUUGGUCCAACCCUUGACUUGAGCGCUUUCAAAGAUGGGCUGGAGGUGAUUGUCCCUCAGCCUCUCAUUAUCAGAGUCCCCAUCACUGGAUAUCCAACCCCUGUUGCCAAAUGGACCUUUGGAGAGAAGGAGCUGACCACUGAAGAUGAGCGAGUCUCCCGGAUGACCAAGUCCACAUUUACAGAACUUGCCAUCGCUCCAAGUGUCCGUCCAGACAAAGGCAUCUACACCCUGACACUGGAGAACGACGUCACCACCGUCUCUGGAGAGAUUGAAGUCAACGUCAUCGCGGCGCCCAGUGCUCCAAAAGAUUUCAAAGUCCUGGAGGUGACCCGACAGCAUGUCCACCUCAGUUGGGAGGCUCCUGAGCACGAUGGAGGUAGUCCUCUGACAGGCUAUCAGGUGGAGAAACGGGAUGUGUCCCGCAAGACCUGGGUCAAGGUCAUCACAGGGAUCCAGGACCUGGAGUUUACUGUCACAGAUGUGGUUGAAGGGAAGGAGUACCUGUUCAGAGUCACCGCCCUUAACAAGUGUGGCCCAGGAGAGCCUGCGUACAUAGAUGAACCUGUGAAUGUCUCCUCUCCAGCCACUGUCCCAGACCCGCCAGAGAACCUGAAGUGGAGAGACAAGUCGGCCAGUGGCAUCUUCCUGACCUGGGAACCACCCAAAUAUGAUGGUGGCACCGGCAUCCGAGGCUACAAUGUGGAACGCCUGCAGAGAGGAACAGAUAAGUGGGAGCCCUGUGGAGACCUGGUGUCUGAGCUGAAGUGCCAGGUGACUGGUCUACUCGAGGGCCAGUGGUAUGCCUACAGAGUCCGAGCUUUAAAUCGUCUUGGAGCCAGCCAGCCCUGCAAGGCCACUGAUGAGAUCCAAGCUGUUGAUCCCAAAGAACCCCCAGAGAUCCAGCUGGACGCCAAACUGUUGGCUGGUCUGACUGCCAAAGCUGGCAGCAAGAUUGAGCUCCCUGCAGAGGUGCUUGGUAAACCUGAACCCAGGGUAAAGUGGACCAAGGCUGACUUGGUCCUCAAAGCAGAUGACAGGGUGUCCAUUGACACCAAGCCAGGACACUCCACUGUAACCAUCGCCAAGACGAAGAGGGAUGACAGCUCCACCUACAUCAUAGAGGCCACCAACAGCAGUGGCCGAGCCACUGCCACAGUGGACGUCAACAUCCUCGACAAGCCUGGUCCUCCUGCUGCCUUUGAUAUCUCUGAUAUCACCAAUGAAACCUGCUUCCUGGCCUGGAAUCCUCCACGUGACGAUGGCGGCUCCAAGGUCACCAACUACAUUGUUGAACGUCGAGCUGCUGACAGUGAGAUCUGGCACCGGCUGUCCUCCACUGUCAAACAGACCACAUACAAAGCCGUUGGCCUGGUCAAGUUUAAAGAGUACAUCUUCAGAGUGUUUGCGGAGAACCAGUUUGGUGUCGGCCCUUCUGCCGAACACCCAUCCAUCAUUGCCCGGUACCCCUUUGACACUCCUGGAGCACCCUACAAAUUGGAGCCAUCAGACAUUGCCAAAGACUCUCUGACUCUGACUUGGUAUGAGCCGGAUGAGGACGGAGGAAGCCCCAUCACGGGGUACUGGGUGGAGCGAUAUGAACCUGACCAUGACAAGUGGAUCCGAUGUAACAAGCUCCCAAUCAAAGACACCAACUACAGAGUCAAAGGUCUUCCUACCAGAAAGAAGUACAAGUUCAGAGUACUUGCUGAAAACUUGUCUGGAACCGGAAAACCAAGCCAAGAGACAGAUCCGAUCCUCGUCAAGGAUCCAAUUGAUCCUCCAUGGCCUCCUGGUAAACCCACAGUCAAAGAUGUAGCUAAGACUUCCUGCUUCCUGAUGUGGACCAAACCUGAGCAUGACGGCGGAGCUAAGAUCGACAGCUACAUUAUCGAGAUGUUGAAGAGCGGGACCUCUGACUGGAUUCAUGUAGCAGAGAACAUCAACCUGUUGGAGUUUUUCCUGAAGGGUCUGAUGGAGAAACAGGAGUACUCGUUCAGAGUGCGAGCUGUUAACGUGGCCGGAGAAAGCGAGCCCAGUGAGCCCAGUGACCCGGUGCUCUGUAAAGAGAGACUGAACCCCCCCUCAGCGCCUCGCUGGCUGGAGGUUGUGAGCAUCAGCAAGAACAGUGCAGAUCUGAAGUGGUCGGCUCCAGAGCGUGAUGGAGGAUCACGUGUCACCAACUAUGUGGUAGAGAAGCGUGACGUCCGGCGUAAAGGCUGGCAAGCAGUGGACACUACUGUCAAGGAGCUGAAGUGCACCGUGGCGCCUCUCAAUGAGGGAGCACUCUACGUGUUCCGCGUUGCUGCAGAGAACGCUGUUGGAGUUGGACCGUUCUGCGAGCUGGAGGACUCUGUGCUGGCCAAGGAUACAUUCACUACUCCUGGGCCACCUUAUGCACUCUCUGUCAACACUGUGACCAAGAAAUACGUGGACCUAGAGUGGGAGGCACCAAAGAACGAUGGUGGCAGGCCGAUACUCAGGUACUCAAUUGAAAAGAAAGAGAAACUUGGAACCCGCUGGGUGAAAUGUGCCAAGACAUCAGGUCCAGACUGUAAAUACAGAGUAACAGACGUGAUUGAGGGAACGGAGGUCCAGUUCCAAGUCCGUGCUGAGAACGAGGCUGGUGUUGGACACCCUAGUGAACCCACAGAGAUCCUAACCAUUGAAGAUCCAACAGGUUCCCCAUCACCACCCAUUGAGCUGCAUGUGACCGGAGCCACCAGAGACUUCUUGUCCAUUGCCUGGAAGCCUCCACAGCGGGACGGUGGCUCUCCCAUCCGCGGCUACCACAUUGAGAUGUGUGAGGCCGGAACAGAGAAGUGGAUGAGGGUCAACUCCCGUCCAGUUAAAGAGCUGAAGUACCGUGUGGAGGAAGGCGUGGUCCCUGAGAAGGAGUACAUUCUGAGAGUUAGGGCCAUCAACGCUGUUGGAGAGAGUGAUCCCUCCGAUAUUUCUGAAAAUGUCUUCGCUAAGGAUUCAGACUGUAACCCUACACUGGAGUUCCAAACUCUGGACCUGGUGGUUGUGGAAACUGAGAAACUUCAUAUUCCAGUCCCCUUCAGAGCCGUGCCUUCACCCAAAAUCACUUGGCACAAGGAUGGCAAGGAGCUGAAGGCUGACGAGCACUUCAGCUUCAGGCAUGAGUAUACUUCCUGUCAUCUGGAGAUUGACAGCAGCAUUCACCCUGAUGCUGGAGUCUAUAAAGUCACUCUGGAGAACAAACUGGGAAGUGCCAGUGCCACCAUCAAUGUUAAAGUCAUAGGACUUCCUGGACCCUGCAAGGAGAUUGUGGCCUCUGAGAUCACAAAGAGCUCCUGUAAAGUGUCCUGGGACCCUCCAGAUUAUGAUGGCGGCAGCCCAGUCCUACACUAUGUCCUUCAGCGCCGGGAGGCUGGCAGGAGGACAUAUGUCAACAUGAUGUCGGGAGAGAACAAGGUAUGCUGGACCGUGAAAGACCUCAUCCCCAAUGGGGAGUACUACUUCAGGAUCCAAGCCGUCAACAAGAUUGGAGGAGGAGAAUUCAUCGAGCUGCGCAACCCUGUCAUCGCUGAAGACCAAAAACAUGCUCCUGACCCUCCAGUUGAUGUUGAGACCCAUAACCCCACGUCCAGCACAGUCACCCUGACCUGGAAGCCGCCCAUGUAUGACGGCGGCGCUAAGAUCAUGGGAUACAUUCUGGAGAAGCAGCAGAAGGGCGAGGACGAAUGGAAGAGGUGCAACGACUUUUUGGUCCCUGUGCUGUCCUACACCGUUAGAGGACUGACGGAGGGCAAGAACUAUACUUUCCGAGUCAAAUCAGAAAAUGCCGCCGGCAUCAGCGAGCCUUCCCGCAACACUCCAUUCGUUAAGGCCUCAGACUCCAUCGAUCCUCCAAAGGUUUUCCUCAGUGGCAGUUUGCAGUCUGGUCUCAGCGUGAAACGCGGCUGUGAAAUUUGCCUGGAUGCCAACAUUUCAGGUUCACCGUACCCUCAGAUUACCUGGUACUGGAACAACCAGUUGAUCCAGCCUGAACCACUUCGCAAGAGGCCUGAAAAACCUCUGAAGAAGAAGGCAGAGAAAAAAGAGGAAGAAAAGAAGGAGGAGGAGACAAAGACAGAGAUCGGAGCUGAGAAGAAAGAGGAGAAGGAGGUAGAGGUGAAGGAGGAAGAAAAGAAAGAGGGAGGAGAGAUCAAGGAGGACAAGAAGCAAGAAGAAGAAGCUGCUGAACCAGAUACAGAGGAACCUGACUAUCCAACUAUAAAUGAACGCCUGAGUAUUGACAACAGUCAACGGGGCUUGUCCUCCGUCGUCAUCAGAGACUCUGUUCGCCCUGAUCAUGGUGUCUACGUAAUAAAGGUGGAGAAUGACCAUGGGAUCGCCUCAGCAACUUGUGAGGUGAACGUGCUUGAUGCUCCCGGUCCCCCGGUCAACUUGAGAUUUGAGGAAGUGAGAAAGAACUCUGUUGUCUGUAAGUGGGAUCCUCCUCUGGAUGACGGAGGCAGCGAAGUCCUCAACUACACCCUAGAGAAGAAAGAUAACUCAAAAAUGGAGUUUGGCUGGAGCUGUGUAACCUCCACUCUGAGAGGCUGCCGAUACUUGGUGCCCAAACUCAUCGAGAAGAAAGAGUAUAUCUUCAGGGUUGUGGCAGAGAACAAAUUUGGACCUGGUCCCCCCUGCGUUUCCAAGCCCCUCAUUGCCAAGAACCCCUUUGAACCACCUGAGGCUCCUGAAAAGCCAGAGAUUGAUGACAUCACAGCCAAUAGCAUGUUGGUCACUUGGAAUGAACCGAAUGAUAACGGCAGCCCCAUCCUGGGAUACUGGGUGGAGCGUAGAGAGAUAAACAGCUCGCACUGGGCACGUGUCAACAGGGAAAUUGUCCCAGACACCAAGCUGAAUGUUGGAGGGCUGCUGGAAGGACUGACGUACAUCUUUAGGGUGGCAGCUGAAAACCAGGCCGGCCCUGGGAAGUUCAGCAGCCCUUCUGAACCUAAGAGGGCCCAGGCUCCAAUUUUGCCUCCUGGACCUCCCAUUGCUCGUGUAGUGGCUACCACUGACCACUCUAUUGAGGUUGAGUGGGAUCCACCUGCUGAUAAUGGUGGAGGAGAGAUCCUGGGAUACCAGGUGGAUAAGGCAAUAGUUGGAACGAAGGACUGGUCCAGAUCUACAGAGCGCCCCUGGAGGACUCAUGCCUUCACAGUCUAUGGAGUGCGUGAGGGAGCAAAAUACUCCGUCAGAGUCAUUGCCUGCAAUGCUGCAGGAGAAGGAACACCUGGGUUCACAGAGUCUGUGAUUGUAAAGAAUCCAGCAGAGACACCAGUGAUCCAAAUGAGCCUUGCUGUCAAGAACGGAAUAGUCAUCAGAGCUGGAGAAACACUCCAGGUACCUGCCACAGUCACAGGUAAACCUUACCCAUUCAUCACCUGGACCAAGGAUGAUGGGAAACUUGACAAAGACCGUGUGGAGCUCCUCAGUGAGGGCAAUGACAGCAUCGUCUCCAUCAAGAACGUCCAAAGGAAUGACUGUGGAAAGUAUCAGAUUUCUGCUUGUAACCCUAGUGGUAUCAAGACUGCAUGGACCAGAGUGGAUGUGGUCGAUGUUCCUGGACCUGUCACAGAUCUGAAGCCAGUCGUCGUUACUCGUAAGAUGAUCUUCCUGAACUGGGAUGACCCUGCAGAUGAUGGAGGCAGUGACCUCACAGGCUUUGUUGUGGAACGAAGAGAUGCCAAGAUGCACACAUGGAGACAGCCUAUUGAAACAGCUUCGUCCAAGUGUGAGUGUGUGGGUAUCAUGGAAGGACAGGAGUACUUUUUCCGUGUCAUCGCCAAGAACAAGUAUGGUAUGGGUCAACCCGUGGAGCUGGGACCAAUCAAAGCCAUAGACCCACAGGGUCCACCAUCAUACCCUGAGAAGUUCCACUACACAGAGCGCACCAAGAACUCCAUCACAUUGGCCUGGAGGCCACCUCGAAAUGAUGGUGGCAGUCCCGUUAUUGGCUACUUUGUUGAAAAGAAAAGACAGGACCAGCAAGCCUUUGAACCUUGCAACACGGAGAUUUGCCCUGACAUGACCCUGACUGUGGAGGGCCUCGAGGAGGCCUGGAUGUACGAGUUCAGAAUUAAGUGUGUUAAUCUCAUUGGAGAAAGCGAGCCGUCAAUUCCACUGACUGUGGUCAUCCAGGACGAUGAAGUGGGUCCUGAGGUUCACAUGCUCAAGCACUUUAAGGCAGACUGCAUCACCGUGAAGAAGGGUGAACCAAUUGAGAUUCCCGCUAACAUCAUUGGACUCCCUAUCCCAAAGAUCGAGUGGUCCAAAGACGAUGUGGUGAUUGAGAAGCCCACUGAGACCCUGCUGAUCGACACAGAGGUGACUGGAAGGCUGAACGCUAAGACCAUGCUGACCAUUCCAGCAGCCAAUCGGAGGGACCGGGGUUACUUCAUGGUGUCAGCUUCCAACAACAUGGGCUCAGCCCAUCACACCAUCUAUGUAAUGGUGCUGGACCGACCCACUCCACCCAGGAAUCUGAGUGUCUCAAACAUCAGAGCAGAGUCUUGCUACCUGAACUGGGACCCACCCACGGAUGAUGGUGGCAGCGAGCUGACCAACUACAUUGUUGAGAGAAAGGAAGUAAUGAAAGACCAGCCUGAGGUGGAGGAAGGACAAGAGGCUCUGGCGAUGCCGCAAUGGGAGGAGGUCAACAGCAGCGUCAUUGAGAGGAAGUUUGGGGUGUGGAACUUGGAAACUAACAAGACCUACUUGUUCCAAGUCAGAGCCCAGAACCGCUAUGGUAAAUCUGAUCCUUGCACAACGGAGGAAGUCCACAUCACAGACCCCUUUGGGCUUCCUGGCCCACCAGAGAAACCAACUAUUUCAGAAUACUCCAAGACCUCCAUGACACUAACUUGGGAGCCUCCCAGAGAGACCGGAGGUUCAAUGAUCACCGGCUACUGGCUGGAGAAGAGGGAGAGAGGCACUGACUACUGGGCCAAAGUUAAUAAGAUGCCAGUGACCAAGAGGGGUGUAAAAGGCUGGGAGUACCAGGUGACACGUCUCUUUGAAGGAACUGAGUACGAGUUCAGGGUUGCAGCCAGUAAUUCAGCUGGAACUGGACCAUUCAGCGGACCUUCUGACUCUGCUUUUGCUGUUGAUCCUAUCACUCCUCCAAGCAUGCCUGCUGCUCCUGAAAUUGCUGAUAAGACCAAGCACAGCGUCACUCUGUCCUGGAAGCCACCUGAGAGUGAUGGCGGAAGUCCCAUCAAGGGCUACAUCAUUCAGAUCCAAGAUGAGGGCUCAUCAGAGUGGCACCGGAUCAAUGACAUUGACAGCUUGCAUCCCACCACAGAGUUCACCGUGCCCAGCCUCAGAGAGCUGAAACGCUACCGCUUCAGGAUUAUUGCUGUCAAUGACAUCGGAGAGUCUGACCCCAGCCCACGGACCAGUGAAGUUCUGGUCGAGGAUGUCCAACUUCCUCCUCUCAUCACAAUUGACGUAAUGGCGGAAGACCUGGUGAAUAUUCGGGCUGGAGAUUCGAUCAGGAUACCUGCCACCAUCAAGGGCCGUCCUGUUCCCAAGGUGACUUGGGACUAUGAAGGCAAAGCCAAGUCCCACAAGAAGAACAAACUGCACAUCCUACCGGUGGACUCUGAGGUGGAGUCCACAGACACCACAUCCAUUGUGAACAUCCCCAUCAGUCUGAGGAGCCACUCUGGACGCUACACAAUCACCGCCAAGAACAAGUCUGGACAGAAACACGUCAACGUCAGGGUCAUUGUUGUUGAUGUUCCUGGACCUCCAAAAGAUCUGAAGGUCACUGAUGUCACUCGUUCCACCAUGAGGUUGAUCUGGAAGCUCCCUGAUACUGAUGGAGGAGAGAGAAUCAAGAGCUACUUUAUUGAGAAGAAGUCAGCCAUUGACAAGGCCUGGACUAAGGUGAAUGCAGCUUGCGCUAGCCAGGCCUUUGUGGUUCCAGGCCUUCUGGAGGGUCAGGAUUACUUGUUCAGAGUGCGUGCGGAGAACAGGUUGGGAUUCGGCCCGUUCACUGAAACAACGGAGCUUGUUCGAGCCAGAGAUCCCAUCUACCCCCCUGACCCACCAACCAAGCUGAAGGUCAACCUGAUAACAAAGACCACGGUGACUCUGAGCUGGGAGCCCCCCAAAAACAACGGUGGCUCUCCUGUGAAGCAUUACAUCAUUGAGCGUUUGAGCUGGGACACCAGUGGCAAGGAGAAGGAGACCUGGAAACAGUGCAACAAGAGAGAUGUGGAGGAGCUGACGUUUGUGGUGGAAGACCUGAAGGAGGGGGGGGAGUAUGAAUUCAGGGUGAAAGCCGUGAACAAUGCCGGACCCAGCCGACCCUCUGCCACCGUGGGACCCCUUGUUAUCAGGGAUCAGACAUGUCCUCCUACCAUUGAGCUGCGAGAGACCAUGGAGGGAGAGGAGGGAUGUGACGUCAGCAUCGUGGCUAAGAUCAGCGGCUGUCCGUUCCCAACGCUCACUUGGAAUAAGGCCAGCCUGGCCAAACCCGAGGAGAAGGCUGCUGUCCAGUAUGACCAGCAUCUAAACAAACUGGUGACCCAGGACAAGUGCACACUUCUCAUUCAGCAGGCCAGCAGACACGACAGCGCCCUCUACAGUCUGGUGGCCACCAACAGUCUGGGUUCAGCCACUAAGGACAUCAAGCUGUCGGUGCUGGGACCUCCGGGCCCACCUGUUGGACCAAUCACAUUCACUGAGGUGUUUGCUGAGAGGAUCGGCCUGGCCUGGAACCCUCCCACAGACGAUGGAGGCUCCAAGAUCACCAACUACGUUGUUGAGAAGCGUGAAGACAACAGGAAGUCCUGGGUCCAUGUCUCCAAUGACCCUAAAGACUGUGCCUAUGUGGUGACACGUCUCACGGAGAACCACGAGUACGAGUUCAGAGUCAUGGCCCAAAACAAGUUUGGAGUGGGGCCACCACUGAUCAGUGAGCCAGAGAAGGCCAGAAACCUUUUCACCGUCCCAGGUCAGUGUGAAAAACCAACAGUAACUGAUGUCUGUCUGGAGUCCAUGACUGUCAACUGGGACGAGCCCAAGUAUGAUGGAGGAUCCUCGAUCACCGGCUACUUCGUUGAGAAGAAGGAGACCACCUCCAAGCGCUGGACCCGUGUGAGCCGCGAACCAAUCCGAGCUCUCCCUCUGGGCAACAACUGGGAUGUGACAGGUCUUCUGGAGGGGGCAUUGUACCAGUUCAGGGUCAUAGCUGUCAAUGCUGCUGGCUGUGGGCUGCCCAGCAUGCCCUCUGACCCUGUACUCUGCAGGGACCCCAUAAAACCUCCAGGCCCACCCACCCCAAAGGUGACGGACUGGACCAAGUCAACAGUGGAGCUGGAGUGGAUCCCUCCUCUGAUAGAUGGAGGAUCUAAGGUGACCGGCUACAUUGUUGAGUUCAAAGAGAUAAACAAGGAGGAGCAGGAGAAGAAAGCUCAGAGGAAGCUGCUGCUGAGCGACACUGAAGAAGACAAGGAGCCUGAAAGUGAUGAGAGCUGGGCAAAGGCCAAGGACACGGAGAUCAGAGGCACCAAGUUCGUGGUGACUGAUCUGAAGGCAGGAGGUCUGUACCAGUUCAGAGUACGAGCCGUGAAUGCUGCAGGGGUGGGAGAACCUGGAAUGGUGUCUGAGCUGAUUGAAGUCAAAGACAGAACCAUUCCUCCUGAGAUGGACCUGGAUGCCUCAGUGAAGGAGAAGAUUGUUGUUCAUGCCGGGGGCACCAUCCGCAUCAUCGCCUAUGUGUCCGGGAAACCUGCCCCGCUGAUCACCUGGUGCCGUGACGAUGGCGAGGUGCCCAAAGAAGCAACGGUGGAGACGACAGGUAUCUCCAACUCUCUGGUGAUUAAGAACUGCAGACGCCAACAUCAGGGUAUGUACACGCUGAGCGCCAAGAACGAGGGAGGUGAGAGGAAGAAGGCCAUCAUCGUUGAGGUCCUUGACGUUCCUGGACCUGUUGGUCUUCCUUUCGCCGGUGAGAAUUUGACCACAGACUCUUGCAAGCUGACUUGGUACACACCUGAGGAUGACGGUGGCUCCACCAUUACCAACUACAUCCUCGAGAAGCGGGAGUCUGACCGCAUGGGCUGGACCUCAGUGUCCUACACGGUGACGAGAAACAAUGCUGUCGUGCAGGGCCUCAUAGAGGGCAAGGCCUACUUCUUCAGGAUCGCAGCAGAGAACAUCAUCGGGAUGGGCCCCUUCACCGAGACUGAUAAAAUGGUGCUCAUCAAAGACCCCAUCUCUGUUCCAGAGCGUCCAGAGGACCUGAUCAUCACCGCCAUUACCAAAGACUCCAUUUCUGUCACCUGGAAACCGCCUAAAUAUGACGGCGAUGCUGAGGUGACUGCAUAUGUCCUCGAGUCCCGAAUGGUUGGUCGUGACAGUUUCACACGGAUAGGUGGAGAGGACAAGUUGAUGGACAGGAAGUUCACUUUGAAGGACCUGAAGGAAGGCUCGAGUCAUGAGUUCAGAGUCUCUGCCGUCAACCAGGUGGGACAGGGCAAGCACUCGUUCCCCACUAAACCGGUGCAGUGCAAGGACGAGCUGGAACCUCCCACUCUGGACCUGGACUUCAGGGAGAAGAUGGUGGUAAAGGUGGGAGACCCAUGCAUGCUGUCAGGAAGUUUCAGUGGAAAACCGGCUCCUGCUGUCGCUUGGAUAAAGAAUGACGAGGAGCUGAAAGCAGACGAAGAGCUCAGCCUCCACAGCACCACACGUCACAUCAGCCUCAGCAUCAGCAAGGCCAAACGGGAACACAGUGGCCGUUACUGCGUCAGCGUGGAAAACGCCGCCGGCGCUCGAACGGGAAUCUGCACAAUCAUUGUGGUCGAUCGUCCUCAACCACCAGAGGGCCCCGUUGUUUUCAACGAAGUGUACAGGAACUACAUGAUGGUCUCCUGGAAACCUCCUCUGGAUGAUGGAGGCUGUGCCAUCUCCAACUACAUCAUUGAGAAGAGAGACACCAACCGAGACCUGUGGAUGCCCGUCACCUCGUCCUGCACCAGAACAACCUGCAAGGUCCCAAAGCUGAUCGAAGGCCGAGAGUACAUCAUCCGUAUCAUGGCUCAGAACAUGUAUGGAGUCAGUGACCCCCUACUGUCAGCAGAGGCCAAAGCCAGGGAUGUCUUCAAGGUCCCCGAUGCUCCCAAACAGCCCAUAGUGAAAGAGGUUUACCACGACUCCGCCCUGAUCAGCUGGGAGCCACCUGCUGAUGGAGGAAAGCCAAUCACAGGCUACAUCGUGGAGAGGAAGGAGACUAAGGCCAACAGGUGGAUUUGCUGCAACACCGAAAGGAUCCAUCCUAAAGUGGAGUACUGGGUGGCCGAGCUACUAAAGGGUUGUGAGUACGAGUUCAGAGUCAGUGCGGAGAACGAGGUGGGAGCUGGAGACACAAGUCCACCAUCCAAACCUGUGUUUGCCAAGGAUCCCAUCGUGAAACCCGGUCCUCCAGUCAACCUUCAAGCCAUUGAUUUCACCAAGGAGUCUGUGACUCUGUCCUGGGACCCCCCUACUGACACUGGCAGAGGAAAGAUCUUUGGAUACCUGCUUGAGUUCCAGAAGGCUGGAGAGGAAGAAUGGCAGAAGGUAAACCAGACCCCAGACUCUUGUCAGGAGACCAAGUUUAAGGUGAUCAGCCUGGAGGAUGGAGCUUUAUACCGCUUCAGAGUUAUGGCUGUGAAUGCUGCAGGGGAGUCUGACCCAGCCAACCUGAAGGAACCAAUCAGAGUGCAGGACAGACUAGAACCACCGGAGCUCAUCCUUGACGCCGGAAUGACUCGGGAAGUGAAGGCUAUGGCUGGCACGCACAUCACACUGAUGGCUACCAUCAAAGGCGUCCCAUUCCCCAUUGUCACGUGGAAGAAGAACGAUGCAGAGGUUCCCACCAGAGCUGACAUCGAGACCAAUCAAGUAGGCACCAAGUUGGAGAUGAGAUUCUGUAACCGUGGUGACUGUGGAGACUACACCCUAACAGUGGAGAACCCAGCUGGAUCCAAGACCGCUACAUGCACUGUUCUGGUUCUUGACAAACCUGGUCCCAUUCAGCACCUCCGGGUAUCUGAUGUCAGAAGCGACUCUGCCUAUCUGUCCUGGAAGGAUCCAGAAGACAAUGGUGGAACUCGCAUCACUAACUUUGUGGUGGAGAAGAAAGACACGGCAUCCACUCAGUGGGUGCCGGUCUGUUCCACCUCCAAAAAGCGCAGCAUGAUGCUGAAGCAUCUGAUGGAAGGAACAUCUUAUAUGUUCAGAGUAGCGGCUGAAAAUCAGUAUGGCCGAAGCGAAUUUGUUGAGACAUCAAAAGCCAUCAAAGCAAUGAACCCUCUCUUCCCUCCUGGUCCUCCAAAAGAUCUGCAUCAUGUUGAUGUAGACAAAACUGAGGUAUGGUUGGCCUGGAACUGGCCCGAUCGCAAUGGAGGAAGUGACAUCACAGGUUUUUUGGUGGAGUAUCAGGAAGAGGGAGCGAAGGACUGGGAAGAAUGGAAGAUUGAGAGCAUUCCAGAGAGCCAUGUCACUGGCCUAGAGGAGGGAAAGACCUAUCGCUUCAGAGUGAGAGCGGAAAACGCCAUAGGCCUGAGCAGACCAGACACAACAGUGCCCAUCCUAUGCCAGGAGAAACUUGUGCCUCCAGUUGUGGAGGUGGAUGCUAAGCUCAUUGAAGGCAUCACCGUGAAGGCCGGCACCACCAUUAGGCUGCCGGCUAUAAUGAGAGGAAUCCCUGUGCCCACAGCUAAAUGGUCCAUUGAUGGAGAAGAGAUCACUAGCCAGGGCAACAUCAAGAUUGACACUGAUAAUUUCUCUACUGUGCUCAACAUUAACGAAUGCACCAGGAACCAUUCAGGAACUUACCUGCUCACCGUGUCCAAUCCAGCAGGAACGAAGGCUGUGGCCUUAAAUGUAUUAGUUUUAGAUGUUCCAGCUGCUCCUAUUGGACCUGUCAAUAUCCUGGAAGUCACGCCAGACUCCAUGACCAUUGAAUGGCGUCCUCCCAAGGAUGACGGUGGAAGCCCUGUCACCAAAUACAUUGUGGAGAAAAGAGAAUCCAACAAGGAGACUUGGGGAGGCGUUAGCUCUGGCAGCCUUGACACUGAGCUUAGAAUCACUCGACUACAGAAGGGAGCUGAGUACGUGGUCCGCAUUCGUGCUGCUAACAAAAUGGGGGUGGGUGCUCCACUGGAGAGUAAGCCAACUGUUGCUGAGCACACCUUUAUGCCACCCAGUCCACCUGGAAAACCACAGCCCUCUGACCUGUCAGAAGACGCUGUUACAGUCGGAUGGACGAUGCCUCUUGCUGAUGGUGGCAGCCAGAUCACUGGUUAUCUUGUUGAGCGCAGGCACAAGGGAGGAAAAUGGAUCCGAGUUAAUAAGACACCAUGCAAAGACUUGCGCUACAGAGUCCAGGGUCUCUUUGAGGGAAGUGAAUAUGAGUUCAGAGUAUUUGCUGAGAACAUAGCUGGUUAUAGUGGUCCUUCUCCCACAUCUGACCUCUGCAAGCCCUGCAGACCCAUAACUGUCCCAAGUCCCCCUGUAAACCCCAAAGUUAAAGAUUACAGUAAGGCCACUGCUGACCUCGUCUGGACGAAGCCUACCAGAGAUGGGGGCAGCCCCAUCCUAGGCUACACUGUGGAGAUGAAGAAAGCUGAUUCUGAUGAAUGGAAAAAGGUGAAUAUAGAUGACUUCAUUAAGCUGUGUGCCUAUAAGGUGAAAGGCCUAGAAGAAGGUGUGGCCUACACAUUUAGAGUCUCUGCUUCAAACAUGAUUGGUGAUGGAGAGCCCAGAGAAUUUCCCGAGUCCAUCACCGUUAAGGAUAUCCUGAUUCCUCCUGAGAUAGAAAUGGAGGCCACCUGCCGUGAGCGAGUAACUGUACGUGUUGGACACAACAUUAACAUCAUUGGCUAUAUCAAGGCUCGCCCUGACCCUGAGGUAGUUUGGUCAAAGCAGGAGACAGUUCUAGAAAACAGCAAGCGUGUGACAAUAAUUCAGAACUUACCCGUGGUCCACCUGAGGAUAAAGGAGGCCACAAGGGACGAUCAUGGCAAGUACACACUGAAGGCUUCAAAUGAAAGUGGUGAGGCUUCCUGCACCAUCACAGUUAAUGUUCUGGACAGACCCAGCCACUGCCAGAACCUGCACCUCACCUACGUCACCAAGGACUCCUGCAUGAUUAACUGGGAGGCACCUAAUGACAACGGUGGAUCUGAAAUCACCAAUUACAUUGUUGAGUGCCGUGAGCCCAGCAUCAGCAUGUGGUCUAUGAUUUCUUCAACCUGUACCAAUCGCAAGAUCAAAGCCAAGCUGAUGGAAGGCCACGAGUACCUGUUCCGUGUUUGUGCUGUGAACAAGUUAGGACCUGGUCCUGCUGUGGAAAUCAAGACCCCUACGUUGGCCAUAGACCCCAUCGAGAAACCCGGUGAGCCAGAGAACUUCAGAGCUACUGACAUUGGUAAGAACUAUGUCUAUCUAAAGUGGAGAAAGCCUGAUUAUGAUGGUGGAAGCCCCAACCUCUCCUACAACCUGGAGUGCAAAACCAAAGAUGCUGAAGAAUGGGUGAAACUCGGCACUGGCCUCCUAACAGACACCUUCUACUUGGCUGACAAGUGUGUGGAAAACCAGACGUAUACGUUCAGGGUUCAGACCGUAAAUGAAGGUGGCGAAAGCAACUGGGUGAAACUUGCUGAUAUUGUGGUUAAGGAGGAGCUCCAUAAGCCCGUCAUUGACCUGAAAGUGGCUGGAACUGUGACAGUUAAGGCUGGAGAGUCUGUCAGGAUGGAAGCUGCCCUUAGGGGAAAGCCCCAGCCAGAGGUCGUAUGGGCAAAGGACAAGGCAGUGGGAGACAAUCCAAGACUGAGCUAUGAAACUGGUCCAGACUAUUCCAAGUUUCUUCUGACUAAGUCCAAGCGUAUAGACUCUGGGAAGUAUGUCAUCACUGCUACCAACACAGCAGGCACUUUCACAGCAUAUGCCAAUGUCAAUGUCCUGGACAUCCCUGGACCAGUAAGGAACCUGAGGAUUACUGGCAUUGGAGCAGACAAGUGCAGAGUGGUGUGGGAUGUUCCUGAAGAUGAUGGAGGUUGUGAAGUGGACAGCUACAUUGUGGAGAAAUGUGAAACCAGAAGGAUGGUCUGGUCCACAUACUCAGCAGCUGUGGUGACACCAUACUGUAACGUCACGCGCCUGGUGGAGGGUAACGAGUAUAUCUUCAGAGUCAGGGCAGAAAACAAGAUGGGAACGGGCCGCGCUGUGGAGAGCAAGCCUGUAACCGUGAAGACUCAGUUUAACAGACCUGGACCCCCUGAAGCACCUGAAGUUACCAAGGUGAGUAAAAGUGAGAUGACUGUGGUCUGGGCUCCACCAGAGAGUGAUGGAGGAAAGUCCAUUACUGGUUACAUCCUGGAGAGGAAAGAGAAACGUGCAGUGCGCUGGGUGGCUUGCACGAAAAGCCCCAUUUCUGACAGACGCAUGAAAGUUCCUAAUUUGAUUCCAAACCACGAAUACCAGUUCAGAGUGAAAGCUGAAAACGAAGUUGGUCUGGGAGAGCCUAGCAAGCCCUGCAGGCCUGUGGCAGCCAAAGAUCCUAUUGAACCACCUGGCCCUCCUGCAUUCCUGAAGGUGUCUGACAGCACAAAGACCUCAAUAACCCUCUCUUGGUGUAAACCUGUGUAUGAUGGUGGUGCACCCAUCAUUGGCUACAGCCUGGAUCUAAGGCUGAAAAGUGAUGCAGACCCAGAAAAACCUUCAGUGGGCUGGAAGAGGAUUGAUACCUGUGGCCCACUUGUGAUGACAGAAUUCACCAUUGAUCAGCUGGAUGAAAAGCAGGAGUAUCACUUCAAGGUUUCUGCCCAGAACCAGGUGGGCUGGGGGCCCCAUGCCUAUCUGAGGGAAGCUGUUUCUCCCAAAGAAAUCCUUGAGGCUCCAGAAGUUGAGCUGGAUGCAAGUCUGAGGAAAGGCCUGGCCGUCAGAGCUGGUUGUCCAAUCAGGUUGUUCGCUGUGAUCAGAGGAAGACCAGCCCCCAAGGUCACUUGGAGGCGCCUAGGUGUGGACAACGUGGUGCGCCGAGGCCAUGUGGAUCAGGUUGACACAAUGUCCUUCCUGGUUAUUCCUGAGUGCACCCGAGAGGAUUCUGGGAAAUACUCUCUGACAUUGUCCAACUCAGCUGGAGAGAAAGCUGUGUUUGUUCGUGUCAAAGUCCUUGACACGCCUGGCCCUGUUGGGGGCUUGGAUGCAGCUGAUGUCACUAAAACAACUGCUCAGCUCUCCUGGAUGCCACCUGAAAAUGAUGGCGGCAGCCCCAUUCUGAACUACAUUGUGGAAAAGCGAGAGGUGGAUAGGAAGACUUGGACCAAAUGCUCAGAAGACCUAAAGAAACCCAGCUUCAAGGUGACCAACUUAACUCCUGGCAUCGAGUACUACUUCAGAGUUAUGGCCUGCAACAAAUAUGGUGUUGGAGUUCCUCAGGAUUCUCCCAGAUCCUACCUGGCAGUGGAUCCCAUCAGUGAACCAGACCCUCCUAAGAAGAUGGAUGUGCUGGAGAUCACCAAAAACAGUGCCACCCUGGGCUGGCUGAAGCCCCUCAGAGAUGGAGGAGCCAAGAUCAAUGGCUAUGUGGUGGACUACCAAGAGGAGGGUGCACCAGAGAACAAGUGGACACCUUACUCUGUGGUCAAAGACCUGACCAUUGUGGUGGUUGGUCUGAAGGAAGGCACAAAGUACAGGUUCAGAGUGGCAGCCAGGAACUCUGUGGGAGUCAGCUUGUCUCGAGAGGCUGAGGGCGUGUUUGAGGUCAAGGAGCAGCUGAUGGCACCAAAGAUCAUAAUGCCUGACAUUGUGAUGGCCAGAGCCGGAUCUAAGAUGGUGAUAGAGGCCAUUGUGGCAGGUAAACCUGCACCUGUCUGCAAGUGGAAGCAGGGCAACGAGGAUGUGCUGACUUCUGACCGUCUGUCGCUUGUAAAAUCACCAACAAUGUGCACACUCAUCAUCAAAAAUGUGACCAGGAAGGACAGUGGCUACUACAGCCUGUCGGCUGAGAACAGCACCGGCAGGGUCAACCAGAUUCUCAGAGUCACCAUCAUGGACAAACCUGGGCCUCCAGAAGCUCCUUUAGAAAUCUCAGAGUUAGACAUCGAUGCUUGCACACUUCUUUGGAACUCCCCACAGGAGGACGGUGGCAGCAACAUCACCAACUACAUAGUGGAAAAAUGCGACAUUAGCCAGGGUGACUGGAUCACUGUGUCCACAUCCUGCACCAAGACUAGCUUCAGAAUGACUAAACUAACACCUGGCAAGGAGUAUGGGUUCAGGGUUCGUGCUGAAAACAGGUUUGGGAUCUCAGAGCCCAUCUACUCUGAGAAGAUGGUCGCUAGAUAUCCUUUUGAUCCUCCCAGUGAGCCCAUAAACCUGCAGAUCAACAAAAUCAACAAGGACUUUGUUAUUCUGUCGUGGGAGCGUCCCGGCAGCGAUGGUGGCAGCCCUGUUACCGGGUACUGCAUUGAAAAGAAGGAGAGGAACAGCCUUCUGUGGGUGAGGGCCAAUGAGUCUGUUGUCAAAGCCACCCAGUACACCUGCUCGGGCCUGAUUGAGGGUCUGGAGUACGCCUUCAGGGUGUCGGCCUAUAACAUGGCUGGACAAGGAAAACCAUGCAAGCAGACUGACUUCAUCACAGCCAGGACCGCUGUUGACCCACCAGGUAAACCUGAACCAAUGGAUGUUGGCAAGAACUCAGUUUCGCUGGUUUGGAGCCGUCCCAAACAUGAUGGUGGCAGCAAGCUAAUUGGUUACUUCAUGGAAUAUGCUAAGCUACCAGAGGAGAAGUGGACUCGCUGCAAUUCCAACUGCAUGAACAUCCAGACAGAGAGUUAUGUGGUCCAGGGGUUGGAGGAGGGUCAGAGGUACCAGUUCAGAGUUCUAGCCAAGACUGCAAUCAAUGUCAGCCUCCCGUCUGACUUGUCUGAUCCCAUCACAGUCAUUGCAGAAAACGUGCCUCCUCGUGUGGAACUUGGCAUCAACAUGAAAACCCUGAUUGUGGCAAAGGCCGGGGAGAAUGUCUUCCUGGAUGCAGAGGUGUUUGGCAAACCACUACCCAAGGUGAGCUGGAAAAAAGACGGCACACCUCUGGUUCUUGCUGAGGGCAUGAAGAUGGCUCAGAAGAAACAUCUUCAUUUGCUGGAGCUGUACUCCGUUACCAGAAAAGAGUCUGGAGACUAUACUAUCACUGCUGAAAACAUCAAUGGCUCAAAGUAUGCUACCAUCAAGGUCAAGGUGCUCGACAAACCUGGGCCUCCUGCCUCAGUAAAAAUUGCAAAGGUCUUUGCUGAUCAUGUGAAGCUGCGAUGGGAGCCUCCACUGGCAGACGGAGGCUCUGAAAUCCUCAACUAUAUUAUUGAAAAGCGUGAAACAAGCAGGCCUAACUGGGCGUUGGUAACCUCCAACAUCCACGGUUACAUCACUGACUGCUCAGUGGAGAAACUCAUUGAGGGUCAUGAGUACCAGUUCAGAGUCAGUGCUGAGAACCAGUAUGGUGUGGGAGAUCCCGUCAUGACCGAUGCUAUCACAGUUAAGAACCCAUAUGAUGUUCCUGGACCCUGUGAGGCUCCUGUCAUCACCAAUGUUACUAAGGAAUCUAUGACAGUCAGCUGGAAAGCUCCAGCCAAUGACGGCAAAGCGCCCAUCCUGGGCUACAUGGUGGAGAAACGGGAGGCCACCGAGCUGACCUGGGCAAAGGUUAACCGUCGGCCAGUUAUUGACCGAACUAUCAAGGCUGCACAGCUGACCGAGGGCUCAGAGUAUGAGUUCAGGGUCAUUGCCUUGAACAAGGCUGGUCUGGGCAAACCCAGUGAUCCAUCCAACGCAGCUCUGGCUGUUGAUCCUGUCUAUCCUCCUGGCCCACCUGCGUUUCCAAAGGUGGUGGACUCAACCAAGAGUUCUGUUAGCCUCAGCUGGACCAAACCUGCUUAUGAUGGUGGUUGUGAGAUCAUUGGAUAUCUGGUGGAGUGCAAGGCGGUUGACGCAGAAGCAUGGACUAACUGCAAUGUCCCCAAGAAACUACAGGCCACUAAAUUCGUGGUGACUGGUCUGAUGGAAAACACAGAGUACCAGUUCAGAGUCACUGCUGUCAACAGGAUCGGCUACAGCGAACCCAGUGAGGUUCCUGGAAACCACAUGGCCAAGGAUAUUCUGAUCCCCCCUGAAGCUGAGUUAGAUGCUGACCUGAGAAAGGCACUGGUGUUGAGAGCUGGCGUCACCAUGAGGCUCUACGUCCCGCUGAGAGGACGGCCAGCACCUAAAGUCAUGUGGACAAAGGUGGAUGCCAACCUGAAAGACAGACAGGGCAUUCUGAUCAAGACAUCAGACUGGGACACCCUGCUGAUGAUAGAGGACAUCAACAGAUACGAUGCCGGCAAAUAUGUUUUAACCCUGGAGAACAGCAGUGGAUCCAAGAGCUACACCAUCAUAGUGAAGGUCCUGGAUUCUCCCGGACCACCCACAAACCUGAUAGUGAAGGAAACCUCCAGAAGCCAUGCCUGCAUCUCCUGGGAGGCACCGCUGAUUGAUGGCGGUAGCCCAGUGAAAAGCUAUGUGGUAGAAAAACGACUGGCUGAGAGGAAGGCAUGGACUUGUGUGUCAGCGGAGUGCCACAAGAUUUCUUUCAGGAUCACAAACCUGGAGCCAGGACAAGCAUACUGCUUCAGAGUGCUGGCUGAGAAUGCCUAUGGCAUUGGAGAGGGCUGUGAGACUCAGGGCAGCGUACGCGCCUCAGAACACCCUGGCCCAGUUACUGACUUCAAGGCCCAGAAGACCACCAAAAACUCGAUUACUCUGGGUUGGAAGAAGCCCAUCAGUGAUGGUGAAAGCUUUAUUACUGCUUACAUACUGGAGCAGAGCCAAGGCGAGGAGAAGUGGGUCCAGAUUAUGAAGGGCAAGAACAUGUCACACAACAUUAGUGAGCUGGCAGAGGGCAAGGCAUAUUUAUUCAGAGUCAAGGCGCUUAAUGAGUCCGGAGAGGGGCCACCAACUGACCUCACAGUUGUUGCCAAGGACCAGUUUGUGCUGCCUGACUGCAACCUGAGCAGUCUGCACGAUGGUUGCUGUGUGGUAAAAGAGGGCACAACCGCACGGAUCAACAUCCCUGUCACUGGAGUGCCUUACCCCACUGUCACAUGGAAGAAAAGUGAUGUGGCGCUUGGUGAUACUGGGCGCAUAUGUGUUGAGGCUUCUCAGGGCUUCACCACCCUACUGAUAAGAGAUUGUCAGAGAGGAGAUGCUGACACUUUCACCAUCACUGUCAAAAACAGUGCUGGCUCAAAAGACUGCAAGUUGCAGUUGAAGGUAGUUGGAAAGCCUGGCAUCUGUUCUGGGCCCAUCAAAUUUGACGAGAUUACUGCUGAUGGCAUUACUCUGGAAUGGUGGCCACCAAGUGAUGAUGGAGGAGCAGAGGUGUCCAAUUACAUUGUGGAGAAGAGGAGGACAACAGACAACAAAUGGGCCACAGUGGCUUCUGCCAUCCAGAAGACCUCCAUGAGGGUGAUCAGACUCCACGAUGGAAUAGAGUACAUCUUUAGAGUCUGUGCUGAAAAUAAGUACGGGAUUGGAGAGUAUCUGAGGUCCGACCCAGUCAUUGCCCAGCAUCCAUUUAACGUGCCAGAGGCGCCUGCUCCUCCAGAAAUUGUCAGCAUUCGUCAUGAGUCGGCAAUUUUGAAUUGGGAGGAUCCAAAAGACAUCGGAGGCUCUCCAAUUACUGGGUAUCGCAUUGAAUUUAAAGAGAGGAACAGCCUGAUGUGGAAACAGGCCAGCAAGACUCCUCUGAGGGUGAAGGAGUGUCGAGUCACAGGCUUGAUAGAAGGACUAGAGUACGAGUUUAGGGUGAUGGCCAUGAAUAUGGCUGGCCUUGGAAAGGCAAGCAGAGUCACUGAAGCUGUGGUUGCUCUUGACCCUAUUGAUCCACCUGGCAAACCUGAAGUAAUUAAUGUGACCAGAAGCACAGUCACUCUGAUGUGGACUUCUCCAAAAUAUGAUGGUGGCUAUAAGCUGACUGGGUACAUGGUGGAGAAGUUAGAGCUUGGUGGAAAGACCUGGAUGAAGGCCAAUCAUGUCAACAUUCAGGGCUGUGCCUUCACUGUCACUGACUUGACAGAAGGAUCUCAGUAUCAGUUUAGAAUCAGGGCCAGGAAUUCUGCUGGUGCCAUCAGUGUUCCCUCAGAGUCGACUGAGUCGCUGACCUGCAAGGAUGAGUAUGAGCCCCCAUCUAUCACUAUUGACCAAGACAUGAAGGAUGGUGUAUCAGUCAGGGCAGGAGACACAAUUGUGAUUACAGCCUCCAAGAUUGUAGGCAAACCUCCACCCACUGCUGUCUGGUCAAAGGGAGGUCGUGAGUUCAAGAGCUCUGAUAUUGUCACUGUCACUAGUACCCCCACCUCUUCCACCUUGGCUAUUAAGUACGCAAGUAGGAAGAACACAGGAGACUACAAAAUCACUGCAAGCAAUCCCUUUGGUAUAAAGGAAGAACAUAUUAAAGUGAAGGUCCUUGAUGUGCCCGGACCUCCAGGUCCAGUUGAAGUCAGUAAUAUUUCAGCAGAGAAGUGUACUCUGACCUGGCUUCCUCCAGAGGAGGAUGGAGGCUGCUCCAUCAAGUCCUACAUUUUAGAGAAGAGAGAGACCAGCCGUCUGCAGUGGACAAAACUUGCGGAAAAUAUCAUGGACUGCAGAUACAUAGCAAGUAAACUAAUUAAGGGUAAUGAAUACAUCUUCAGAGUGUCUGCUGUGAACCAGUAUGGCACCGGGGACUCCAGCCAGUCUGGUCCAGUCAAAAUGAUCGACAGUUACCGCCCUCCAGGUCCACCCUCUACCCCAGAAAUUGAUAAUGUCAGUAGGAAUGCUGUCACCAUUUCAUGGAAGAGACCAGUACAGGAUGGGGGAAGUGACAUUAGAGGAUAUUGUGUGGAGAGGAAAGAGAGGAGAGGAAUGAGAUGGGUGAGAGCCAGUAAGAGGACAGUUCCUGACCUGCGCUUCAAAGUGCAAGGUCUGAGUGAGGGAGUAGAGUAUGAGUUUAGAGUCACAGCUGAGAAUAAGGCUGGAUUUGGGGAGCCAAGUGAGCCAUCACACCCAGUGAUGACCAAGGAUAUUGUAUAUCCACCUGGGCCUCCAUCUAAUCCCAGAAUUACAGACACCACAAAAACCACAGCAACCUUUGCUUGGGGACGCCCCCAUUAUGAUGGUGGUCUUGAAGUGGAGGGAUACAUUGUUGAGUAUAAAAAGGAAGGUCAUGAUGAUUGGGAGACAGAAACACAGUACCCUGUGAAGAUUACUGAAUAUGUUAUUGGUAAACUUCAAAAGGGAAGUAAAUACCACUUCAGAGUCAGUGCUGUAAACUCUGAGGGAAUUGGUGAGCCUGCAGAUGUUGAGAAAUUGACUGAACUGGUGGACCAGGAAACACCACCAGACUAUGAGCUGGAUGCUGAACUCAGGAAAACUUUGGUGGUCAAGUGUCGCGCUUCAAUCCGUAUAUUUAUUCCCAUCAAGGGUCGCCCUAUUCCUGAGGUCACUUGGAGCAAAGAAAAUUCCAACUUGAAAACACGUGCUCAUAUUGACUCAACCGAGUCUUACACUCUGCUUGUUAUUCCUGACUGCACAAGAUAUGAUGCUGGAAAGUAUCAGCUCUGUCUAGAGAAUGUUGCUGGCAAGAGGACUGGCUUUGUUAAUGUUAAGGUUCUGGACACACCAGGACCACCAGUCAACCUCAAACCACGAGAAAUCACCAAGAACAGCAUAACACUCCAGUGGGAAAUACCCAUAAUUGAUGGGGGUUCAAAAAUUCAUAACUACAUAAUUGAGAAGAAAGAGGCCACUAAGAAGGCAUACACAGUGCUCAGCACCACAUGGCAAAAGUGUUCCUUUAAAUUUCAAGACCUUGAGGAAGGAGCUUACUAUUUCUUUCGUGUCUCUGCUGAAAAUGACCUGGGUGUUGGUGAACCUGCUGAAACUCCAGAGCCAAUAAGAGUGUCCCAGGCCCCUUCUGCACCUGAAAACUUGUAUGUCACUGAUGUGACCUCUGACAGCGCAAGCCUUGUAUGGACCAAGCCUCUCCAAGAUGGUGGAAGCUUGAUUACUGGCUAUGUCAUUGAAGCUCAGAAGAAGGACACAGAUCAGUGGGUCCACAUGGCCACCAUCAAAGCUCUAGAUUACACUGUUACAGAUUUGGUUGAGGGUGCUGAAUACACCUUCCGUAUAAUGGCCGUCAAUGCAUCAGGCAGGAGCAAUCCCCGUGAGAGCAGACCAGCAAUAAUCAAGGAACACACAUCUGCUCCAUCAUUUGACCUGAGAGGGGUCUACCAGAGUACUGUAAUUGCCAAGGCAGGCGAUCGUGUGAAGGUAGAGAUUCCAGUACUCGGAAAACCCAGGCCUUUGGUUUCAUGGAAGAAGGGAGACUUUGUCUUGAAGGAGACACAAAGAAUCAACACUGAAACCACAUCAACUUCAACUAUUCUCAACAUAAAUGAAAUUAAAAGAACUGAUGGUGGCCAGUAUUCCAUGACAGGAAAAAACAUGCUUGGUACAGUGACAGAGACCAUCACAGUUUUGGUUCAUGACAUUCCAGGUCCUCCUACUGGUCCAAUCAAACUAGAAGAGGUCUCAUGUGAUUAUGUCAUUAUGUCCUGGGAUGCACCGGAGAACGAUGGAGGUGUUCCCAUUAACAACUAUAUUGUUGAGAUGCGAGAGACUACUGGCACUUCAUGGGUAGAGUUGGCAGCUACAGUUAUUCGUACUACAUUCAAGGCAGCAAGACUCACUACUGGAACCCUAUAUCAGUUCCGUGUCAAGGCUCAGAACAGAUAUGGCAUAGGACCAUGCAUCGUCUCUGAAUCAGUGUUGGCUGCCUAUCCAUUUGAUGUACCAGGACAACCAGUUGCUCCUGUGGUUACAUCUUUCAAUAAAGAUUCUAUGACUAUUAGUUGGAAUGAGCCAUCUUCUGAUGGAGGCAGUCCCAUUCUUGGCUAUCACGUAGACAGAAAAGAGAAAAACAGCAUUCUGUGGCAGAGGAUCAGCAAAUCUCUUGUUGUUGGAAACAUCUUCAAAUCAACAUGUCUUGUUGAUGGCAUAGCAUAUGAAUUUCGCGUGAUCGCUGAAAACAUGGCUGGUCUAAGCAAACCUAGCAAACCGUCUGAGUCUAUGUAUGCUUUGGAUCCAGUUGAAUCACCAGGCAAACCUGUGGCAUUGAAUAUCACUAGACAUGAGGUGACACUGUCUUGGACAAAACCUGAAGGUGAUGGAGGAUUUUCCAUUACAGGAUAUACCGUAGAAAGAAGAGAGACACCUAAUGGACGCUGGCUCAAAGCAAAUUUCAACAACAUUCUAGAAACCAUGUAUACAGUCAGUGGUCUGACUGAAGAUACAACCUAUGAAUUCCGUGUGUUUGCUCGAAACUCUGCAGGUGCUGUUAGUGCUCCAUCUCAGCCAUCAGAGGCAAUCAUGUGCAGGGAUGAUAUUGAAGAACCCAGGCUAAAUGUGGAUGCAUUGUAUAGUAGCAAUGUUGUGGUAAUGGCGGGAGAGGUGUUUAAACUGGAAGCAAGUGUGACUGGUAGGCCAAUUCCUUCGCUGGUGUGGACUAAGGAAGGAAAGGAGCUGGAGGAUACUGGCAAACUAGAAAUAAAAACAUCUGACUUUUACACAACUCUAAUCAAUAAAGAUUCUCUCAGGAGGGACGGUGGAGCUUUCACCCUGACUGCCAGCAAUCCUGGUGGUUUUGCCAAGUUCACUUUCAAUGUUAAAGUACUUGACAGACCCGGACCACCGGAUUCCCUCACUGUUUCAGAUGUGACUGCAGAGAAAUGUGUUCUUAAUUGGCUGCAUCCAACACAUGAUGGGGGUGCCAAAAUUGAGUACUUUAUCAUACAGAGACGGGAAACCAGUAGGUUAGCAUGGACAAAUGUGGCUACAGAUCUCCAAGCAAACAGGUUCAAAGUCACCAAGCUUCUUAAGGGCAAUGAAUACAUUUUCAGAGUGAUGGCAGUUAACAAGUAUGGUGUGGGUGAACCUCUGGAGUCAGAAUCAAUAAUUUGUGCCAAUCCUUAUGGUCCUAGUGACCCACCAACACAGCCUGAAGUCACCACUAUUACCAAAGACUCAAUGGUUGUCUGCUGGGAGCGCCCUGAGCAUGAUGGAGGCAGUAGAAUCAACACAUUCAUAAUUGAGAGAAGAGAUAAGACUGGCCUACGUUGGGUGAAGUGCAAUAAGAGAACUGUUACUGACUUGCGGUUCAAGGCCUCUGGUCUCACACCAGGACAUGAGUAUGAAUUCAGAGUUCUUGCUGAAAAUAAUGCUGGUCUAAGCCAGCCUAGUCCUUCUAGUGCAUUUUACAAAGCAGUAGACACAAUUUUCCAGCCUGGACCUCCAGGAAAUCCAAGAUUGUUGGAUGCCACAAAAUCUUCUAUUACAGUUGCCUGGAACAAACCUGUCUACGAUGGUGGUUCUGAAAUCACUGGUUACAUUGUGGAGACCUGUUUGCCUGAGGAGGAUGAGUGGACAAUCCAUACUCCUAAGAAGGGAUGGACAGCCACUUCCUUUACCAUCACUAAUUUAAAAGAAAAUCAAGAGUAUAAAAUCAACAUCUGUGCCACCAAUUGUGAAGGAGUGGGUGAGCCUGGUGCUGUUCCUGGAACCCCUAAAGCUGAAGACAGGCUGCUUCCCCCAGAAAUUGAACUUGGAGCAGAGUUACGUAAAGUAGUUUGCAUCAGGGCCUGCAGCACACUUAGACUCUUUGUCCCCAUCAAGGGCAGACCAGCACCUGAAAUAAAAUGGUCAAGAGAGCAUGGAGAAUCUCUUGACAAAGCAAACAUUGAAAUCACCCCCUCAUUCACAACUCUUCAGAUAGACAAUGUUGACAGAUUUGAUGGAGGCAAAUACUUGGUGACAGCAGAAAAUGCCUCAGGUAUUAGGACAGCCUUUGUUAAUGUCAGAGUUCUAGAUACUCCUGGAGCACCCCAGAAUCUGAUUGUCAAGGAGGCCACUAGAGACUCUGCUUCUCUAGUUUGGGAUGCACCUCUCAUAGAUGGGGGCUCCAGAAUCCUUAGCUACAUUGUGGAGAAACGUGAGUCAACCAGGAAAGCCUACUCAACUGUUUGUGCCAGUUGUCAUAAGUCUAGUUGGAAAGUUGGAGACCUAGAAGAAGGGAAAAUGUACUUCUUUAGAAUCCUGGCUGAAAAUGAAUUUGGAGUUGGUCUCCCAGUAGAGACCACUGAACCAAUUAAAGCAUCACAGAAGCCUCUACCACCAGGGAAAGUAUCCCUUCGUGAAGUUACUGGUACUAGCGUCAUGCUGUCUUGGGAAAAGCCAGACCAUGAUGGUGGAAGCAGAAUUACAGGAUAUAUUGUUGAGAUGCAGGGUAAAGGAAGUGAGAAAUGGACCCAGGUUACGGUGGUGAAGACAAACGAGGUUCAAGUAACUGGACUUACACAGGGAGAGGAGUAUAUGUUCCGUGUUUUGGCCACUAAUGAAAAAGGUGUUAGUGAUCCACGUCCUCUCAGUGUGCCUGUGGUGGCUAAAGAUCUGAUAAUCCCACCAACUUUCAAACUAAUUUUCAACACAUUCAGUGUGCUGGCUGGAGAUGAUCUCAAGAUUGAUGUUCCAUAUGUUGCUUGUCCAAAGGCUACAGCAACUUGGCUCAAAGAUGGUGUUGUUCUCAAGGAAACAACAAGAGUAAAUGCUGAGGCAUCUGACAAAAACCUUCUUCUAAUUAUUAAGGAAGCUUGCAGAGAUGAUGUUGGCACAUAUACCAUAAAACUGACCAACACAGUUGGAGAAACUAUAACAGAUGUCAGUGUUGUUGUCCUAGAUAAACCUGGUCCUCCAAUUGGUCCAAUCAAACUGGAUGAAGUGACUGCUGACAGUAUAGUCUUAUCUUGGAAUCCACCACAGCAUGAUGGUUGCUGUACAAUCAAUAAUUAUAUUGUAGAGAAGAGAGACACAUCAACAACAAACUGGCAGAUUGUCUCAGCUACUGUAGCCAGAACAACUAUCAAAGCAGCUCGUCUAAAGACUGGGUCUGAAUACCAAUUUAGAAUAGCUGCUGAAAAUAGAUAUGGAAAGUCUUCUUUCCUACUUUCUGAUAACAUUGUAGCUCAGUAUCCAUUUGAAGUGCCUAGUUCACCACGUUCUGUUGUAGUUCAGUCAGUCACUAAGGAGAGCAUGGUUAUUGUAUGGGAAAAACCUAGCAAUGAUGGCGGAAGCAAAAUUUUGGGCUAUCACUUAGAACUUAAAGAGAGAAACAGUAUUCUGUGGGUGAAACAGAACAAACAGCUCAUUCCAGAGACUAGAUUUAAAGCUAUUGGUCUUGAGGAAGGCAUUGAGUAUGAGUUCAGAGUCUAUGCAGAAAACAUAGUAGGCCUCAGCAAAGCCAGCAAAGUGAAUGAAAUGCAAGUGGCCAGAGAUCCUUGUGACAGACCAGGAAAACCAGAAGCUGUCAUUGUAACAAGAAACCAAGUGACAUUGAGAUGGAGCAAACCUGAAUAUGAUGGUGGUAUCAAAAUCACAGGUUAUGUUGUUGAGAAAAAAGAAGCUAGUGGCCGUUGGAUGAAGGCCAGUUUUGCCAACAUUAUUGAGACUGAAUUUGUUGUCACUGGACUUACUGAGGAUCAGACUUAUGAGUUCCGCGUCAUUGCAAGAAAUGCAGCAGGUGUUUUCAGUCAGCCAUCUGAUUCUACUGGAACUAUCACUGCCAAGGAUGAGGUUGAUCCACCAAAAAUUGAUUUGGAGGCUAAAUACUCACAAGUUGUGGUUGUAAAUGCUGGAGAAACAUUUAGACUUGAGGCUGCAGUGCAUGGGAAGCCUGUGCCCUCUGUACACUGGCUGAAAGAGAACAAAGAGAUUACAGAAGCAGCUCGUUUAGAGAUCCAUAAUACAGACUUUACAACUUGUCUAACUGUCAAGGAAGCCAUUCGUGUUGACGGAGGUCAAUACACAUUGCUAGUGAAAAAUGUUGGAGGAGAGAAAACUGUCAACAUUACUGUUAAGGUCUUGGACAGACCAGGUCCACCUGAGGGCCCUAUCGCUGUCUAUGGGGUCACCAGUGAGAAAUGCUCAAUUUCCUGGAAACCCCCCUUGCAAGACGGAGGUAAUGAUGUUUCACAUUACAUUGUUGAGAGGAGGGAAACCAGCAGACUUGUGUGGACUGUAGUUGACCAAAAAGUUCAAACAUUGAAUUUAAAAAUCACUAAACUUCUUCCUAAUAACGAGUACAUCUUUAGAGUAAUCCCAGUCAACAAAUAUGGUAUUGGUGAGCCUUUAGAAUCUGAACCAAUGAUUGCCAAAAAUCCAUUUGUCACUCCAAGCCCUCCAACUGAAAUAGAUGUUUCCACAAUUACAAAGGACUCCAUGGUUGUGACCUGGGAGAGACCCGUCAGUGAUGGUGGUAGUCUGAUCCAAGGUUAUGUUGUUGAGAAACGUGACAAAGAUGGUGUUAGAUGGACAAGAUGCAACAAGCGCAAUGUGACUGAGCUACGCUUCAGAGUAACAGGACUGCUUGAAAACCAUAGCUAUGAGUUCAGAGUUGCUGCUGAGAAUGCUGCUGGUAUUGGCACACCUAGCACACCAACAGUGUACUACAAAGCCCUUGAUCCCAUUUUCAAGCCAGGCCCACCAAACAAUCCCAAGUUGGUUGACACCUCUAGAUCCACUGUGUCUCUUGCAUGGGGCAAACCCAUCUAUGAUGGUGGCUGUGAGAUUCAGGGUUACAUUGUUGAAGCAUGUGAUGUAGCCUCUGAUGAGUGGUUUAUGUGCACUCCUUCUGCUGGGAUAACAGACACUAAAUUCACAGUGAAAAAACUGUUGGAGAAGCAUGAGUACCAGUUCAGAGUCUGUGCAAUCAACAAAGUAGGAGUUGGUGAACAUGCUGAUAUACCUGGAAAAAUUCUUCUAGAGGAGAAACUUGAGGCUCCUGACCUUGAAUUAGAUGCUGAUAUGAGAAAAAUGAUCAACAUCAGAGCAGCAAGUACUCUAAGAUUGUAUGUACCUGUGAAAGGUCGACCUGCUCCUGAAGUGAAAUGGGGCAAGGCAGAUGGUGAGAUUAAAGAAACUGCCCAGAUUGACAAUACAGGAAGCUAUGCUUCACUUGUCAUUGAGAAUGUUGACAGAUUUGACAGUGGAAAGUACACAUUAACUGCAGAGAAUGCUAGUGGAGUCAAGUCAGUAUUUAUAAGUGUCAGGGUUCUGGACUCCCCUAGUCCACCAACUAACUUUAUGGUGAAAGAAAUUACCAAGAAUUCUGUCACACUCUCAUGGGAGCCUCCACUUCUUGAUGGUGGUUCAAAGAUUAAACAAUACAUUGUUGAAAAGCGUGAGAGUACCAGGAAAGUUUACUCUCCCAUAGUCACCUGCAACAAGAUGUCAUGGAAAGUUGAGCCUCUUCCUGAAGGUGGAAUCUUUUUCUUCAGGGUUUUAGCAGAGAAUGAGUAUGGUGUUGGUCUCCAAGCUAAGACUCUUGAUCCAAUUAAAAUAUCUGAGAAACCUCAACCACCUGGUAAGGUUACUGUUGUUGAUGUCACUCGUAGCACAGUGACUUUAACAUGGGAAAAAUCUGAACAUGAUGGUGGCAGUAGAAUCAGUUAUUAUGAAGUAGAAGUUGCUCCUAAGGACAGUGAGACUUGGUCUCUGUGUGCCAGUGUAAAAGGCCUGGAGACGAUAGUAAGCAACCUUCUCAAUGGAGAGGAAUAUCAGUUCAGAGUUGUUGCUGUAAAUGAAAAAGGAAAAAGUGACCCAAGACAACUGGCUCAUUCUGUUGUGGCAAAGGAUCUUGUCAUUGAGCCUUCUGUUAGACCCAAGUUGAGUUCCUAUAGUGUCCAGGUGGGGUAUGAUCUUAAGAUAGAGGUCAGAAUUGCUGGUCACCCCAAACCAACCAUCACCUGGAUCAAGGAUGGAGCUACUCUUAAACAAACCACCCGAGUAAAUGUCACUGACACAGCGCAUCAUACAACUCUAACCAUUAAGGAAGCUACCAGAGAGGAUGGAGGGAUGUACAAUAUCAAUGUUGCCAAUACCCUUAGUUCCAAGGAUGCCACAAUUGAAGUAAUAACCCUGGAUAAACCAGGUCCACCCACAGGCCCCGUCAAGAUUGAAGAUGUCAGUGCAGAGAGUGUCACGCUUAAUUGGGAACCGCCCAUAUACACAGGUGGCUGUCCAAUCUCCAACUAUGUAGUGGAGAAGAGAGACACAACUACAACUAAUUGGAUGGUUGUAUCUGCCACUGUUGCUAGAACCACACUGAAAGUAUCAAAUUUGAAGACAGGUGGUGAAUACCAGUUCAGAAUCUUUGCUGAAAAUAGAUAUGGAAAGAGUUAUGCUAUCGAUUCCGCACCUGUUGUGGCACAGUAUCCAUUCCAGGAACCUGGCCCUCCAGGUACACCAUUUGUGUCCUCAUACACUAAAGAUUAUAUGGUAGUUGAGUGGCAUAAGCCUCCAUCUGAUGGAGGAAGUGCCAUUUUGGGCUAUCAUUUAGAAAGAAAGGAAAAGAACAGUAUUUUAUGGACCAAGAUCAACAAAAUGCUCAUCCAAGAUUGCAAAUUCAAGUCCACUCCACUUGAGGAAGGUAUUGAGUAUGAAUACAGAGUUUAUGGUGAGAACAUAGUCGGCAUUGGAAAAUGCAGUAAGGUGUCUGAGGUUUAUGUAGCCCGUGACCCAUGUGAUCCUCCUGGCCGUCCUGAGGCUGUGAUUGUAACCAGGCACUCUGUAAAGCUGAGGUGGACACCCCCGCAAUAUGAUGGUGGAAGCCUCAUAACUGGCUAUGUUGUAGAGAAACGUGAUCUCCCUGAGGGAAAAUGGAUGAAGGCAAGCUUUGCAAACAUUAUUGAGUAUGAAUUCACAGUUACUGGUCUUACAGAGGAUAACAAAUAUGACUUCCGGGUGAUCGCAAGGAAUGCAGCUGGUGCUGUCAGCAAGCCUUCUGAAACCACAGGAUCCAUUACAGCUAAGGAUGAAGUUGAACCACCAAAGAGUGAAACUGAUCCCAAGUACAAUCAGACCCUUGUUAUUAAUGCUGGAGAAACAUUCAGUCUGGAGGCCAGUGUGGAAGGCAAACCCAUCCCAACAGUUCAGUGGUUCAAGGGAAGCACUGAAGUUGAAAAUUCAGCAAGAACUGAGAUCAAGAACACAGAUUCUAAAGCUUUGCUUGUUGUGAAGGAUGUUAUCAGAGUGGAUGGUGGACAGUACACGCUGGUUCUAACAAAUGUUGCUGGAACUAAGACCGUCCCAUUCAGUGUGAAGGUUCUGGACAGACCAGGUCCAUCAGAGGGACCUUUUACAGUCAGCAAUGUUACUGAGGAGAAAUGCUCAUUGUCAUGGCUGCCACCAAGGCAUGAUGGAGGAGCUAGCAUUUCUCACUAUAUUAUUCAAAAGAGAGAAACUAGUCGCUUGGCAUGGACUGUGGUCUCCAGUGAUUGUGGAGCUACAAUGUUUAAAGUUACCAAAUUGUUGAAAGGUAAUGAGUACAUCUUCAGAGUUAUGGCUGUAAACAAAUAUGGAGUGGGUGAACCUCUUGAGUCAGAACCAGUCAUAAUGAGAAAUCCCUUUGUUCCUCCGGGCUCACCUUAUGACCUUGAGGUCACUAACAUUACCAGGGAUUCCAUGACAAUUUGUUGGAACCGCCCUGAAACCACAGGUGGAAGUGAUGUGUCUGGUUACAUUGUUGAGAAGAGAGACAGAGCUGGAGUGCGGUGGACCAAGUGCAAUAAACGCAGAGUGACAGACCUUCGUUUUAGAGUAACAGGACUCACUGAGGACCAUGAAUUUGAGUUCAGGGUAUCUGCUGAAAAUGCAGCUGGAGUGGGCCAGCCAAGCCCACCUACAGCCUACAUUAAAGCCUGCGAUCCUACCUUUGAACCAGGCUUUCCCACCAAUGCUCAUGUGGUUGACACUACAAAGAACUCCAUUAGUUUAGCUUGGCAUAGGCCCAUUUAUGAUGGUGGUUGUGAAAUUCAGGGAUAUGCUGUUGAAAUUACCAAAGCUGAUGAAGAGGAUUGGAUUGUAUGCACACCAUCUACUGGAGUAAAUGAUACAAAGUUAACUAUUAAAAACUUGACAGAGCACCAAGAAUACAAAGUGCGCAUCUGCGCGAUCAAUAAAGUUGGUGUUGGUGAACCAACAGAGAUCCAGGGAGUUGUGAUACCUAUGGAUAAGAUUGAUCCUCCAGAGAUGAUUCUGAAUUCUGAGCUCAGAAAGGGAAUAGUUGUUCGUGCAGGAGGCUCAAUGAGAAUCUGCAUUCCUUUUAAGGGUCGUCCCAUUCCUGAAAUAAACUGGGCAAAGGAGGAUGCUGAGUUGCCAAGUAAAGUUCUGAUUGAAAAGGGUGAAGAUUACACACAGCUCUCUAUUGAUAUAUGUGACAAAUUUGAUGCUGGGAAAUAUAUCCUUAAAUUAGAAAAUAGUGCUGGCAGCAAAUCUGCUUUUGUGUCUGUUAAAGUUCUGGAUACACCAGGUGCUCCUUUAAAUCUACAAGUAAAAGACAUAAAGAGGGAAAGUGUCACUUUGACCUGGGAACCUCCUGUUAUUGAUGGUGGUUCCAGGAUAAAGAAUUAUCUAGUUGAAAAACGUGAGUCCACCAGGAAUGUGUACUCUAAUGUGGACAGCAAAUGCACAAAGACAAGCUACCGUAUCACUGGUCUCACAGAGGGAACAAUCUACUAUUUUAGAGUUUUAGCUGAAAAUGAGUUUGGUGUUGGACAGGCAGUUGAGACAGAAGAAUCUGUCAAAACAUCUGAGCCACCCUUACCUGUGGGUAAGGUAAAUUUAACUGAAGUAACAAAAACCACUGUUUCACUUUCCUGGGAGAAGCCAGUUCACGAUGGGGGCAGCAGAAUAAUUGGCUACUACAUUGAGAUGCAACCUGCAGGCUCAGAAGAAUGGGUUGUAGCUGCCACAACCAAAACCUGUGAGGGCAUCGUCUUAGGCCUCAGUACAGGACAUGAGUACCUAUUCAGAGUGUCCGCCUUUAAUGAGAAGGGAAAAAGUGACCCCAGACCUCUUGUUUCACCAGUUAUUGCUAAAGAUGUGACCGUUGAGCCCAUGCUUAAAAUGAGAUUCAAUACCUACAGUUUACAACAAGGUGAAGACCUAAAAAUUGAGAUUCCAGUAUUGGGACGCCCUGUUCCCAAAGUUGAAUGGAAGAAGGCAGGACAAACCCUGAAAGAGACAACAAGAAUAAACGUGUCAAGCACACCAUCAUCCACUAAGCUGAUUAUCAAAGAUGCAAAUAAAGAAGAUUCUGGCAAAUACACCAUCACUGCCACCAGCAGCAUUGGAACAUCUACAGAGGAGAUUACUGUCAUAAUUCUUGACAAACCUGGACCCCCUACAGGCCCAGUAAAGAUUGAGGAGGUGAGCUCCAACUAUGUUGUUCUAUCCUGGGAGCCACCAGAGUACACUGGAGGCUGUCAGAUCAACAAUUAUAUUGUGGAAAAGAGAGACACAACCACCACAGUGUGGCAGAUUGUUUCUGCAACAAUUGCCAGGUCAACCAUCAAAGUCACCAAUUUGAAGACCCGUGUUGAAUAUCAGUUCAGAGUAUCAGCAGAGAACAGGUAUGGAAAGAGUUCACCGAUUGUGUCCUCUGCUGUUGUAGCCAAAUAUCCAUUUAGCGAGCCUGCAGCCCCAGGAGCACCAAUUAUUACAGCUGCAACCAAGGAUGGAAUGGUUGUCGAAUGGAAACCUCCAACUAACAAUGGGGGCAGCCCAAUUCUCGGGUAUCACCUGGAGCGAAAGGAAAAGAACAGCCUUUUGUGGACAAAAUUAAACAAACUUCUAAUCGCAGAUACACGAUUCAAGACUACAGAAUUGGAAGAAGGUAUUGAAUAUGAAUUCAGACUUUAUGCUGAGAACAUUGCAGGCCUCAGCCCAGCUAGUAAAAUCUCUGAUAGUGCAGUAGCCAGGGACCCAUGUGACCCACCAGGCACUCCUGAGGCCAUUGAAAUUACCAGAAAUCAUAUUACACUUCAGUGGACCAGACCCCAGUAUGAUGGAGGUAGCGCAAUCACUGGCUACGUGAUUGAAAGAAAGAAGCACCCAGAUACUCGCUGGAUGAAGGCCAGUUUCACUAGCAUCACUGAUACCCAGUUCACACUCACUGGUCUCACUGAAAAUUGUGUUUAUGAAUUUAGAAUUAUUGCCAGAAAUGCUGCUGGCAUUUUCAGUUGCCCAUCUGAGGGCACAGGAGCCAUUACAGCUAAAGAUGACAUUGAGGCUCCAGAUGCCACCAUGGAUUCUAAAUUCAAGGAUUUGACUGUUGUUCGUGCUGAUGAGACAUUGGUCAUUGAUGCAGACUACUCCGGUAAACCUCUACCAGAGGUCACAUGGUUGAAGGAUGGAAAGGAAAUUGACAAAGCCACACCAAGAAUGGAGAUCAAGACUACACUAACUCGUACUAUACUGACCGUAAAGGACUGCAUCAGAGUGGAUAGUGGUCAUUUUGUGCUCAAACUUUUAAAUGUGGGUGGGAUUAAAAUCAUACCAGUUAAUGUAAAGGUUCUGGACAGACCUGGUCCUCCAGAUGGUCCAUUAGAAGUCAAAGGAGUCACAGCUGAAAAAUGUUAUUUGCAUUGGAAUCAUCCCUCACAUGAUGGUGGAGCUAGCAUCUCUCACUAUAUCAUUGAAAAGCGAGAGACAAGUCGUUUGUCAUGGACCGUGGUUGAGCCAAAGAUUCAGGCUAUUAGUUACAAAAUUACAAAACUGCUCCCAGGAAAUGAAUAUAUAUUCAGAGUCACUGCUGUGAAUAAAUAUGGUGUAGGAGAACCUUUAGAAUCUGAGCCUGUCAUUGCUCGCAAUCCAUUCACAACUCCCAGUGCCCCCUCAACUCCUGAAGCCAGUGCCAUCACCAGGGAUUCAAUUGUACUUACCUGGGAAAGGCCCAAUAUUAAUGGAGGAGCAGAGAUCGAAGGAUACAUACUUGAAAAACGUGAUAAGGAUGGUGUUAGAUGGACCAAGUGCAACAAGAAGAGGCUGACUGAUCUGAGAUUCCGGUGCACUGGACUUACAGAGGGCCACUCCUAUGAAUUCAGGGUGUCAGCUGAAAACGCUGCUGGUGUUGGAAAGCCUAGUUCACCAACACAGUACAUCAAGGCAUGUGAUGCAAUUUAUCCUCCAGGACCCCCAAGUAACCCUAAGGUCACUGAGCAUUCAAGCACCACAGUUUCCCUUUCCUGGUCCAGGCCCAUCUAUGAUGGUGGGGCAAAUAUUAUUGGAUAUGUUGUUGAAAGGAAGGAAGCAGGAGAUGAUGAAUGGAUUGUUUGCACACCUCCAACUGGUGCUCAAGACACUCACUACACUGUAAAGAAACUUAAAGAAAAUGUUGAGUACAACUUCCGUAUCUGUGCUAUCAACUGUGAAGGAGUAGGGGAACAUGUGGAUCUACCUGGGUCAGUUAUUGCUGCAGAGAAGCUUGAGGCUCCUGAAAUUGAGCUAGAUGCAGAUCUGAGAAAAAUGGUCAAUGUUCGUGCCACUGCCACUCUGCGUCUCUUUGUGACCAUCAGAGGAAAGCCUGAGCCUGAGGUUAAAUGGUCUAAGGCUGAUGGCAUUCUAAAUGAACGUUCUCAAAUUGAAGUCACAAGUUCUUUCACAAUGCUGGUGAUUGAGAAUGUUGACAGAUUUGAUACAGGCAAAUACACACUCACUCUUGAGAACCUUAAAGGAUCUAAAUCAGCCUUUAUCAAUGUUAGAGUUUUGGACUCGCCCAGUGCUCCAGUUAACUUGCAAGUAAAGGAUGUAAAAAGAAAUUCUGUCUCCCUUUCCUGGGAACCUCCUUUAAUUGAUGGUGGAACUAAGAUAUCCCACUAUAUUGUGGAGAAGAGAGAGCAAAAACGAAUGGCUUUCACAAGUGUUUGCACCAACUGUGUGAGGAACUCAUUCAUUAUUUCUGAUCUACAAGAGGGGGGCAGAUACUCUUUCCGUGUGCUGGCUGUUAAUGAGCUGGGAGUAGGUCUGCCUGCUACCACAGACCAGGUCAAGGUAUCAGAGGCUCCUUUACCUCCUGGUAAGAUUGUUGUGGUUGAUGUGACUCGUCAUACUGUCGCUCUUUCAUGGGAGAAACCUGAUCACGAUGGAGGUAGCAAAAUCACUAAUUAUAUUGUGGAGAUGCAGCCUAAAGGAGAUGACAAAUGGACAGUGUGCAGUGAAGCCAAAGCACUUGAAGCAACAAUUGAUGGACUCACAACAGGUGAGGAAUACUCCUUCAGGGUCAUUGCCAUGAAUGAUAAGGGUAGGAGUGAUGCCAAACCCUUAGCUACACCUGUGGUAGUAAAGGACACUACAAUGGAACCCAUAAUCAACUUGCUGUUCAACACAUACAGUGUAAAAGCAGGAGAUGACUUGAAGAUUGAUGUUCCCUUCAAGGGCAGACCUCAGCCUGAGGUGUCCUGGAAGAAGGAUGGCCAGGUGUUGAAGCAGACCACCAGGGUAAAUGUUGUGAAUUCCAGGACCUCUUCCAAGGUUGUCAUCAAAGAUGCAACCAAAGAGGAUGUUGGGAGAUAUGAGAUUGCACUGACUAAUUCAAUUGGCACCAAGACUGCCGAAAUUUUAGUGGUAAUUCUAGACAAACCUGGACCACCCAGCAACAUCAAGGUGGAUGAGGUGAGUGCUGACUUUAUCUCUCUGUCCUGGGAUCCUCCAACCUAUGAUGGUGGAUGCCAGAUUAACAACUAUGUAGUGGAGAAAAGAGACACUACCUCCACUACAUGGCAAAUCGUCUCAGCUACAGUAGCAAGGUCAUCAAUAAAGGUUUCUCGACUCACGCAAGGCACAGAAUAUCAAUUCCGAGUUGCAGCUGAGAACCGUUAUGGCAAAAGUUCUGCCAUAGACUCCUCUCCUGUGAUUGCCCAAUAUCCAUUUGAGCCUCCUGGCCCUCCAACCAAUCUUCAUGUUUCUCAUGCCACCAAGACUGGCAUGUUGGUAGUAUGGGGUAGGCCUGCCAGUGAUGGUGGAAGCCCUGUUACUGGGUAUCAUAUUGAAUGUAAAGACCAAAAUAGCAUCAUGUGGACCAAAGUCAACAGAGGUCUGCUGGCUGAAAACAUGUUCAAGAUGAGUGGCAUUGAGGAGGGCCUAUUUUAUCAAUUUAGAGUUUAUGCUGAAAAUAUUGCUGGCAUUGGUCCAUCCACUAAAGCCAGUGAACCUGUUGCUGCUAGGGACCCUUGCGAGUCUCCACGUAACCUUAAAGUUACAAAUAUUACCAGAAAUUCAGUUUCCCUCUUCUGGGAUGCACCUGAAUAUGAUGGUGGAGUAAAAAUUACAGGAUAUAUUGUUGAGCGCAAAAAGCUUCCCAAUGGUCGUUGGCUGAAGUGCAACUUCACCAAUGUGCAAGACACCUACUUUGAUGUCACAGGCCUUAAAGAAGAUUUCCAGUAUGACUUCCAUGUUAUUGCAAAGAAUUCAGCUGAGAUGAUGAGUGUCCCUUCAGAAAACACUGGUCCUGUCACUAUAAAGGAUGAUGUUGACCCUCCAUCUAUUAUCAUGGAAGAUAAAUUCAGAAACCUGGUUGUCAUUAAAGCUGGAGAGAUCAUAAAAAUUGAUGCUGAAAUCACAGGGCGUCCACUCCCUGUGGUUUCCUGGUCUAAGGAUGGAAAGGAGAUUGAGGCCAAGGGCAGGUGUGAAAUUACUUCCACCAACUUUUUGACCACACUGAUCGUCAGAGACACUAUUAGGAGGGACUCUGGACUUUAUACCCUGACUUUGCAUAAUGUAGGUGGAACAAGCUCAAUGACUGUCAACUGUAAAGUUCUGGACAGACCUGGACCAGCAUCAGGACCACUGGCAGUGUCUGGCCUCACAGCAGAGAAAUGCACUUUAUCAUGGGGACCUCCACAGGAAAAUGGUGGUGCCGAAAUCAUGCACUACAUUGUGGAGAAACGUGAGACAAGUCGCCUUGCCUGGACCCUAGUACAUGGUGACAUGAAGGCAACUACCUGCAAAGUUACAAAACUCCUGAAAGGAAAUGAGUAUAUUUUUAGAGUCAGGGGAGUGAACAAAUAUGGAGAUGGAGAAGCUCUGGAGAGUGAGUCUGUAAAGGCAAUAGAUCCAUUCACUGUGCCUACAGCCCCCACUAACGUGGAGGUCACCUCAGUUACUAGUGAGGCUAUGACAAUCUGUUGGGAAAGACCAAUUUCUGAUGGUGGCAGCAGUAUCUGUGGUUAUGUAAUUGAGAAGAGAGAAAAGACAGGCCUCCGUUGGUGCCGUGUCAACAAAAAGCCUGUUUAUGACCUCAGAGUCAAAGCCUCUAACCUGCGUGAUGGCUGUGAGUAUGAAUACAGAGUGUUUGCAGAGAAUGCUGCUGGCCUCAGUGCUCCUAGUGUCCCAUGCCCACUCAUUAAGGCUGAAGACCCACAGUUCCUGCCCUCACCUCCUCCUAAACCUAAAAUCAUAGACUCCACAAAGGCCACUGUCACUUUGACAUGGAAUAAACCACUGUUUGAUGGUGGGGCACCUGUGACUGGUUACAGAGUGGAAUACAGAAAUACAUUAGAUGAUGAAUGGAUGAUUGGAGUCCAGAACACCAAGAACACAGAGUUUACUGUGGUGGGACUGACUCCUGGGGCUGAAUAUGUAUUUGUUGUCAAGUCCAUUAACAAAAUUGGAGUCAGUGAGUCCAGUCCAGAGUCGGACAAGCAGAUAGCUAAAGAAAGAGAAGAGGAACCAGUCUUUGACAUCAGCAAUGAGAUGAGGAAAACUCUUAUUGUGAAAGAUGGAAGCUCAUUUACUAUGACAGUGCCUUUCAGAGGCAAGCCUAUUCCCACUGUUACUUGGACAAAGCCUGACAUUGACCUUAGAGUACGUGCUGUCAUUGACACCACAGACACAUCCACCUCCAUCACCUUAGAAAAAGCUACUCGCAGUGACUCAGGAAAAUACACCGUCACCUUGUCCAGUGUUGCUGGGACCUCCUCACUGACACUUAGUGUUAGAGUUCUGGACUCACCUGGACCUCCUGCCUUUGUGGAAGUCAAGGAAGUGACCAAGACAUCUGCCACUGUGACUUGGGAUACUCCUGAGAAUGAAGGAGGGGGACCAGUCAAGAACUACCUUGUUGAUUUCCGAGAGGCCAGCAAGAAAGGUUGGACAAGGUUGACUGACACAUGCCACAGACUGACAUACAAAGUAACAAACCUAAAAGAGGGAGAAGUGUAUUAUUUCAGAGUGACAGGAGAGAAUGACUACGGUGUCGGCAUUCCUGCUGAAACCAAAGAAGGAACCAAGAUCACAGAAAAACCUAGCCCACCAUCAAAACUGGGAGUAACUGAUGUCACCAAGGAGAGUGUGUCAUUGGCCUGGUCCAAACCAGAGCAAGAUGGAGGCAGCAGAAUUACUGGCUACUUGAUUGAAGCACUGGAGAAAGGUCAGGAGAAGUGGGUGAAGUGUUGUGUGACCAAGUUCACCCACUUCAUAGUUUCUGGACUGAGAGAAAAAGCAGAGUACUUCUUCAGAGUCAGAGCUGAGAACCACGCUGGACUCAGUGAUGCUAAGGAAAUGGUCACCCCUGUUAUGGUCAAAGACCAGCUUGAACCUCCUGAGAUCAACAUGAAGGACUUCCCCCACAACACUGUGUUUGUCAGAGCUGGCUCGACACUGAAGUGUGAGAUUAUGCUGACAGGCCGGCCCUUGCCUAAAGUCAGUCUUUCCAAGGAUAAUGUGCUGCUUAAGUCAACAAUGAGAUUUAACUCCGAAGUUACUCCUGACAGCAUCAAAAUCACUCUACGUGAGAGUGUUGCUGGAGACUCAGGUCGUUAUGACAUCACUGCCUCCAACUCAAGUGGAACCACUAAGUCAUUUGUCAAUUUAGUGGUUCUGGAUCGUCCAAGUGCCCCACUUGGACCUGUAGAACUGUUUGAUAUCACAGAAGACAGUGUAAGUUUGAUGUGGCAACCUCCAGCAUAUGACGGUGGAAGUCCCAUCACAAACUACAUUGUUCAAAAAAGAGAGACAACUACAGCAAACUGGAAGGAUGUGUCUUCUGCUGUGGCUCGCUGCACCAUGAAGAUCAUGAAACUGACUACUGGUCUGGAGUACCAAUUCAGAAUCAGGGCUGAAAACAAAUAUGGAGUCAGUGAACACGUUGACUCACCAGCUGUAACCGUCAAUCUUCCAUACACUAUUCCAGAUGCUCCAUCAGCUCCAGAGAUUACUGCUGUAACCAGGGAGAGCAUCACAUUAGCCUGGACGGAACCCAAGUCUGAUGGGGGAAGCCAUGUGUUUGGUUACCAUCUCCAGAUGAAAGACAAGAACAGCAUCCUGUGGCAGAGAGUUAACAAAACUGUGAUCCGUGCGACACACUCCAAGGUCACCAAUAUAAAUGCUGGACUCAUUUAUGAGUUCAAAGUGGCAGCAGAGAAUUCUGCUGGACUCAGUGCUUUCAGCAAACCAUCAGAUGCUGUACUGGCCAUAGAUGCCUGUGAACCGCCUAUCAAUCUUCACAUCAACGACAUCACUAAAAACUCCGUAAGCCUAGUCUGGGAGAAACCCAACUAUGACGGUGGAUCCCCCAUCACUGGAUAUGUCAUUGAGAAGAGGGAAGGUGUUGCUGCUAAAUGGUCCAAAGCUAACCUCACCAAUAUCACUGACACGCGUUUCACUGUGACUGGCCUUACUCAGAAUGAGACAUAUGAGUUUCGAGCCAUGGCCAAGAAUGCUGUUGGCUCCAUCAGCAAUCCAUCUAUGACAGCGGGACCAGCCACUUGUGUGGACAACUACGGUGCACCAGAGAUUGAAAUUCCUCAGGAGUACCUUAAUGAAGUGAAACACAAAGCUGGUUCUGAUGUGGAACUCAAAUUUCACAUCACAGCCAAACCAGCCCCCACUAUUGAGUGGUGUAAAGAUGGAAGAGAACUAAAGCCAACAGCCCAGUUGUCUUUCAAGCACACAUUUGAGUCUACCAGUAUUUUUCUGAAGGAAACUACUCGUUUGAAUUCGGGGACCUAUGAAGUGAAAGUGAAGAACUCUUUAGGAACUGCAUGUGGCGUUGUCAGACUACUCAUUCAAGACAAGCCUGGGCCCCCUGCUGGAGCAAUUCAAUUUAAGAAAGUGACAGCUGACAACAUCACUAUCAUGUGGACUCCACCUGCUGAUGAGGGGGGUGCCAUGGUAACUCAUUACAUUGUAGAGAAGAGGGAGACCAGCAGAGUGAUGUGGUCCAUUGUGUCAGAGAAGCUGGUAGACUGCAUUGUGAAUGUGCCUCGACUCAUUCAAGGUAAUGAGUACAUCUUCAGGGUCCGUGGAGUCAACAAAUUUGGCAUUGGAGACCCACUAGAGUCUGAGCCCAUCACUGCCAAAAACCUAUUUGUUCCUCCCAGUGAGCCAUCCAAGCCUAAAGUUACCAUGAUAACCAAAUCCACAAUGACAGUGAUUUGGGAAAGACCAGCAUUGGAUGGAGGCAACGAUAUUAAUGGUUAUUACCUUGAGAAAAGGGAGAAGAAAAGUCUGCAAUGGUUCAAGGUGGUAAAGGGCACCAUCAGAGACACUAGGCAGAAGGUCAGCAACUUGACAGAGAACAAUGAGUAUCAAUUCAGAGUGUGUGCUGUCAACAAGGCUGGUGCAGGAAACUACUCUGAGGCAUCUGACCUUUACAAGGCCUACGACCCCAUUGAUCUUCCUGGGGAACCCUCAAAACUGCGUGUGGUUGACUCCACAAAGACCUCCAUCACUCUUGGCUGGGAGAAGCCUAUCUAUGAUGGCGGCAGUGAAAUUACACACUACAAACUAGAACAAAUGAAUGCGGAGGACAAAGAGUGGGUGACCAUCAACCCACAGGUCAAAACCUGCGAGUAUGUAGUAUCCCACCUCAAACCUGGCACAUAUUACUACUUCAGAGUCUCUGCAGUGAACUGCAAGGGUAAAGGAGAAGACAUCAAGAUGUACCAACCCGUGCAAGCCAAAGACAUUUUAGAGGAGGCUGAUUUGGACUUGGACGUACCUAUGACGACUCAGUACACAGCUAGAGCGGGCCACGAUGUGGAAGUGUUCAUCCCACUAAAGGGACGUCCUGCUCCCAAUGUCACUUGGCGCCGUGGCAAUCGGAACAUGGCUGGUGACAACCGCUAUACCAUCAAUAGUACUGAAAGAUCAACCACACUUCUCAUCCCAAAAGUCACUCGUGAUGAUUGUGGAAAGUAUAUGCUGGAGAUAGAAAACGGUGUAGGAGAACCCAAGUUAAUCACUGUUUCCCUAAAAGUUCUAGACAGUCCAUCCACUUGCCAGAAACUUAUGGUUAAGAAUGUCACAAGAGGAAAACUGACCCUCAGCUGGGAGGCUCCCCUGAUUGAAGGCGGAUCUCCUGUCACUAAUUACAUUGUUGAAAAGAAAGCCUCAACCAUGAAAGCUUACCAGGUGAUCACUGCAGAGUGCCUCAACACAUCUUACAAGGUGUCAAGCUUGGAGGAAGACGUAGCUUACUUUUUCCGGGUGUCAGCUGAAAAUGAGUUUGGUGUGGGUGACCCCUGUGAGACCACUGAACCUGUGACAGCUACAGAAACUCCAGGAGCUGUUAAAGACCUGUCAAUGGUGGACUCUACAAAGAACUCUGUUACUCUUCAGUGGACAAGACCUGAUCAUGAUGGAGGUAGCUACAUCACUGAGUACAUUGUUGAAAAGAGAAGCGAAGAGGAAGUCAACUGGAGUCUAGGUGCCACAUCCAGGCGCUGCACUUGUGAGGUGAUGGGACUUAAAGAGAAUACUAUCAUGGACUUUAGAGUGUUUGCCAAGAAUGAGAAGGGCAAGAGUGACUUCUCCCAAAUCGGUCCAAUUACAGUAAUAGACUUUAUUAUUCCACCUGAAGCAAACCUCAGUGAUUAUCCUAAUGGGGAGCUUGCGGUGCGUAUAGGUCAAAACAUCCACAUUGAGCUACCAUUCAAGGGUAAACCAAGACCUGCAAUCAGCUGGCUGAAGGAUAACUUGCCACUGAAAGAAAGUGAGAAAAUCCGUUUUAGGACAACUGAAAACAAGACAGCAGUCACAGUCAGAGGAGCCAAGAAAGAAAAUGCUGGCCAGUACACCUUGGUUUUGGACAACAGAGUUGUCAAGAACUAUUUUGAUAUAAAUGUGAUCACAUUGGGGCCACCUUCCGCACCUGUUGGUCCAGUUCGCUUUGAUGAAAUAAAAGCUCAGAGUAUCAUUAUCUCUUGGGAUGAGCCAAAGUAUGACGGUGGUGGCGAGAUUACUUGCUAUAGUGUGGAAAAACGUGAAAAGUGCCAGGCUAACUGGAAAAUGGUCUGCUCCAGUGUUGUAAGGACCACCUUCAAGAUCCCCAAUCUGGUCAAGGGUACUGAGUACCAAUUCAGAGUUCGUGCAGAAAACAAGUAUGGAGUUAGUGACCCACUCAACUCCUCUGAAAUUAUUGCCCAGCACCAGUAUAAACCUCCAGGCCCACCAGGAAAGCCAGUAGCCUACAAUGUCACCUGUGAUGGUAUGAGCAUCAAGUGGGAGGCCCCAGGCUUUGAUGGAGGUUCCCCCAUUUUGGGUUAUCAUGUUGAGAAGAAAGACAGGAACAGCCUCCUAUGGCAGAAGGUGAACUCCACCCUCAUUUCCAAUAAGGAGUACAGGAUCAUUGGCCUCAUGGAGGGUCUAGAGUACUCCUUUAGAGUCUAUGCUGAGAACAACGCUGGAAUCAGCCCUGUUAGUGAACAGAGCAAACAUGCUCGCGCCAUUUCCCCUGUUGAUCCACCUGGCACUCCUGUCUGCAUUGAUGUAACCAGAGACUCUGUUUCCCUACAAUGGGAAGUUCCCAAGAGAGACGGUGGAAGCAGAAUUGUGGCGUACAGUGUAGAAAGGCGUCAAGGCAGAGGAAAAUGGCUCAGAUGUAACUUCAUUGAUGUAAGUGAGACCCAGUUCACUGUGACAGGUCUGUCCCCUGGAGACAGAUUUGAGUUCAGAGUGAUCGCCAGGAAUGCUAUUGGCACCAUAAGUCCACCGUCUAACUCCUCGGGAUACAUAAUGACCAAGGAUGAGAGCAUUGCCCCAGAAAUUGAGUGGUCUCCUGAUCAGGUGUCCACCUUGAAGGCUGGAGAAAAUAUUAAAUUGAGCUGCACCAUCUUUGGGCGUCCAAUUCCCCAGGUUGUGUGGUACAAGGAUGGCAAAGAGAUUGAUAAGAGGACAAUGGUUGAUAUUGAGAUUACCACUGGCAUUGGCACCAGCAGUGUGUUUGUCCGUGAUGCAGACAGGAACCACAGAGGAAUUUACACAAUUGAGGCAAAAAAUAGCUCUGGUACAAGAAAAGCUGAUGUAAACGUCAGAGUGCAAGACACUCCCGGCCCUGUUGAAGGUCCAAUUCGCUUCACUGGCAUCACAGCUGACAAAUGCACAGUAUGGUGGAACCCACCAGAAAAUGACGGAUGUUCUGCCAUCAUCCACUAUGUAGUGGAGAAAAGGGAGACAUCCAGGAUAUCCUGGGCAUUAGUCACAUCCAAGUGUGAAGCUUGUUCAUACAACGCCACCAACCUCAUCAAGGGCAAUGAGUAUCAGUUCAGAAUCUCUGCUGUCAACAAGUUUGGUGUUGGCAAGCCACUCGACUCUGAUCCAAUUAUCGCUCAAAUGCAAUAUACUGUGCCUGAUGCUCCUGGAACCCCAGAUGCCACACAUGUGACUGGAGACAGCAUCACCAUGUGCUGGACCAGGCCAAGAUCGGAUGGAGGGAACGAGAUCAAACAUUACAUUCUAGAAAGGAGAGAAAAGAAAAGUCUUCGCUGGGUGAGGGUUUCCUCCAAGAGGCCCAUAACAGAACUAAGGCACCGUGUCACCAAUCUUACAGAAGGAAAUGAAUAUGAGUUUCGCGUCAUGGCUGAAAAUGGUGCUGGUGUUGGACCAGCUAGCAGCACCUCCAGGCUAUUUAAAUGCAGAGAACCAACCAGUGCUCCCAGUGCUCCUACUGUGAUUAAGGUCAUUGACUCAACAAAGUCUUCCGUCACUUUGGAAUGGACAAAGCCUGUGUUUGAUGGUGGCAUGGAAAUUAUUGGCUAUAAUAUUGAUAUGUGCAAGGCCAGUUUAGAGGAAUGGCACAGAGUCAACUCUCAGAUUUGUAUCCACAAUAGUUUCACUGCUAAGGGCCUGGCACCUGGAGAGCUCUACAAGUUCAGAAUAAGUGCUGUUAAUGGGUCAGGAGAGGGUGAAGCCUCCGUUAUGCCACACCCCGUUCAGGCUGUGGAUAAACUGACUUCCCCAGAAAUUGACAUUGAUGCCAAAUUCAAGCAAACUCACAUUGUGAAGAAGGGAAGCACUGUCACACUUCACAUGGCUUUCAGAGGAAAGCCUACUCCCCUUGCCACCUGGUGUAAGGUAGAUGGUGAGCUUCCCGUCAUGGCUGAUAUCAACACCUCAGACACCUUUUCUACUUUGACUAUAGAAUGUUGCACCAGGUAUGAAGCAGGUAAAUAUACCCUUACCCUGGAGAAUAACAGUGGACGUAAGUCUAUCACAUUCACUGUCAAAGUCCUGGAUACCCCUGGACAACCAGGAGCAAUUACAUUCAAAGAUGUUACCCGUGGAGCCUUGACAAUGAUGUGGGAUGCUCCAUCUAAUGAUGGUGGAUCCCGAAUCCACCACUACAUUGUGGACAAACGUGAGGCAAGCCGCCUUGCCUGGCAGGAGGUCAGCGGCAAGUGCUCCCGCCAGAUGAUUAGGAUUACAGGUUUAGAUAUUGGCAUACCAUACUUGUUCAGAGUAACUGCUGUUAACCAGUAUGGCCAGGGAGAACCUCAUGAAAUGACAGAGCCUGUCAUUGCCACGGAAGAACCUGCACCACCCAAAAGACUAGAUGUUGUUGACACUACAAACUCCACAGCCUACCUGGUGUGGCUGAAACCUGAGCAUGAUGGAGGCAGCCGUAUCAGAGGCUAUGUUGUUGAAUUUAGAGCUAAGGGCACUGACAAUUGGAUUGUUUAUGGAGAAACAAAGUUGCAGAAGAUCCUGGUGGAGGGUCUGAGUGAGAACACAGAAUAUGACUUCAGAGUCAAGGCCAAGAAUGAUGCUGGUAUCAGCGAGCCUCAGAGUACCUUCAGCUCAGUGGUCAUCAAGGAGCCUCGCAUUGAACCAACUGCUGACCUCAGCAGCAUAACCAAUCAGCUCAUCACCUGUAAGAUCUCCAACUCCUUUACAAUUGACAUACCCAUAAGUGGCAGACCCACACCCAAGGUCACAUGGAAACUGGAGGAAAUGAAGCUGAAGGAGACUGACAGACUCUCAAUCAAGACAACAAAAGAGAGAACCACUCUCGUUGUGAAAGACAGCAAGAGAAAUGACAGUGGCAAAUAUUACCUGAUCCUGGAAAAUGCUGCUGGCAUGAAGACAUUCACAGUGGCUGUGGUCAUUGUUGGCAGACCAAGUCCACCCACGGGCCCCUUGCAGGUGUCUGGAAUAUCCUCAGAGUCCUGCACUCUCUCCUGGUCGGAGGCAGUUGAUGACGGUGGCACUGAAAUCACCAAUUAUAUUGUUGAAAAGCGGGAGUCUGGCUCUGCCUCUUGGCAGGUGGUAAACUCCAGUGUCCAGAGAACUACAAUCAAAGUGACUCAUCUUACCAAAUACAUGGAGUACACAUUUAGAGUGCGUGCUGAAAACAAAUUUGGAGUCAGCAAGUCCAUCGAGUCUACCCCUGUUGUGAUUGAGCAUCCAUUUAUUCCACCGAGUCCUCCAACUCGUCCAGAUGUGGUCUCUGUGUCAGCCAGUGCCAUUAGCAUUAAGUGGGAAGUCCCAUAUGCUGAUGGUGGUAGCAAGGUAACAGGCUACUGGAUUGAGAAGAAAGAGAGGAACACAAUUUUGUGGGUGAGGGAGAACAAACUGCCCUGUUUGGAGUGCAAUUACAAAGUGUCCAACCUCAUUGAAGGCCUGGAGUAUCAGUUCAGAGUUUAUGCCAUGAACCUCGCUGGACUCAGUAAGGCCAGUGAGGCCUCGAGACCUGUUGUGGCGCUCAAUCCAGUUGAUCCUCCUGGUAAACUUGAGAUUACAGAUAUCAGCCGCUCUUCUGUUUCCUUGUGCUGGACCGUGCCAUUCAAUGAUGGAGGCAGUAAGAUUGUCGGAUACAUUGUGGAGAGAAAAGUCUACAGCAGCAAUGAGUGGGAUGACAAUCGUUGGCUCAAGUGCAACUACACCACAAUCACAGAGAACUACUUCACAGUCACUAAUCUGGGAGAGGGCGAUACCUACGAGUACCGUGUCAUCGCAAAGAACGCUGCUGGAGUCCACAGUGCGCCGUCAGAGUCAACAGGGCCGGUCACAUGCAAGGACGAAUACUCUCCUCCCAAAGCUGAGCUUGACAGCAAGCUUAUUGGGGAGACUGUGACUGUUAUGGCUGGCUCUGAUGUGGUCCUGGAUGGUGCUGUGGGAGGCAAACCAGAACCAACCGUGUACUGGUCAAAGGGAGAAAAGAUUUUGGACCUUGGUGAAAAAUACUCACUGACAUAUACCCCUACCAGAGCUAUGGCUGUCAUCAAGAACUGUGACAGAUAUGAUACUGGCAGAUACAUCCUCACUGUCAAAAAUGCCAACGGAAUAAAGACGGCUACGGUCAGCGUGAAAGUCCUCGACACUCCGGGACCUCCAGCUGAUAAGAUCAUGAUCAGCAGAGUAACAGAAGAAAAGUGCACAGUUUCCUGGAAGAUUCCCAUGGAGGACGGUGGAGACAUUGUCAGUCAUUACAUAGUGGAACGCCGUGAGACUAGUCGCCUUAACUGGGUGGUUAUGGAGACAGAGUGCAAGACUUUGUCAUGCGUUGUUACCAGGCUGAUCAAGAACAAUGAGUACAUUAUCAGAGUCCGAGGAGUCAACAAGUUUGGACCCGGAGUACCUCUGGAGUCUGAGCCGGUCAUUGCUAGAAAUGCCUACACCGUUCCCACACCGCCAGGUGCUCCAGAGGCCACAGCUGUAGGCAAGGAGCACAUUAUCAUUGAAUGGCUGAAGCCUGAGAGUGAUGGAGGCAGCGAAAUCAAAAACUACAUUGUAGAAAAACGGGAAAAAAGCAGCACCAGAUGGACUCGGGUAAAUAGGACUUAUACCAUCUAUGACACCCGUCUGAAGAUCUCUGGCCUACUGGAGGGAAGCGAAUACCAGUUUAGAGUGACAGCUUCAAACAAUGCUGGAGAUGGCCAGCCAAGCGAUGCAUCCCCGUAUAUCCUCUGUAAAGACCCCACAUAUACCCCAGCUGCUCCAUCCAUGCCUCGCAUCACUGACACGACCAAGCACAGCAUCAGCAUGACUUGGACGAGGCCAAUGUAUGAUGGUGGCUCUGACGUUACUGGCUACAUAGUAGAGAUCCUAGAGGAAGGUUCUGAGCAGUGGUACAGAGCCAUUGCUAAGCCUCUAAAUACCACUGAAUAUGUGGCCGCUGGCCUGGCAGCCAACAAGAAGUACAGAUUCAGAGUCGCUGCCAUCAACAACAGUGGUACGGGUGAAUUUAGUGAAGCAAGUGCUGAGACUGAGCCACUGGAGCGAAUUGAAAUGCCUGAUCUGGAGCUAGCUGAAGACAUCAAGAAGACUGUGUGUCUGCGUGCCGGUGGUAACCUACGUCUGUUGGUGUUUGUAACCGGUCGACCAGCACCAGUAAUUGCUUGGAGAAAGACGGGUGUGGAACUUCAAAAUCGCGGCUACAUCGAGACCACCGACAGUUACACUUCGCUUAUGGUGGAGAAGGUUAAUCGCUAUGACUCUGGAAAAUAUGUAGUAGAGGCAGAAAAUCCAUCCGGCAAAAAGACAGCCACCAUCCUGGUUAAAGUCUAUGACACUCCUGGUCCUCCAGGUUCAGUCAGAGUGAAAGACUACACCAAAGAAUCUGUUGUUAUCACCUGGGAUGUGCCAACCAUUGAUGGUGGUGCUCAUGUCAGCAAUUACAUUGUAGAGAGGCGUGAAGCUAACAUGAAGUCAUACAAGACUGUCACCACGGAGUGCAGGAAAACCUUGUUGAGGAUCACAGGCUUAGAAGAAGGUGUGUACUACUUCUUCAGAGUCCUGCCUGAGAACAUCUAUGGUGUUGGGGAGCCUUGUGAGACAGCAGAACCUGUGCUGGUGUGUGAAGUACCAUCAGUGCCCAUGGAUCUUAAUAUCAUUGAUGUCACCAAGAACUCUGUGAGUCUACACUGGGAUAAACCAUUGCACGACGGAGGCAGCAGGCUGACAGGAUACAUCAUUGAGGCCUGUAAAGUGGGUUCUGACAGGUGGAGUGCUGUAGCCACAGUCAAAGCUUCAGUCACCCAACACACGAUCCAGUCUCUGACAGAAAAUGACCAGUACCUGUUCAGAAUCCGUGCCACCAAUAGCAGGGGAGCCAGUGAGGCAAUGGACAUCAUCACUCCAGUCACGAUUCAGGAAAACAAGGAAAUGCCCAAGAUUGACAUGACCAGCAUUCCUCAAAAAAUCAUCCAUGUGCACCGAGGCAAGCCUAUUGAUCUUAACAUCCCUAUUAAGGCCAAACCACAGCCUGUCUGCUCCUGGUACUUUGGUGGUGUUAAGCUGAAAGACAGCCUGGACCGCAUCAAGAUAGACAGUAACGGCAAAUCUACUCACCUCGUAAUCCGUGACACCACCAUUAAUGACACUGGAAACUACACACUAGAGGUGAAAAAUUCCAUUGGCAUGGCAACGGAGGUUAUCAAAGUUAUCAUCCUUGACAAACCUGGUGUCCCAGUUGGUCCAGUGAAGAUUGAGGAGGUUGAUGGUGUAUCAGUUACUGUUACCUGGGAACCUCCAGAGAAAGAUGGUGGUGCUAAUGUCAGUGGCUAUGUGGUGGAACAACGUAAUGCCCACCAUCCAGGCUGGACCACAGUCUCAGAAUCAGUGACCAGGCCAUGCUUCAAGUUCACUAGGCUAUCAGAAGGAACAGAGUAUGUUUUCCGUGUCGCUGCCAUGAAUCGCUUUGGUGUUGGUGGAUUCCUGCAGUCUGAGGUGGUUGAGUGCAAGAGCCCCAAGACCAUCCCUGGACCUCCAAGUCAGCCAGAGAUAAUUGAUGUUAGCCAUGAGGGCAUGACUCUGACCUGGCAACCACCUGUGGACAAUGGUGGCUCUACUAUUGCAGGCUACAUCAUAGAACGUAAAGAAGCUAAUUCGGACAGGUGGCUGAGAAUCAAUAAGAACCCUGUCACCAUGACCAGGUAUCGUUCCUCUGGACUAAUUGAGGGCUUGGAAUAUGAGUUCCGUAUUACUGCCAUCAACUCCAGAGGAACUGGCAAACCUAGUGCACCUUCUGCUACCACUGUUGCUAUGGACCCCAUAGAACCUCCAGGUCCUCCAAUUGACCCCAAAGUUACAGACGCCACAAGGACUUCAGUGUCAUUGGCCUGGCUACCACCUAAAGAAGAGGGUGGCUCAGUUGUAAGUGGCUAUUUGAUUGAAAUGCAGAAGGUGGACCAGGUAGAAUGGACGCUUUGCAACACCACGCCCACCAGGAUGUGCGAGUAUACUCUCACCCAUAUGCCCCAGGGUGCAGAGUACAAAUUCAGGGUCAUAGCCUGCAAUGCUGGUGGUUCUGGAGAACCUGCAGAAAUUCCUGGAGUGGUUAAAGUCCAGGAGAUGCUUGGUUAUCCUGACUAUGAGCUUGAACGUCAGUAUGAGGAAGGCUAUGUGGUGCGACAGGGCGGAGUCAUCCAUCUGUCCAUACCCAUUAAGGGUAAACCUAUCCCAACUGUGAAGUGGACAAAAGAUGGUCGUGAUAUUGCUCAUCGCGCCAUGAUUGCCACCCAUGAUGACAUCACUGAGUUGGUCAUCAAAGAUGCGCACAGGGAUGACACUGGUACUUAUGACUUGGUGCUGGAAAACAAAUGUGGUAGGAAGGCCGUUUACAUCAAGGUCAAGGUGAUUGGUCGCCCUGACCCCCCAGAAGGGCCCCUAGAAUUUGAUGACAUUCAGGCCAGAUCAGUCCGGGUUAGCUGGAGACCCCCAUCAGAUGAUGGCGGUUCUGAUGUCCUGGGUUACAUUGUGGAAAGACGAGAAGUACCAAAGGCAGCCUGGUACACAGUGGAUGCUCGGGUUAUAGAGACCUCUUUGGUGGUUAAGGGCCUGAAAGAGAACGUAGAGUACCACUUCAGGGUCUUUGCUGAGAACCAGUUUGGUGUUAGCAGAUCUCUCAAAUCAGAGGAAUCUGUUUUACCAAAGACACCUCUUUGUCCGCCUGAGCCACCCAGCAACCCACCAGAGAUCAUGGAUGUCACCAAGACCACAAUCUCUGUGUCAUGGGCUCGACCCCGCGAUGAUGGUGGAUCUCGUGUAACAGGAUACUAUGUAGAACGAAGAGAGGUUUCAACAGAGAAAUGGGUCCGUCACAACAAGACCCACAUCACCACCACUAUGUUCAACGUCACUGGUCUUAUACCCAAUGCAGAGUACAUGUUUCGAGUGGUGGCCCAAAACGACAUUGGGCAGAGUGAACCUGGUCCUGCGUCAGAGCCUGUGGUCUGCAAAGAUCCAUUUGACAAACCUAGCCAGCCAGGAGAGAUUGAUAUAAUCUCUGUCACUAAAGAUAGCAUUACCAUACACUGGCUCAGGCCUGAGCAUGAUGGUGGCAAAGAGAUCCUGGGUUACUGGAUCGAGUACAGGGAAGCUGGAGAGAGUGCUUGGAAGAAAUGCAACAAGGAACGCUCCAAGGAUCGCCAGUUCACCAUGGGUGGCUUAAUGGAGUCUACCGAGUAUGAGUUCAGAAUCUUUGCUGAAAAUGAGACAGGACUCAGCCGACCUCGUCGCACACCAAUGGGCAUCAAGACCAAGCUAAGCGUUGGUGAAGCUCCAGCCUUGAAAGAAGAAAUGCAGGAUGUUACCACGAAGCUUGGCGAGUCUGGCACUCUAACAUGUGGAAUCGUUGGAAGACCUCUCCCUGAGAUCAAGUGGUAUCGUUAUGGCAAGGAACUGAUCCAAAGCCGCAAGUACAAAAUGAGCUCAGAUGGCCGUAACCACUCCCUCACCAUUCUAACAGAGGAGCAGGAAGAUGAGGGCUUGUACACCUGCAGAGCCAUCAAUGAGGCCGGAGAGAUGGAGACUAGUGGCAAACUGCGCUUGCAAGCACCACCUGAGUUCCACCCUGGCUUCCCUCUAAAGGAGAAGUACUUUGCUGGGGCUGGUACCAGUCUUCGACUCCAUGUUGUCUACAUUGGUCGUCCCAUCCCCCAGAUUAUGUGGUUUUAUGGCAAGAAACCUCUGAAUUCAUCUGAGAAUGUGGUCAUUGAAAACACAGAAAGCUACACCCACCUUGUGGUGAGAAAUGUACAGCGAAAAACCAAUGCAGGUCGCUACAAGGUGCAGCUCAGUAAUGUGUUUGGAACUAUUGACACUGUACUGAGAGUGGAAAUCCAAGACAAACCUUGCAUCCCUGAGGGCCCUAUUAUUGUUGAAGCCCUGCUCAAGAGUUCAGUUGUUAUCAGCUGGAAGGCUCCUAAGGAUGAUGGUGGGUCUAUCAUCACCAACUACUUAGUGGAGAAACGUGAGGCCAAAGAAGGCGAACAGUGGCACAUGGUGUCGUCCUCUGUUUCUGGUACCACCUGCCGUGUCCCCAACCUGAUAGAGAAUGCUGGCUACUACUUCAGAGUCUCUGCCCAGAAUCAGUAUGGUGUCAGUGAGCCUCUGGAGAUCCCAUCAGUGGUCAUUGUUAAGAGUCCAUAUGAUAAACCUGGUGUCCCACAGCAGCCCUUCAUUAUCAGUGCCACCAAAGACUCCUGUGUUGUCUGCUGGAAGCCUCCAAGCAGUGAUGGUGGAGCAAAAAUUACCAGUUAUUACCUUGAGAAACGUGAAAAGAAGCAGAACAAAUGGAUGUCGGUCACAACCAAGCCAAUUGAACAGGCCAGCUAUGAAGUCAAAGGCCUGAUUGAGGGCUUUGAGUAUGAGUUCCGUGUCAAAUGUGAGAACAUUGGAGGCGAGAGUGACUGGAGUGACAUCUCUGAACCCAUUAUUCCCAAGUCGGAACAAUCCCCACGUGCUCCUGCAUUCAGGGAGGAGAUCAGAGACAUGACUGUCAAAUACCAAGCCAAUGCCACCUUUGUCACCAAGGUUGUGGGAUAUCCAAAGCCUGUAGUUAAAUGGUAUUGCAGUGGGAAGGAGAUCCUGGCAGAUGGAACAAAGAUAAAAGCACAAGAGUUCAAGGGUGGCUAUUACCAGCUUGUCAUCACCACAGCUGAUGAGAGUGAUGCAGGAGAAUACCAAAUCAGAGCUACCAAUGCUUCAGGAUCUAUCUCUACAACAGCCGUUCUCGACGUGGAAGUCCCUGCCAAAAUCUACCUACCUAAAGAGCUUCAGGGAAUGGGAGCAGUUCACGCUGUACGUGGUGAUCACAUAACCAUCAAGAUUCCCAUCUCUGGAAAACCUGAGCCAGCAAUCACUUGGCAAAAGGGUCAGGAGAUCCUAUCAAACUCCCCUUAUCACCAAGUGAUUACUACCAGGUCCUCCACCUCCUUGGUGUUCCAGAAGGGAGUACAGAGGAGGGAUACUGGCUACUACAUUAUUACUGCAAAGAACAGAUUUGGAUCAGACAAGCAAACCAUUGAGGUAAAUGUGGUAGAUAUUCCUGACUCUCCAAAGGGACUUUUGGUUAGCGACAUCGCACGGGAUUCUAUAAGCCUAACCUGGGAGCCCCCUGCAAAUGAUGGCGGCAGCGACAUAAUUGGUUACAUUGUUGAGAAGUGUCCAACCACUGCUGACAGGUGGAUCCGUGCAGGUCAAACUACUGACUGCAACAUCACCAUAAUCAACAUAUUUGGAAAAACCAAAUACCAGUUCCGUGUUAUAGCAGAAAACCAGUUUGGCCAAAGUCCUCCAUCUGUGCCAACUGAACCUCUCACCACAAAAGAAGACAAGUCUGUCAUCAGAAAUUAUGAUGAAGAAGUAGAUGAAGCCAGAGAGAUCACUAAAGUGGAGGCUCAAUUUUACAAAGUCAAGGAGCUGUCCUCUAAGUAUAUCAUCUCAGAGGAACUUGCUCGCUGUCAGUUUGGAGUUGUUCACCGAUGUGUGGAAAUUGCUACAAAGAAGACCUUUAUGGCCAAGUUCAUCAAAGUCAAAGGAACUGACCGCGAGUUGGUGCUCAGGGAAAUUGAAGCCCUUAAUGUUGCAAGACAUAAGAAUAUAAUCUAUCUGCAUGAAUUCUUUGAAAGUAUGGAAGAAAUUAUCCUGAUCUUUGAAUUCAUCUCUGGAGUUGACAUCUUCGAGCGUCUUGGCACAAGCAACUUUGAACUUACAGAACAGGAGAUUGUCCGCUAUCUCAGACAAGUCUGCUCUGCUCUCAAGUUCCUGCACAGCCAUAACUUUGGCCACUUUGACAUCCACCCAGCCAACAUUGUCUACACCACAAGGAGAAGUACGGACAUAAAGAUUGUUGAAAUGGGACAGUCGAGGUUGCUGGUACCAGGAGAAAACAUUAGGAUGCUGUUUUCAGCUCCAGAGUACUAUGCCCCAGAAGUUCACCGUCAUGAUCUGGUCACAACAGCAACUGAUAUGUGGUCUGUUGGUGUUAUGGCAUAUGUUCUGCUCAGUGGCCUUAAUCCAUUUGUUGCAGAGUCCACAACAAAGAUGAUUGAAAACAUCUCGACUUGUGAGUAUGUCUUUGAUGCGGAAGCAUUUAAGGACAUUAGCUUGGAGGCUAUGGACUUUAUAGACAGACUUUUAGUCAAAGACAGAAAGCUCCGUAUGACUGCUCAUGAAGCUCUGGAACACCCAUGGCUCAAGAUGAAAAUUGAGCAAGUCAGUAACAGUGCCAUCAAGACAUUGAGACACAGAAGAUAUUAUCAGUCUCUAAUGAAGAGAAUCGAUACUAUAGUGUCAGCAGCUCGAGUGGCAUACGGAGGUGCCUUCAGAAACCAGAAAGGACUGGCUGUUGGUAAAGUGAAGAUUGGAACAGACUACCAUGGCCUCCGUGCUGGCCCUGUUAUGCACAGCUCAGCUGAGGAAGGUGGUUAUGUUAGAUUUACCUGUAGCAUUGUCAACUACGACAAGAGCACUCAGGUGUCAUGGUACUUUGGCAACCGUCAGUUACACACUAGCUCUAAAUAUGAGAUCUCAUACAGCAAUGGUUUUGCUAGUAUUUAUGUAAAGGACAUUGAAGAGAGUGAUAACGGUGUCUACAGAUGCAAAGUGGUGAGUGAUGAUGGAGAGGACAGUUCCUGUGGAGAACUCUUUGUAGAAACCGUGAGGGACAUCAGAGAACACUACAUGAGCCGCUCCAUCAAGAAGCUGAGGAGGAGGGUCGACAAAACAAAACUCCUGCAGAGGCCACCAGAGUUCACUUUGCCUCUCUACAAUCGCACUGCUUACAUUGGUGAAGACGUUCGAUUUGGUGUCACCAUCACUGUUCAUCCAGAGCCCCGUGUAACAUGGCUUAAAAAUGGAGAAAGAAUCGAGGUUGAUGACAGCAAGUACACAUUCACCUGUGAUAAAGGCCUGUAUCAACUCAUGAUUCACAACCUCGAUGUGAGAGAUGAUGCUGAAUACACAGUCAUGGCUGACAACAGGUUUGGAGAAGACAGCUGCAAGGCUCGUCUUACUGUGAUACCUCAUCCUGUAAUGGAAGAAACUAUGAGACCGAUGUUCAAACGUUUGCUGGCUAAUGCUGAAUGCACUGAGGGAGAGAGUGUCCGCCUUGAGCUCAGAGUUUCAGGGCUUCCAACUCCUACAUUACAAUGGGAAAAGGAUGGACAACCACUACAGUUUGGUCCCAAAGUUGCCGUUAUAGAGCAGGACAUUGAUCAUCACAUUCUCUACAUCAGAGAGACGCUGCUUGAGGACUCUGGUGUGUACAAAGUUACAGCAACCAACUCUGCUGGCAUCACAAGUUGCCAGGCUACUCUGAAAGUGGACCGCCUUACUUACACAAGAAGAGAAUAUAAAAGCGAAGAGGAAAAGUACUGGCACAUACAGAAACAAAUAGAAAAGACUAACAAAAUGGCUCAACAUAUCGCAGCUACUGAGGAGCUUGUGCCUCUUAACCCCACAGCACAAGAAGCUCUCAAAUUAGCUGCAGAAGUGUACAAACCUGCAGUAAGCACCAAGAACAUUGAGGGUGAGUUUGACAUCACAGAGGAAAAAACAGAGACCAAAAAGCUGGAAGAAGAGAGAAGGAUCUUCUUACCCUAUGAAAUUCCAGAGCCUGUGAUCCAUGAUCCCAAAUCUCUAGAUGAAGACAAAGCUAUUAAGCAGUUUGUGCCUCUGUCUGACAUGAAGUGGUAUCACAAGCUAAGAGAUCAGUAUGAGGUUCCAGAAAGAACUGAGAGGAUUGUGCAGAAGAGGCAGAGGCGUAUUCGUCUGUCCAGGUGGGAGCAGUUCUAUGUUGUGCCACUCCCCAGGAUAACUGAUCAAUACAGACCAAGGUGGCGUAUUCCCAAACUAACACUGGAUGAUUUAGAGACUGUUAGACCAGCACGCCGCUCACCCUCCCCUGAGUCUGAAGCCUCUUUUAGAUCUAGAAGAAAAUCUCUGGGUGACCUCAGUGAUGAAGAUUUGCUGAUGCCUGUGGACGAUUACCUCACCAGGAGAAAAUCUGAGGAGAAAAUGAUGCUGGAGGAUGAACUGGAGCUUGGCUUUUCAGCCUCUCCUGCAGGCAGCCCCAUCCGUAUCACGCGACACGUUGCGGAACAUGAGGAAAGGAGACUUGAAAUUGGACACAAGGCUACAGAGGUGGCCGAGACAAAGAAGAAACACACUAUUUCUCAGUUAAUGAGAAGGAGAAGGUCACUGUCUCCCACUUACAUUGAGCUAAUGCGUCCGGUCUCAGAGCUGAUCAGACCGCAACGUGCCAGGCUUCCUGUCGAAACAGAAGGAGAGAAUGUGGAACGAAGGUCUCCCACUCCAGAGAGGACUCGUCCUCGUUCACCAAGUCCCAUCAGAUCAGUGGAGAGGUCAUCCCGUUCCUCCUCUAGGUUUGAGCGGUCAGCCCGCUUUGACAUCAUGUCCCGCUAUGAAGCCAGAAAAGCUGCUUUGAAAUCUGAAAGGAAAUAUCAGGUUGUCAGUCAGGCACCUUUCAGCCUUGACCAUGCUCCUCGUGUAACUGUCAGAAUGCGUUCUCAUCGCAUACCAGUUGGUCAAGACACCAAGUUCACUCUAAAUAUUCAAGCAAAGCCAGAAGCUGAAGUCAACUGGUUCCAUAAUGGAAGCGCAAUCUCAGAAAGCAGUGAAAAGUACAUAUUCACAAACAUGAGUGGUGUGUUGUCCAUCACUAUUCUGGACUGUCAGGAAGACGACAGUGGCACAUAUCGAUGUGUGUGUUCCAACUCAAAGGGAGAAGCAUCUGACUAUGCUACGCUUGAGGUGUCAGGAUGUGGCUACACCACAUUUUCUUCAUAUCGCAGGGAUGAAGAAGUACCUAAAACAUUCGUCCCUCAAGUUAAUCGGAUUGACCAUUAUCACACCACACACUUUAAAACUGGCUACACCUCCCAAACUCACCUUGAAGUGGAAGAAAGUAAGUCAGAAUUAACAGAAACACAUGAGGUUGUCACGCGGGAACAACUUGGAGCUUCUGCUGAGAGAUAUGACUCAUCUAUCAAGUAUGCCUCAGCUGAAUACCUCUCAUCAAGUUCUUCAUACUCAUCUGAAAGGUUUUCUUUGAUGGGGAAACAUACUGCAUCUGAGGCUAAGCUGGAAUUAUCUACAAGCAAAGCUGACCAGGUUUUGGUUCACAAAGAGAAACCUUCUAAUCCAGCCAAGUUCCUCACUAAACCACUGUCUGUGACUGUUACGGAGGGAGAGACAGCCAGGUUCUCUUGUGACAUUGAUGGAGAACCUUCCCCUACCACAACAUGGCUACAUGAGAAGAAAAUCAUUGUAUCCUCUCAUUCUAUCCAGGUCUCAACUACCCAGUACAAAUCAAGCCUGGAGAUCUCCUCUGUUAAAUCCUCUGAUGAGGGCAAUUACACGGUAGUGGUAGAGAACUCAGCAGGUCGACAGGAGGCUCACUUCACACUGACAAUCCACAGGCCAGCGCCUAAAGAAGAAGUUAAAGCCAUUAAAUCCCCUGAGCCUACUAGAAAGACCACGCCGAGUAUUGCAUCACCUAAGCCUUCAGCCACAUCACCUGCUCCCUCAAUCACAUCCCCCACUCCCAGUGUUAAGUCACCAGAGCCUAGUGUGAAAUCCCCCGAACCUAGUGUAGCAUCUCCUGUCUCUUCCAUGAAGACUCCAAGUCUAAAGUCCCCCGAACCAGGCAUAACCUCUCCAGUUCCAGGGGUGAAGUCACCAGCACCAAGUGUUAAGUCUCCUGAACCAGAGGAAAUUAAGUCCUCAAAGACUGUGAAAUCCCCAGAGCCACCAGCCCCAUCUCCUGCACGUGGCUUAAAAUCACCUAUUCCUGGUGUAAAAUCUCCUGAACCAGAAGGAAUUAAGUCACCACGUGGUAUAAAAUCUCCCGAACCUAGACAAGGUCUUAAAUCUCCAGAGACUGCAGGAUCCAAAACACCAAAAGGUUUUAAGUCCCCAGAACCUGCUGGAAUCAAAACUCCCAAAGGCAUCAGGUCCCCGGAACCAUCUGGUAUCAAAUCACCAAGGGCCUUAAAAUCUCCUGAGCCCGAAGGAUUAAAAUCACCUACAAGAGUAAAAUCUCCUCCUCCAAUCAUGUCCCCCAAGCGGGUUGUUUCUCCUCCCACUGUAAAAUCGCCAGUCCCCAAACCUCCUAAAGUUCUGAGUCAGCUAACAGCUGAGGCCUGUGAGGGUUCAGUCAGGAUGUCCUGCGUCUGUGAAAGUAGUGUCAGGGAAGUGACAUGGUACAUGAAUGGGAAGAGGCUUUCACAGAGCAACCACUUUGAGAUGCACUACUUGGAGGGUUCUUGCAGUCUUCUGAUCCAUGACCUGACAGAGAGUGAUAAGGGAGAGUACACCUGUGAGAUGACCUCAGAAGGAGGAAUAUCCAAGUCCUCCUUCUCCUUCACUGGACAGGCGUUUCAGUCUGUACAAAGCAAGGUCACCGCCUACUGUGAGAAGCAAGUAGCACAUAAAGGAACUAUGAUGAGAAGUCACCAGCAGUCCUCAGUUAGCUCAUCCCUGAUGACCAAGAAAGAAGUUCACACAGUGGAGGAGUCUUCGUCAUUUUCCUCUGCACACCAGACAAUGAUGUCAUCUAUGAUGGAGUCCAGCUCCUUCAGCAGCAUGGCAGCUGAGAUGAAGUUUGAGACAAUGUCCAUGUCCAGCAUGUCCUCCAUGGCAUCUGAAACAUAUGCCAUGAGCUCCAGCAGCCUCACAGAGAUGGCAUCACACGUGGAGGAAUCCUCACUGAGAGCCGUUGGUUCUGCUCCAAGAAUCGAAGCCCUACCAGAGGACAUCAGUGUUGAACCAGGCAAAGUUCUAACCGUUGCCUGUGCCUUUUCUGGUGAAGCCAAAACCAUUGAGUGGUCCCGUAGUGGUAAAGCCAUUGAGGUGACCUCUGGUGGACGAUUUCACAUUGAAACCACUGAUGACCUGACUACCCUCAUCAUCACUGGAGUAAAGGAAGAGGACACUGGUGCUUAUACCCUCAAAUUAUCUAAUGAACUUGGAUCUGAUACAGCGACGGUUCAUAUUAGCAUUCGAUCCGUGUAAGACAAAUUUAUUGAUUCUAAAUGUUCCCCUCCCCCUUUUCCAUGCCUUUUCAUUUAUUAACUAAACAAAGUAGUUUACUUGAUAAAGAUCAGGUAUAUUCUUGUAAAUAUGAACUAUUUUUGUACCAAACUUGACAUUAUUUGUGCCAGACUAAAGUCUAAAGAUGUAAAGUGUGCCAUAUUGGAUAACAUUGACUUAAGAUGUUUGAUCCAUUUUUCUGUGACAUGUACAUAAUGUAUAUAGCCGAAUAUACCGGUUAUGGGAAAUGUAUGCAUUGUUAUUUAUGACAAUAUGAACUGAAACUUAAUGAAACUAAAUGUAGUUUACAGGAGAAAGUUUCUAUGGGAACGAAUACCCUGUUUAACUGAGAAACUAAACUCUGUGCCUCAACGAGAAGUUGAAGACGUAAGAUUGCCUCAACAGGUAGAGAGGCUCCCUGUUGAUGUUACUUCAACCAGAGACAAAUCAUGUGCACCGCUGAUAUAGAAAAACAAGCGGUGCUGUAGAAUUGUAACAGGAGCGUGAGAACCUGAGUUCUGUUUGCAUCUACCCUCAUGUAAGCAGAACAACUGGAUCUCGCACUCUGACUGAAUGUGUCAUAUGCCAUUUUUAUGACAAGCUCACAGUGCAAGCGGCCUGCACUGCCUGGGCACAAGAGUUGUUUUUGUUUGGUGCUCUGCUUCUGGCAAAUGACCGCUGGCUCAGGCGCUCAACGUGUUCCAUCAACCUGGCUUAGACGUCCUCUAGUGUUUAUUUGCAGAAGCAGAGCUGCCUCUUGGAGGGGUGCAGUGUGUUUGUGUGUUAGUUUUUAGAAGUUCAUUUGUCAGUCUAACAGGGUGGCACCAUGGACAAGAACAGCUGCAGAGCCAACUCCCGCUGCUCUGAGAAACAAGUCUGUCCACUAUGCUUAGUGGUCAUCUUGCACUUUGUUAGACUGAUGUUACAGUUUUAGGUUUGAUUAACUUUGCAACCUCCUUGAGUUUUUCUCCAGUUAUUAAACAGAGCAUGAUCAUCAGCAAAA